AGAAACUCUGUGCAUUUGAAGGAUGCAGCCAGUCUGAGAACAUAUGCCUCACCUGCAUGUUUAUAGAAUGCUGCAAGUAAAGGUAACGCAAUAACUAUAUAUAUGUAAAUAUAUAUGUGCUGAUGUGCUGAAACUAUCACUGAUAAUCAACGCAAACUGCUCAAAGCCAUACUGUGCCAAAUAUGCUUAGGUAGUAAGUUAAAUAUUAAGAAGUUGGGGUGGCAUCCACUUAUAUUGCAGCUUUGAAUUGUCAUCUUUGCGUGCUUGUUUUAAUCAGUUGAUGAUUAAUCAUUGCUAAAUAAAUGUAACUGAAAGAGCAAUGUAAAUGUGAAUUCACUUGUGCAGGAUAUGCAGAUUUGUAAGCAAAUAUUUCUAAAUCUCGUACAAAACAGAAAACAGCAGAUUUGCUACAAGAAUGGUGGAGGAAAUAAGCUAUGCUGAAAGAAACAAAACAAUUUUCCUUAUUUGUGAUCUGUAAACAUUUGAAACAUUUAUCUUUCUGGUCGUUCUCUAGUUUUUCAAGCAUUGUUAGUAAACAAUUGUUGUUGUUGUUGGUUUUUUUGAAUUACAAUUCCAAUCUUAAAAAUUGUGGUAUGUGAUUUUAUUUGUCAGUACAAAUCAUAGGAUGAUCCUGAGAAAUCACUUUUGUUGUUAUCCUUUUUAUGUGGUUUUGUUUGUCAAGUUGGUAGUUUGAUAAGGGUAUUUUCGUAUUCAUGUAUGGUCAAGUCUUUAAUUUAUGCAGUAUAAAGUUAAGAGGCAAUGUCACUAACAAUAACUAUUUUUUUCAACUAGUGAUUUACUCUAUGAGCAAAACAAUGCACAGUACAAACAAAUAAGAUAACAAAAUAAUAAUAACAACAACAACAAUACUUAUAAAAGUUAGUUCAACGCAUAUAAUAUUGCAGAUAAAGGCAUGAUAUGCCUAUUUUAAUAUAAAAUUUCAGUUUUAGAAGAAUUUCUCCUUUAACUAGCAAAGUAUCAAGGGUGGAGUUUAGCAGCCAUUUUUGCAUUUUUGCUUUUUUUUUCACAAAACAUUUAGGAUGCAUAAACAUAUACAAACCUACAAAAUUACAAUAUUUCAUAAUUUUGACUACAUAGAGAUAUAAGAUGAAAUUAAUACAUCUCUUCCUCCAUGUCCUCCAUGUCCCCGCUGUCUCAGUUGGUGUUUUCCAGGGCUCUGUUCUUGGUUGUCUUUUAUUCUCCAUCUACACUGCCUCUUUGAGAAACCUUAUUAAUUCCUUUAGAUUUUAGUACCAUCUAUAUGCUGACAAUGCCAACAUUUACCUCUUCUCCCCUGAACUCUCUCAUGCCCUCCUGGAAUGCAUCACAAGCUGCUUUUCUUCCAUCUCUAACUGGAUGUCUUCCCGUUUUAUAAAACGUAAUCUUUCUAAAACUAAACUCCUUUUCUUUCCCUCCUCAAAUCAAUCAAUCUACCUGCAAGUCAAUGGAAUCCCUCAAGUCCACUGCCUUGUUGUUAUUUUUAACUGGGGCCUUAAGUUUUCUCCUCACAUCCAGUCUGUCCCCUAAUUCCUGUAACUUCCAUCUUCAAAAUAUUCCUUAUAUGCAUUAUUUUCUAGCUCAAGAUACAACUAUGGCAACUUGCACUCAUCAUUUCCCAACUUGACUACUGCAACUCACUACUCACUGGCCUUCCUAAUAUCUGCAUUGUCCCUCUUCAGUUUGCAAUGAAUGCUGGAGCCAGUCUCAAAUUCCUGACUGACCACUGCUCCCACAUAUUUUCCCUUUGCUAAUCAUUACAUUGACUUCCUGUACCUUUCAGGAUCCAAUUCAAACUGCUAACACAAACCUACAAAGCCCUCACUAACUCCACUCUUCACUACAUUUCCUUUUUACUCAAUAAACACACCCCUUUUUUCCCCUUUGCUCUGCAAAUGACCUUUGCCUGUUAUAUGCUCUGUCCUGCAUUGCCAUAUCUUAUCUGCAAUACUUUUCAAGAGCUGCCCAAUUUCUUUGGAAAUCACUAUUUCGUGCCAUCAGACUCUCCCUUUGCCUUCAGACACGAAAACACACCUCUUUUGAAAAGCAUGCUAUAUUCUUGGUUGACUUUUCUCUCCUUUCCCUGCCCUCGUCACUUCCCUUACCUCCAUAGCCCAGCUCAUUGUCUCUCUCGCUACUGUUCGGUCCUUCCACACACCACUUUUACUAACUUAUUUCAACAGAUGUAUUUUAUUCAUCAAUCCCUUCUCCCUUAUGACACGCUGUUAUUUCUCUUGUGCGUCUUUACCUCUUCCUCCUAAACUUGUUUUAGCAGGGCCUUUUUCACCUUUUGCAAUAUGUUAUAUUCAGUAUGUAAAUUACUUGUCAAAUAUCCCCAUUUUAAAAUUGUAAAGCAUUGCGAAUUAUGUUGGUGCUAUAUAAAUGAUAAUAAUUAUAAAUAUCAUGAGACUUUAUGAGAAAAUAUAGAAGUUAACUGAGAAUUAUAAAGGAGGAUGAUAAAGUAAGAAUACAUAACUUGGUAGAGAAAAAAGAAAACAGAGCAUGGAAGGAGGAGACAAAAAGAGCAUAAUUGGGCUCUAUAGCUCACCAAACGUAGUUCUUUAAUGGAUGCCAUAGAAGGUCUAUAUUGAGUGAUAACACAAGAAUGGGAAAACCAAAAAAAAUCACAGAAGUAAAACAGAGCAGACAGGAUAAUAUUGAUGUGUGUGGGGAGCUGUGAUAUGGCCUUUAAUAGAACAACAUAAUUUUGAAAUGAUGUUUGUGCAGACUGGUAGAGUGUAAGGGGUACCAGCAAGAUUCUAUGAGACAGUUGACAGCUUGUCUGGUGAGUCCAACAUGACAGACUUUGACUUCAUAGUUGGCAUACUGAGAACCUAUUUCUAGUGAGAUUAAAAGGUUGCUAAUGCAUGGAAUGUAUCUCAGACAGGGUUCACUCAACUAUUCAUUCCUUUUAGAUUUUAGUGAAGAUUUAGGUCCCCCGAUGUAGGAAAAUAUGCUAUAUGAAUUAAUAAUUCAUUAGCUAUUCACUGAUAUUCGCACAUGAGUGUCAUACAUGUGUCAUAUUCUAGGUAUAAAAAGAACAAUUUUAAGAUUCUUGGAUUCUCAAAGAUGCAUUCUUCUUCAUCAUCAUCUUCAUAUUAUUAUUAUUAUUUGUGGUGUGAAUUAUAUAUUUGUGCUGAAUAAUAUUUCUCAGUUGUAUAUUGUUUCCUGAGAGGUAUUGUAAAAAAAAAAAGUAGGGUAAAUUACGUAUCUGAUACGUGCCUCAGAUAUCCGUAUUCUAAUGUUUUUUUGUUGUUGUUUUUUUUAUCAUGUUCUGAUGAUAUUUACUUCAAUUAUUAAGCACUUAGUUGAAUGAAAGAGCAAUGUUUAUUCUGAAAUAAGGGAUAGUUCUAAGUUGUUCUGAGAUCUACGAGGAUGUUGCAUAUAGGAUAUCAGACAUAUAGGUCAGUAAAUGAGACUGGUGAGGAAACCUUAGAAACUGGAGUAGAAUUUGAUGAAGACAAAGGAGAAACCUAGUGGCGUUAAAAUGAAAAAUAUUUUUUUUUCUUUCUUCCUCGAUGGGACAUAUUAGUGUUAAUUGGCUCCUAACCCAAAUAAAGAAGUCCUUUUAAACUAUGGAAAUUAGCUAAACCCAUAUUAUUAUUAUUAUUAUUAUGUUAUUUAUAUAGCGCCAUCAAAUUCCGCAAUGCUUUACAAUGGGUGGACGAACAGACAUGUAGUUGUAACCAGACAAGAUGGACACACAGGAACUUGUUAACUAGACAGACUCUUAUUAGAAAUUGAAAGCCGCAUGUCAAAGUGUUUUUAUGUGUGAUUUGUAUAAAUGUAUUGAUGUAAUAAAUAUCAAUAAAUAUCAAUAAAAAUUAUACUUUAUAAAAAAAAAAAAAAAGUUAAAAGAUUGAUGGAUUGGGGAUACAGAGAAAUAGCAGUGAAUGACAAAACACAGUGGGAAAAAAAUGAAGAGAAACUCUGCCAAAGAAAUUAGUUGGCAUAGAAUGAAGGAGGAUAAUGUGAGGGAUUAGUUGUAAAGAGAACCUUAGAUUUGUUCUAUUAUGAUUAAGUGUUUGGAGUCUUUUCACUUUAUUUAGUUGCUACUAAGUUAUUGUAUUACUAAAAAUAUUUUAAAGUGCCUUCUAUUCACUUAUUACGCAUUUUCAAUUAUCAAGGGUGCAGCUCAACUUAUAUAUGCACUAAGAUAUCAGUUGUGCUGUUCAUUUUCUAAAUAAAAAUCUUUUUGUAUUGUUUAUUAUUUGCAAAGCUAUUUUCAAAUAACCUGACAGCCCCAUGAUUUCUUGCAUCUGGCAUGCCUGUGCAUCUGAACAUAUGGCAUAAGGAAUAAAAGCAUUUGUAGAUACGUAAUCAAAGUUCUGGUGCACAUUUCUGUUCAAGUUGUAAUGACAAGAUGUAAAUAGUGCUUAUCAUAAUGCAAGAGUAAUGUCGUUAAUUAUAUUUGCGACACACCUCCCCCCAGAAAACACUCAAUUAGCAUUUAUUUUGCUUGUUUGUGCCAAAAUAAGAACUGCCUUCAAUAAAAAGGUGGCCUUUCCUCUUUAAGGCGACACUGAUGGUGUCCUGGAAUGCACAAUGCAUCUAUCCUGACCUGCAACAGCAUAGCAUUCUACAAGACAUACUUGGGAGCGCUGGAAAAAGGGAACAAUUGUCCCCUCGGCCACAUCCAUGUGAGGACUGGCAAUGAGGUGGUCUCUAAAACAAGUCAUUGAGGAGCCAACUCGUAAAGAGGCCGUAUUAGAUUUAGUGUUAACAAAUGGAGAUUUGGUAUCAGAUAUUACUGUAGGUGAAAGUUUAGGAUCCAGUGAUCAUCACUCAGUGUGGUUUAAUAUAAGAACAGUGACUGAGUCACACCACACAAAAACAAAAGUUUUAGACUUUAGAAAAACAGACUUUUCUAAAAUUAGAAUAUGUGUAGAAGAGUCAUUAUUAGCCUGGAGCAAUUUAAAUGGAGUCCAAGAGAAAUGGGAUUAUUUAAAAGUUGUACUACUGAUGGCAACAGAAAAUUGCAUUAGGCUUGUCAGUAAAAGCAAAAAAUUCAAGAAACCACUGUGGUACUCCGCAGAUGUGGCCAAAAUAGUUAAAAACAAAAAGUUAGCAUUUAGUAAUUAUAAAAAAAAACAGAGUGAGGAAGACAAAACGAUCUAUAAGAUUAGGCAGAAAGAGGCUAAGCAAGUUAUAAGAGCUUCCAAAUCACACACAGAAGAGAAAAUAGCAGAGUCAGUAAAAAAGGGGGACAAAACUUUUUUUAGAUACAUAAAUGAGAAAAGAAAAGUAAAACAAGGAUUAGUUAGAUUAAAAACAAAAGAAGGAAGGUAUGUAGAAGUUUGCAAACGGUUCGCCGUGAACGGUUCGCCACGGACUCAUCAUUGAGUAAACUUUGACCCUGUACCUCACAGUCAGCAGACACAUUCCAGCCAAUCAGCAGCAGAUCCUCCCUCCCAGACCCUCCCACCUCCUGGACAGCUCACUAAGAAUGCAGCUUCACAAUGAAUGUAAAAUGGAUGCUGUCCAGGAGGUGGGCGGGUCUGGGAGGGAGGGUCUGCUGCUGAUUGGCUGGAAUGUGUCUGCUGACUGUGAGGUACAGGGUCAAAGUUUACUCAAUGAUGAGUCCGUGGCGAACCGUGCACGGCGAACCGUUCGCAAACCGUUCGGCGAACCGUUCGGGACAUCACUACUCAGAAGAUACAAAGUCUCAUGGGCCCUGUAUAAAAAAUGCCACUGGAGGGCCCGUGAUAUCACCAUUAGGGAUUAGCCAAUUCAUUACUGUAAAACCAGUUGCUAGGUGUCCCUAAGCCCUAGCCACUCCUCCCUUUUACAAGUGUGUCUCUGCCUACCAUCCUUACAUUAAUUAAUAAUGAGGUAGGGUAACUAAUCUAAAAAAAUAUAAUCAGCAAAAAAAUAUUUAAUAAUUAGAAUUUGAAGUCUUGACUGAUCUGCUUUCUUCAACCAUAAAUACCAAAAAAAAGAACCCUUCAUACAUCAAUGCGAUUUAAUAAAAUGAAAUAAAAAUACCCAACUCAUACAACACCAAUAAAAAGAAUUAUUUCAGAAAAAAGGCUUUUUUUGAGACCUUAAAACCAUGCUAAUUUAUGUGGUUUCCUAUGAAGCUCCUAAAUUCCAAGAGGAAGUCUUUAGUAAUUGGCAUAGAAUUACACUAGUUAGUGAAGAUCAUAUCAGACAAAACUUUGCCACGGCACCAAUUUCAAUAGCUACCCUGGUUUAUGAAUGCAGGAGCUUUCUACAAAGAGUAAGGACUCCUGCAUUUUAGAACUAAGCAUGAUCUAAUGUGACAGAAUUUAAUCUCCCAAGUUCCUGCUCCCAGCUGUCUGCAAGUGCAUGUAUAGAACUGUGAUCCCCCUAACCACAAGACUCAGUUUGGCUGAAUCAAUUUGUCAAAAAAUUGUCUCUGGCAAAUUUUGUCUAUGUAAAUAAACCAAUAGGAUGUGAAAAUAGUCUGAUCACUAUAAUACAAAAUAUAAACAUUAUGUAUAUAUUUUGUAGUACACUGAUAGGCAGAUUUCAUGCCACUUUGAAGAUCAAGCUAGAAUAAGUACCCAAAAGAUGGAUCAGAGGAGGAGCAGUAAAAUAUCUAUAUUAUUAAAUGUAUAAUAUAUAAAUAUAGAUACUUAUUACAGAUCUUCCUUGUAUCCAUUUGUUGGUUACCUCUCGUGUGAUCUGUGAAUAAAAUCAGCAUUUAGUUCUUUUUUUUUCUGUAAGUUUUGCAGUUGUGUUUGUCAAUGAAUAGGUUGGUUGAUAUGUAAUCUUUAUACUAAAUUAGUGUACAGGUGGGGCGUAUACGCAUUUCUUCAUUUCGAUUGUGCUAAACUCUGUAAACAUUAGAGAUUAGCACAGUAAAAUGCAUAUGGUAUGCAGCAAUUCCUGUUCAAAGUUAACCACGAAGUUAUCAUGAAAACUAUGUUUAGUUAGUGAUAGACAAACAAAACAAAUGUCACAUUAUAUCAAGUUUGUUGCACUAAAUGUUAAAUUUGCCUUUAUAUGGAAAACAACUCUUUACUUAAAAUAACAUAUAUGCAACCUAAGUUCUAUGUAAUAGUGUCCCCCCACUGCUUGAGUGAAAAGUGUGAUUUGCUUAUGUUUAAGGAGGAAAAGGAUUUCAGCAGCUUUCAGCCAUAUAUGAAUAAUUCAUUGGACGUUGUAGAGAAAUAAUAAGGUAGUGGAUGUAAAAAUGAGGAAUGAUAAAAAUUGGAAAUGAGCAUAUGGAAGGUGGGUUCCAGGAAAGCAACAAUGAUAGGUUGUCUAAAGAAACAGUCGAAUGUCCCUUAGUUCAAUAACUGUGGUUGGUGCCCAGGAAAUAAAACAGGGAGAUGUAUGUAGCUAAAUAUUGAUUUUAUUUGCAACAUUAAGUUUAUAUAGUAUUAGCUGGAGGUAGGAGACCAUGGGAGGAUGUGUUCUUCAAACCAACCAAAUUAAAGCAGACUGAUGGCAAACCUUGGGAUGCGGAUUGGCAAGGUUUUGAAAAUAUGAAUAGUUCUUGUCACUAUAGCCAAUUUGCUCCAAAAAUGUUUGUGGUGACAUCUAUUUAUUAAUUUAAUUAUUUUGCCUAUUUUGUGGCAAAUGAGAGACAACUGAAAGAAUAAAUUUAUAUAUAUAUAUGUGUGUGUGGCGUGCAAAUAGUAAAUUCAGGCAAAAAUCUUUUGUAAAGGCAAAUAGUUAUUUUAGCUUUAAAACACACUUUUUUACCUAACUGAUAUUCAGACAAAUAGUUUUGCAUGUUUCUUUCAGUCUUUUAUUUUCUGAAUUCAAAGUCAUUUGCCUAAGAAACACGUACACAGGCUAUCUUAGCAAGUGGCCCAUCUCAGAAUAAACACCCACGGAUCCUUAAAAAGUGGCCGCUUGCCAAUAACUGCCUAGGAACCAAUCAAGGAAAGUGUUUCCUGCUAGCAAAUAAGUAGGAAGUCCUUGCUUGCCAUUUAAUGGACAGAUGUUCCAGGAAACCUCUUGCUAACAGGUGGGGUAACUGGCCCUUGAUCGCCAAUAGAUGCCCAUUCUCUAAUGGAAAAUACCCUCGACUCACCAAUGCACACCCAGAUACACCACCAAACAAAAACAAGUCCCCUUUUAAACAAAAUGUAUAAAUGAUUGUAAACAUGAAAACAAAAUAAAAAAAACAUCUUUACUGUUCUCACAGCAUUUAUAUGGAACUUACUAUAUUAGAAAUGUUUAAAAGUUUAAACAAGCUUAAAGGACCACUAUAGUGCCAGGAAAACAUAUUCGUUUUCCUGGCACUAUAGUGCCCUGAGGGUGCCCCCACCCUCAGGGACCCCCUCCCGCCCGGCUCUGGAAAGGGGAAAAGGGGUAAAACUUACCUUUUUCCAGCGCUGGGCGGGGAGCUCUCUGCCUCCGAUCCUCCUCCGUUCCUCCCCGUCGGCUGAAUGCGCACGAGCGGCAAGAGCUGCGCGCGCAUUCAGCCGGUCGCAUAGGAAAGCAUUAUCAAUUUUGAGAAUCACGCAAGCGCCUCUAGCGGCUGUCUCUGAAACUGCUAUGUUUAUAAAAAAAUGGGUUAACCCUAGCUGGACCAGGCACCCAGACCACUUCAUUAAGCUGAAGUGGUCUGGGUGCCUAGAGUGGUCCUUUAAGCAGGUAGUAGGAGGAUUUCAGUCUACCCUUCUGUCAUAAAAUACUUAAACUGGUUUAUUCAAUUAGCUGGUUUAUUCACUGAAAUAUCUAAACUGGUUUAUUCAGUUAACGAAGUCGAACUCUGAUAACAUUUCAAAAAAGGACCAAUUUGCCAGUAACCACAAACAGGUUUCCAUGUGGCUACGACAAGUCUCUUUAAUGUAAUCCUCUAGACAUUGUUACACUGAAGUGUCACAAGUUAAGAGACAGCCCAACUGGUAAUAGCCAGUCUGAAAUAUAAAACAAUACCAGAUUAACCACUUAUCCAUCGGAGAGGAGACAAGGACUUAUUUAUCGGAGAGGAGACAAGGACUUUCUCAUUUUAAAUUGCUACUGUGUUAUCCAAUUGUGUAGCAAAAGCCAGUAAAAAGCCCCUCUGCAGAUUUUUCACCUAACUCCCACUAUCUGUAUGGUAGAGGGAGUUUAUAACAACAAUUAAUAAUAGUAAUUUUGUGAUUUUGCCUGAAAUUACUAUAAAAUACCACCUCUCUGGGUGGUAGAUUUUUGUGCAUUUGUCAUUCUCGGGUCCUAUACCAGAAUGCUGGGAGCCUGAGAAUUCUGUCCAGUAUCUUAGCUGUUCCUAAAACUUCUCUCUUCUGGACAGAUGGAAUCUGCUGAAACCACUAACUUGGGGGUCACAGCAUGAGAGAGCUCCUAUUACAACUGUGACUAAUAUUGCGUUCACUUUCCACAUCUUUUCUAGUUCCUCUUUUAGACCCUGGUGGUUGUCCACCUUCCUGAUGUUAUGGUCACUGGGUAUUUCUAGCAGCAUAUUUUUAAUUAAUGUAUCUUUUAAUGGAGAUGUCACUCUUUAAACUGACUUCCAAGCACAAUGUAACUAUGUGUUGCUUUGUGCACUUGCACCAGAGAUACUGUACUAUUUCUUGCACUUUCUCUCUUUAUUCAUUUCAUAUUUAUCAUCAUCAUCUGAGAAUUCCUUAAGGUGUUACUCCCUCCAUAGCGUACACCUUCUGUCAGACCGGAUUAGAGAGACUCUGGUUUGGGCUGUUUGAACUGCCUUUAUCAACUAUAUGCACUAGAAAUCUGCUACCCAUACUUUAAUAGGGGGACAGUUGGCUGCAUAUAGCUAGGAAAGAUAAGAGAUAAGCCAGUUAUUUAAGUACAUUAUUGCAGAAAUGUAUUGUAUCUUAUUGCUAUUUCAAUGUUUUAGAUUUUUAAAGUUAGUUUUAAAAUUGUCCUGGGAUCCAGAGGGCUCCAAUUUGUGGAGUAUAAGAAGGAAAAUGUGUGGGACAGGAUAAAGCAAUAAUGCUUGUACCCAGAAUUAAAGCCCUGAAUUUCUAGAUUUUUAGAGGUAGCCAUGUGAAUCCAUGCCAAAACUAGUGGAAAUAUAUAUAUAAAAAAAAAAAGUAACAGCCAUGCAUAGUACCAUACGUUAUAGAGAAAGGGUUAGAAAGUAAACCAAUGAUCUUAACUUGAUAUGAGAAAGCUAUAUCGAGAGAGUGGAUCCCAGAAUGAAUAUUAAGGUCAAUGCCCUUGUACCAUAAGGUGGAGUUUAUGAAGCCCUAGUUCACUCUUUCAAAUUAUUUCUCACAUUGGUCUACCACAGGAGAACAGGGUAGAUCUGGCAAUGUGCUAUAUGAAUAAUAUGAUGGAAUGAUAAAAUAUGGUUCUUUGUUUCUCUGCUAAGGACAAAAUCUGUUUGAUUUGCAUGACUGUAGUAUUAAAAUGAUGAUAACUGGAUGACUAUAACUUUAGGGAAUAGUAAGUAGACAAUAUUCAAACCUCAGACAGACCAAUAACCUCACAUAGUGGUCUUCUGCCCCUUUGUCAGAGUUAAUUUGAAGUGAAGGGGUAGUACUCAAUCUUCUAUGAAUUAAUUAAAUUCUGUGAUAAAGUAUUGGGAGAGGUUGGGCAGAAGGAGUGAGUCCUGAUUAGGAAGACUUGAUCACCAAUGGCAAUUCUGUUUCAUUUAAAAGAAUUUCCAGGUUCUCUCCCAUUUGGAAAUGUGUAUAUAUGUGAACUUUACUGCUAUGGUGGUCAGAAACUGAGGGAGCAAUUAAGUGUCUCUUCAUGCUGCAGACAUUUUUGAGGUGAGAGCCUAUUCUUAUUCAUAAACUUUUCCUAUUUAGGAAUAUAAAUAUGGCUUCUUUGGUGACAAUAAUGCAGGCUAAUAAGUGUCAAAAACAAGGAGUGAGAUCCAAUAUGUUAUCAAUAACUUAAGAAACGUAAAGCAGAAAACGUAUAAAGCGUAAAAAGGACCAAUCUUUAAAGGAAUACUAUAGUCACCCAGACUAUCUCAAUGAAGUGGUCUGGAUGCAGUGUCCCUGUCUCCUUAACCCUGCAAUGUAAAACACUGGAGCUUUUGAGAAACUGAAAGUGUUCUCCAGAGACUGUAAGUAUGACAGCAAGAGAGGUGCUUCUGCUGCACUGACAUAUGACCUGGAAGCCCCAUAGGAAAGAUUUGAUUAAAUUUGAAUGCAUGGUCGCCACGCAUGUGCAUUAGGUAACCAAUACUCCUCUAUAAGGAGAAUUGGUUUAGACCAGCCAGGUCCUACCCUGUGACAUCUCUUGGGGAGAAGAUGUCAGCAGCGCCAAGGGAGCCUUGCUUGAUCAAAGUAAAUUAAAAAAAAAGCAUUUUUAACUCUUUGAAUGGUGGUGGGGGAAUUUAAUACUACUAGGGACAGGAACACUAUAAUGUUAGGGAUACAGAUUUGUAUUCCUAAGAAUAUAGUGUUCCUUUAAUUAGUUGCAAGUAAACACAGAAAUUAACCUCAGUGAGCUAUGGAGUAGUCAAAUUAGAAAGACAAGAUUAAAUAAUACUUAGGACUUUUUGGAAUAAAGUUUCCAUGGGUUGCUAUAUUUUUGGAAUAAAGUUGCUAUAUACAUAUCUAGGUGCAAUAUCAGAUCACAGAAGGUUAAGAAUCACUACAUAUGGUGCAUAGCAAAGUCAAAACCCAAGUGCCCCCAGAGAAUGUUUAUUAAGGUGGAUAGAGUUAAAAAGGCUAAACAAGGGAGCGGCAUAAGAAUAUAAUCUACUUUUGAAAAAAAUGGCUUAAGGUAUCCAAUUAGCCACAGGGAAUUAAAUGCAAUAAACCACAAUAAGGAUGUGAAAAAGCAGGGGAAACAGCUUUUGGAGUUGCUGCAUGUCCAUUCUUUGGUAAUGCUGGAAUAGCUCAUGACAAGGACCACAGAAGAAGGGGGAAGGGAACCUCAUUUACAUUUGAGAUGGUCUUUUCUUACAUGACAAUUUUAUUAAGAGAAGGCCUCUUCAGGGCUAAUAGAAAAUUAGCACAUAAAGCUUUAGGGCUAGCAGAGAGUAAAUUCACCAAAGAGGAAUGUCUGUCAAACUUGUUUGACAGCUGUAAAUAGGAUAUAAAGUCUAAGCCAUAGUGGACCGUCACCAAAUCUACAAAUAUCAUCUAGAAAUCAGAAGAGAAGUGAGAUUUAGUACUGCCUCCAUUAGAAAUGUUUUUUCUGUAAAGACAUUUGAUUUUUGUGAUCACCUUCUAUUCUGUAAAUUGGAAGGCAGGGCCUGAAGUUGUGGGAGGGGCUAUAUCCCUUUAAAAGGGACUCCCCCUCCUACCUCAUUCACCGUCUGGUCCAGAUGCUCGUUUGAAUUGCUGGUUCCCAACGUGGUUUUCAGUUUCUCCUGACAGCUGCAUUUUCAAAGUUUCUGUUGCUCCUACUGCCGGUUUCCCUACUAAACAGUGAGUUGGCAGACCGGUAUCAUUGUACCGGUCUGCAGCCUACACAUAGCCUGACCCGCCGAGGUCCACGGCUACAGUAUUGUGGGGGACAGAAACCCCCUCGCCAGGGCUGAUUCGGCUUGAUUCCCGCCGGGGGAUCAGGCCUCAUGCAGACCAGCCCUCCCUCCCCCUCCCCCCCUGCUGCCGCUCACUGCACAGCAGCCGGUUCAAGUUAUUCUGUAACCCAGCUCCUAACCCCCCCUCUCACUACACAACAGCCGGUUUAUGUGUCACCCGGGUCCUAACCCCCCCCCUCACUCCACAGCAGCCGUAGGACCCGGCUACUAACUCCUCUCCCCCUCUCUCCAGGAGUGGGGAACCCCCCCAGGCUCAUGGCAGGUAACGGUCAGGCGGCUAAUACAAUCAAGACCCCCACGGACCUAAUUCACGGGGGUCCGCGAUUUCUGCCACAAUAGCCGCACCAACCCGCCCCCCACCCCAACCUACAAGUGCCCUGUCACAUAAACUAUUGAAAAAAAAUAAAAAAUAAAAAAUACAUUUUUAAAUUAGAAGUUACUAUAUUUUGCAAGGCUCCUUGAUACCCUUUGGGGUAUCAGCAGCUUACAAAUCUCUCCUCCCCCCCCCUCCCCCCUCCUCUCUUACUUACCUACAGACAGGGGUUCACUCACACGGGCAGAGCUCCCUUCACAGCCUCAGCCAGAAAGCAUGUCAAAAAAUUACAGCAAUGCUGACGGCAAUACAAGUUGUAACCACUAGAUGUCGCCCUAUAAAUAGUAAUGUUACCUGGUAUAUUUCAAAGUCUGUGAUAUGUGUUAACAAUGGCAAUAUUAAAAAAUGGUCAGAUUUAUAUAUUACGUUAGGAAUAAUAAAGUAUUCAAUUAAUUCAUGCACAACCGGUUACGUAUAGAUUUGUGGAAACAACUGUUUAAAGCAUAUAAGUCAGAUAUAAGCUGUUCUCGGGCACUAAAUUGUGAGGUAAUUAUGUGACUAAUCUACCUAAUAUGUGGAUCUAUGUGACUCAAGAAUAUAUACCAUAUACUCACACCACGGUUUCAAUUAAAUCUUCAGAAUUACUUGCGUGGUUAUAGACAAAUUGCAAAGUUCAAGAAUAUUUUCCCUUUAUUUGGUGACCUGGUAUACUGAUUCCCCUGGCAGGGUCAGAGACCGAGACAAAGACAAGUAUUAUAUUACUUCCUUGGUAUGUACAACAUAUGGGCGACGUAUGUCCCAUUAAUCAGACAUAUGACACUCAGUGCAUAUGCUCACAAAUGUAUGCCGAGUGCACUUUGUGCCAAGCAGAUAUUUGGGACACUGCCAUAACGGUUUAACAUGUGUUUACAGUCUCAAGAACCAAACUAAGACGGACUUGGCCUUCAGAACCUACUUGCACUCAACCUACAACCAUAGGUAUGUGAUCCUAGGACAUUCACCACAAAACGUGGGGGGGCAGGCUUCAGCUACAAGAUAGCAGUACACACUUAUAUGUACCUUAUGCCUUCCAUUCUGUCAUCCAGCACCGGGUUUAGGCCAUCCUCCCUAACAGUAAUCAAACUACUACAGGACUGCCAGGCAAACGUUGGGCACUCAGGUAAGUUCUCGGUUGCAGCAACCAGUAUAAGAAACAUCAACAUGCCCACUUAAGUAAUUCUCCUCCCAGGCACCUUCUGCCAUAGGGUUAGAGGUCCCCCGAGGCCAACUUCCAUCCUCGAUGUAAGAGGUAUUAAACCCCCACGGGCCAAAUCAUAGCUAGACGCCUCGCAUGUUGCAUAGCUAGGGCGUCAUCCGUCAUAACCCUCAAUUAACGAUAAAAUCUCCACUGGUAAAACACGUACAACAGAUCAACCCCACGCGCCAACCAUAGUUAAAUCCUACUAGCCACUUGGCAUUUAAUAGGGACUCACCUGCCACAAGUUUAAUGAAUUAUUUCGCCACUUUGGCACUAGUUAAACAUUUUACACUCUCCAUAAUGAAACUCACGAUUACAUACGUAUAUAUUUCAGUAUGUCCCAAGUUCAUGAAGAAGGAGAUGAACUAUCAAUGCCUAGUACACCGACCAGGACUGCCACCCCCACACGCAAAGGGGACAUCGGCAGCCCGUCAUCUAUUAGAUCAUGGACCAUCCCACGGAUCACGGCCGAACUACGCAAACGUAGUAUUCCUUAUCCAGCUACGGCCCGCAAGGCAGAAUUGUACAGGCUUAUGCAAGCCAAUCAGGACAAUUCUGACGCCAGGGAAGGCACUAGUAAUUCAAGCAAUGCUAAUCUGCAUACCAUGGUCGCCUCACUAGUGUCUUCCAUGGGGCAGAUAAAUGAGAGACUGGAAAGACUGGAAGCUCGUAGCGGUCCAGUUGUGACACCAGAGCCACCUGCUACCGAUAUCCCAGGGCCAUCACAAGCCCAACCUGGUAAUCCUAAUACCCCCACUAUCCUUGGGUCACAAGUGAUCAACCCAGCCCAUAUGGUACCAGCAAACCUUAGAAAAGACAUCCUGGAGGGCAAGGAUGUAAAUCUAGUCUCUCUGCUUAUUGCCUCCCAGGAUAUCACAGAGAACCGCGCAUAUACGUAUGGCGAUAUUUCUGUGGUCCUCAAGGCCAGAGAUCCUAGACUAAGCAGACUUCGUUAUCGCAUUCGGCAUAUACAGGGACGUACUGUGCUCAGUUUACCCACAGAGAAGGGAAGAGUUAGACCUGUACAUGCACAAGCUGGUAGACCUGGGCAACAAAUACGGUGGGUCAUCAUUUUACGAUUACCACCGUUCUUUUUCAACUAAAGCGGCAACAGCUCUCGCCCAGUACAACGCAAGAAUGGAUUGGAGCCUAAUGGAUACAGAGCUGUUCCUCAGGCACUUUGCCGGGCUAAGGUCUCCAGCUUGUGCAAUAUGUGGGGCUACCACGCACGCUGCAAAUCUCUGUCCUGUCUCCACAGACGAUGCCCCAAACAUUGCCACACCAAGCACUUCCAGGGGGGAGAAACAGGGCAGAGACAAGCUGGGUCGCCCUAUCGUGUAUUUGGGCAAGUCACAGAUCUGUAAUAAUUUUAAUGUUGGGGCUUGCUCCUAUAGUGCUUGCCGUCUACUGCAUAUCUGCUCCCAUUGUUUCAGGGCACAUGCAAAGGCUAUGUGCCCUAAUAAAAUGCACAUUAAACCCUACCUAACUACUGUGAAUGUUGAUGUUCUGGCAGGGCUUCUCUCCAAGCACCCUUCUACACAUCUUGUGGAGUAUUUGAUUGCAGGGUUUUCUAAAGGGUUUCAUACUGGCCUCAUUCACAUACCAGGGGGUACAUGGGAAGCCAACAACCUCCAGUCCGCCCUUUGUGACACAGACGCAGUAGACUACCUACUACAAAUUGAACAAGACCAAGGAUUUGUCUUAGGUCCAUUUAUUGACCCGCCGUUCUCUAAUUGGAGAACAAAUCCCAUUGGACUAGUCACUGGGAAAACAUCUAACAAACAAAGACUCAUUAUAGACCUGUCUGCUCCACAUGCUUCGGUGAUACCCAGCCUCAAUUCCCUGAUCCCGUCAGAGGCAUUCUCUUUACAAUACACCACCAUAGACGACGCCAUAUCCACCAUCAUCUCAGCAGGCAUAGGCGCAUGGUUGAGCAAAACCGACAUAGUUAACGCCUUUAAACUACUCCCCAUACACCCGUCGCUGUGGCAUUUGCAUGGUAUCAAAUGGAGAGGCCAGUAUUACUUCUUCACAAGGCUCACCUUUGGAUCCAAGAGCAGUCCUAAAAUAUUUGACACUUUCGCAGAGACCUUGUGCUGGCUGCUCCUGAAUACCAGCAGGUGCCAUAGCGUCAUUCAUUACUUGGAUGACUUCCUUUUCAUAGAAAAUAACGCUACCCCCCCUAACAGUUUACACAAAGCCAUGCAUUUAUUUAACACCAUUGGGGUUCCAGUAUCUCCCACCAAGACAGAAGGUCCAGAUACAAUCAUUCAGUUUUUGGGGAUACAACUGGACUCCAUAACUAUGGAAGCCAGCCUCCCUAGAGAUAAGAUUGACAACAUCACUCAGACCAUUGAGCAGUACUUGUGCAUAGGCUCAUGCAAUAGGAAAGAGCUUCAGUCACUGAUUGGCUCGCUAAAUUUUGCCAUUCGUAUUAUACCCCAAGGAAGAGCAUUCAUUUCCAGACUCCUGUGCCUUCUUCCGACACUAACGGACGAACACAAACGUACCACUCUUGAUAGGCAAGCCACAGCAGACUUACACAUGUGGAACUUGUUCCUGUCAAACUGGAAUGGCAGGAGCAUGUUCCUCCCCCAAGUCACAGAGGAUUCCCCUACCAUUUGGACUGACGCAGCAGCCUCCACAGGUUUUGCAGCCAUUUUUGGGGACAACUGGCUAUGGGGUAGAUGGCCGGAAGAAGUUAAGCAAAUAGAAGGCUUUUUUAGGAAUUCUGCACUCUUUGAAGUGUACCCCAUAGUAGCAGCAGCAGUCACAUGGGGACAGUCUUGGGCAGGUAGACCAGUUCGAUGUUUUUCUGACAACUUGGCGAUUUGCCACGUCAUAAACAAAGGCCGGUCUACCUCUCUAACCAUCAUGAGUUUUAUCAGACGUCUUACGUGGUUGGCGGCCUGUCAUCAGUUUCAUCUAGUAUGUUACCAUGUACCGGGUAUCUAUAAUACAGCCGCUGACCAGCUGUCCCGCUUUCAGUUUCAGGCGUUCAGGGAGUCUCUACCAACAGCGUCACCGGUAGCCACGAUCGCUCCCCAACUCCAGGAUCUAAUCAUGGACUAGAGGAAUUAUUACAACACAGCAAGAUACUUACAAAACUCGCUCUCGCAAAAAACACGCAUAGCGCAUAUGAUAGAGCUUACUACCUAUACAAGAAAUUCAUGGCAGACCAUAAUCUCACAAAUUGGUUUGACAAUGUAACAUUGGUGGCUUUUGCCACUUUUUGCCACAUUAAGUUAAAAAUGUCGCAUAAUACCACAAAACUAUACCUCACAGGUAUCCAACAUCAUAUGUUCACAGAACAUCCUAACAACCAAGGGUUUCUCACCUCCUACCCCAUUAAAACCCUCCUUAGGGGUAUGCUCAAAUCGCAAGGACCUACACCGCAACGUAGGGAGCCUAUAGACAUUCAACUGUUUAAACGUUUGUCAAACCUACUAGAUACCACACCGUUCGAACCCCUUACUAACACCACUCUUAAAACGGCCAUAUACUUGGCUUUUUACGGUUUCUUACGACCCAGAGAAUUUACCAUUACUAGGCAACACGAGUCCAAGCAUUGCCUCCGGUAUUCUAACUUGUACAAAAAACAGGACCACUACGUAUUAAGCUUACCUUCAACUAAGACCAGCCAGAUGGGGCACGAGGUUCUUAUUCAAUACUACCCCACCAACAACGCAUGGUGCCCGGUGAAAGUUUUUAACAACUAUCUACAGUCAUCACCUACACGAACCUCACUCGCUCUCCUUUCACUGCACGGCACAGCACUCACUACCGCCAAAUUUGUGAUGUAUAUUCGCUUACUAUUGACCAGACUCGGCUGAAACGCCGCAAACUAUUCUGGGCAUUCAUUCCGGAUAGGGGCAGCCUCCACAGCCUCAGGCCUAGACAUCCCGGUUCACAUCAUAAAAACCUUGGGCCGCUGGAAGUCAUCCGCUUACGCUGUUUACAUACCACAGCCAACACAAGAAUUAAGGCAUGCAUUUGUGAAAAUGUCACCGUAAAUAUGCUAACUCCAUGUCUUGUGGUUUCGUUAAUAAAUAUCUUUGAUAACAUUAUAUGGGUAUUCCUUUUUGCCCUCUUAUUUACAGGCCUACCACACACGUCGGUUUCGGCACACCUCUACCGACUUUUAAUUAUUAUGAUAAGUAUACUCACUAGCUAUUUCAUACUAUACUGAAAUGGCCCCGAAUACAAAUUGGAAGGCAGGGCCUGAAGUUGUGGGAGGGGCUAUAUCCCUUUAAAAGGGACUCCCCCUCCUACCUCAUUCACCGUCUGGUCCAGAUGCUCGUUUGACCCACCCUCCUCUCCCUCUAUUCAAAUACUAUUUAAGGUGGGCCCUCUUAUUUACAGGCCUACCACACACGUCGGUUUCGGCACACCUCUACCGACUUUUAAUUAUUAUGAUAAGUAUACUCACUAGCUAUUUCAUACUAUACUGAAAUGGCCCCGAAUACAACUUAUAUAUAUAUAUUUGUAUAUCUCUCUUUAUUUUCCCUUAUGGUGCCCCAGUGGUGGUAAUUAAUAUAAAUUUUAUUUUUUAAAUCACUGUACUAUGAUCUAUCUUGUAUGUGCAGUUUGUUGGUUGUGUCCACAAGAUAGUUAACACAUGCUUACAGUUUAAUUAAUGUGUGGGCACCAGCGGCAUUCAUACCGCAGUCACAGGGGUCACAGCUGCGACCAGGCCUGCCACUCCAGGGGGCCCGGCCACCCUGCAGACCCCUGUGACCGCGUAUCCACCGCCAUCAUCUUCUGCAGCCCUGGCCCACGUGGCAAACCGCCGUCCAUGCUGUCCACCUGAUGGAUGUGGAUUGUAAGGGGGCCCGGUCAGUGCUGGGCGCUUCAACAGUGCGACCGGGCCAUCCCCGGGGUUAACAUGACAAGCUGGGAGGAAGUGACCACAUGUCACUCCUCCCAGCUAACACACAGAGCGCGCGGAAGGAAGCAGAGGGAGUCAGAGUGAGAAUUCUGAGAAUUCUGCCUCCCAUCCUCCUGAGCCACCACUGGACCCCAGGGAAAGUCACCCUCCUGCACCUUAAAUGUAGGAAACAGGAGGGUGACUUAAACAUUUUGUGUGUUUGUGUUUGUAUGUAUGUGUGUUUGUCUGUAUGUAUGUGUGUGUCUGUCUGUCUGUGUGUGUCUGCCUGUUUGUAUGUAUGUCUUUGUAUGUAUGUGUGUGUGUGCCUGUCUGUGUAUGUAUGUGUCUGUCUGUGUGUGUGUCUGCCUGUAUGUCUGCCUGUAUGUGUGUGUGCUUGUCUGUUUGUAUGUAUGUGCGUCUUGUGUGUGAGUGUCUGUCUGUAUGUGUGUAUGUCUGUCUGUGUGUAUGUGUGCCUGUCUGUUUUUUAUGUAUGUGUCUUUGUAUGUAUGUGUCUUGUGUGUGUGUGUGUGUCUGUAUGUGUGCCAGUCUGUCUGUAUGUGUGCCUGUCUGUUUGUAUGUAUGUGUCUGUGUGCCUGUAUGUGUGCCUGUCUGUUUGUAUGUAUCUGUGUGCCUGUCUGUGUGUCGGUCUGUAUGUAUGUGUCUGUGCGUGUCUGUCUGUAUGUAUAUAUGUGUGCCUGUCUGUUUGUAUGGAUGUAUGUGUCUGUGUGUAUGUGUCUAUGUGUGUGUGUAUGUGUCUCUAUGUAUGUGUGUGUGUCUGUCUAGGGAGGGGGGGGGCCCACGGAUCAUUUUCGCACUGGGGCCCCAUGGUUUGUGUGUUCGCCACUGGUGGGCACAAUAGGGUUAACCAAAUGUUGUGCAUGAGAACUAUACAUUACAAAUACAUUAAGAUUUUCUAUCCCCUGACAUUGUGCAACUUUCAGAGCCCUUGAGCUGUGUAAGGGACCCCAACAUUUCUGAUGUCACCCCUGGAGGCAGGUACAAAUAGGAGGAGCCAGUGUUCACAACUUAGUAGAUUGUGCCUACAAGUUAACUAUAUUGUGCCCACUCUUUAAAGGGACUCUCCAGUGCCAGGAAAACAAACUGUUUUCCUGGCACUGCAGGUCCCCUCUCCCUCCCACCCCCCAUCCCAAGUUUCUGAAGGGGUUAAAACCCCUUCAGUGACUUACCUGUAUCCAGCGCCGAUGUCCUUCUAAUGCGCGAAAAAUGCUUUCAAUGCUUUCCUAUAGGGAUUUCAGUGAUGCUGGAGGUCCUCACAUAGCGCGAGGACAUCGAGCGACGUUAUAGCACACUUUUCCAGAAGUGGUCUGGGUUCCUGGAAUGUCCCUUUAAUUAAACUGUGAGCAUGCGUUAACUAUCUUAAAGGUACAAUUUACUAUAUCCUGCUCCCAGGACUGUACAGCAUGUCCGCGAAAAUGGAAAUGCAGUGGCAAUGGACCCUCAAUUUAAUAAAACACUGUUAUUCCUAUACAGACUGUUGAACUAAUAUCCCAUGGGAUCUUCAAUCCCACUGACCUCUAGUGCAGGCGUCCGACCUCUGCAAGUGGCGGCGCGUCAUCUCCUCUUUAGCUGCCACCUUUCACACUUUGCACUGGAGCAUUCCACAGUCCCAAUUGACCAGAUGGCAUUCUUUCAGGACACCUAGUUGGGCAUGCCCCUCACAUGCCUGUAUGGUGGAAGAUGGUGAAGUCUGGGGGGGAGGGCGGGCUUCUCUUGUGGAAUGGAAAAGGUGUGUCCCCUCCUGUUUUUUGUAAAGCCCAGAGUAGCCUCAUACCUUGCUCAGAUACUUUUUCAUCCUAAUUAGAGAGAGAUCUAAAUUGCAUACUGGUAUUCCAGACCCAGAGGAUGGAAACUCUCCAGGAACACUUCUACAUGCAGAGAAAGUCAAGUCACACAGAUUCCAUCAUAUUGCAGAGAGUAUUGACCGAUACAAAAUAUUGUCAUGUUGUGCUUAUUCCAAUAUAAGUUUGCAAUAUGAUGGAAUCUGUGUGCUUGGACUCACUCUGCAUACAAGAAAAAAGGGUAAAUAUGCAAAUAUGCAGAUAAUUUCUCCAAAAGUAGGGAAAUCAUCAACUAAAUAUUGCUCUAAAAAAAUGGUCUGAGGGUUUUCAUAUAAAAACCUUUAUAGCAGCACAAAAUUAAGCCAAAGUACAAUAUAGACUGAAUAUUCACCAAAGAGCUGAUAUUAGAGGUGACAGAUAAUGAUGUUUGUAAUUAUGAAAAUAGAUAUAUUAAAAAAGUGAUGCAUUAGCAAAGGAUAUCAGUGAAAAGGUCAGUGUCUUUGUAUGACUCUUUUUUUUUUUUUUUUAAGUCUAUAAAGUCUAUUUAUAUUCUAAAUAAAGUCCAGAAAUGACUGCAAGAUAAAGAAAAUUUUGUGGCAAUGUGGUCUUAAUGGAACACUAAAUGGAAAAAAAAGUAGCAACCUUUGGACACAAUUUGCUAAAUGAUUUAGUACUUUCAGUGUUAUACCCUUAACUUUCAGUACAGUAUCCCAGAGAGAGAAGCACACAGUAAUGAUUCACUAUUAACCAUUAAAUUCAGAGAAACUGCAAUGUUUACCAUCCAGGGUUAAGACUGCCUCUAAAAGCACUUCCUACUGUUUCACAGUGUUUAACUCAGUGAAACGACACUGGUCUCUCUCUCUUUGCAUGAGGACGUCCAAUGUCUUGAAAAACCCUACAGGAAAUCAUUGAUUUAAUGCUUUCCUACAGGGAAGGUCUAAUGCACGUGUGGUGUUUUUCACGCAUGCGCAAUAGGUUGCCCUCCAUUGCAGACAUCAGAAGAGGCAGAGAGGAAGCCAGCGCCGAGGGACCUUGGUGCUGGAAAGAGGUAAGUGGUCCAAAGGGUUUGUUUUGAUAUCCUAAUGCUGUAGUGUUCCUUUAAGAAUACAAACUGAAUUUACAAACUUAAAAUCUUUGCAUUGAUAUUACUUGCUGAUGCAUCACUAUUUAAUAUAGCUGUUCUCUCUGCAUACAGUUUGUGCUAGUUGUCUUCAGUCCUGCGCUAUCUACAUGUGCUACCAGUACCGGUGUUACGUCUCUACUACCAGUCCUGUGCUACCUGUGGUACCAGUAUUACAAAUACCUGUACUACCAGUCCUUGUGCUACCAGUCCCUCUGUUAUCAGUACCAGUGUUACCAGUACCUGUACCUACAACCUGCACUGCUUGUGCCUAUAGUCUAUGCGAAACCUGUACCUACAAUCUAUAUGAAGCCUGUGACUACAGUCUGUUACGCAGACUGGGAACUAAAAGUAGUCCUGGAAAUACAUUUUGCACAGUCUGUUGCUCUUCAUAAUUCAUUUUCUGCACUUUCAGAGUGUAAUGGUGUUGUGGAGAGAGGCAUUGAGGCUAGUUGUGUUGUGGAGAGAGGCACUGAGGCUAGUGGUGUUGUGGAAAGAGGCACUGAGGCUAGUGGUGUUGUGGAGAGAGGCACGGAGGCUAGUGGUGUUGUGGAGGGAGGCACUAAGACUAGUGGUAUUGUGAAGAGAGGCACUGAGGCUAGUGGUGUUGUGGAGAGAGGCACUGAGACUAGUGGUGUUGUGGAGACCGGCUUGGAGACUAUGGUGAGGCCUAAUAGAAAGCAGUUGUUGUUGGGGAUUCCAUUAUAAGAGGUGUGGAGAUGGACAAUGGUGGUCUUGUGAGGUGUCUUCCCGGAGCUACUGCUCACAGAGACAGGAGACGUAUCUGUAAUAUUGUUAAGCAAGCAAAGCAGGAAGGGGAAUUGGAUGUACUUGUCCAUCUAGGGACAAAUGACUUGGCUUGCAAUGAGGUUUCAGAGGUUAAGGAAGUUUUUAGUGUUUUUGCCAAUGAUAUACGGCAGGUUGCUUCCACACUGUCAUUCUCUGAAGUUCUGCCUGUGCAUAACACUCAGAACGACAGGCGGAUGCGUAUUAGGGACUUUAAUUUGUGGCUUGGUGAAUGGUGUCGGGAGCAAGGAUUUGGCUUUAUUUCUCAUGGUAGCUCUGUUUGGAAUGGAGAUAAGCUGUACAAAAAAGAUGGUUUGCAUCUUUCUCAAAAGGGAACAAAUGUUCUCAGUGAGCAGUUCAGAGGUUUUGCUAGGAUGUAUUUAAACUAGGAGGGGGGGCAAAAGGGUGAUAAAACAUCAAUCCAAUUGUCCCCCAAAACAAGGACAGAAGGUGCCUGUAGCAAGUGUGUUAAAAAAUGAUAAGCUUAGAGUCAUGUCUACAAAUGCUCGCAGUUUAGGGAAUAAGAUCCAUGAACUUGUGGCAAUAAUGGCAACUGAUAGUGUAGAUUUAGUCGCUGUUACUGAGACAUGGUACAAUGAGAAAAAUGACUGGGACAUAGCAAUACCAGGGUACUCUUUAUAUAGGAAAGAUAGGGAAGGCAAGAAAGGGGGAGGGGUGGCCUUGUAUGUGAAGGAUAGCAUAAAAUCUAGCCUAAUAAAAGUUAGUGAGGCAAACAUAGAGUCCAUUUGGGCUACGUUAGAAUUUGGUAAUCACACAGUAACUCGUGUAGGUGUGAUUUAUAGGCCCCCAGGACAAAUUGAAGAGUUAGAUAAUCUACUAGUUGAGGAAAUAGCUAAAAUGACAAUGAAGGGGGAAGUUAUCAUCAUGGGUGACUUUAAUCUUCCUGAUGUAAAUUGGAAAACAAAAUUAGCUACUUGUGCCAGGAGCACACAUAUUCUAAACUCUCUACUGGGAUUGUCUCUAAAACAAGUUGUUGAGGAGCCAACUCGUAAAGAGGCCAUACUAGAUUUAGUGUUAACAAAUGGAGAUUUGGUAUCAGAUAUUACUGUAGGUGAAAGUUUAGGGUCCAGUGAUCAUCAGUCAGUGUGGUUUAAUAUAAGAACAGUGACUGAGUCACACCACACAAAAACAAAAGUUUUAGACUUUAGAAAAACAGACUUUUCUAAAAUUAGAAUAUGGGUAGAGGAGUCAUUAUCAGACUGGAGCAAUUUAAAUGGAGUCCAAGAGAAAUGGGAUUAUUUAAAAGUUGCACUAUUGAAGGCAACAGAAAAUUGCAUUAGGCUUGUCAGUAAAAGCAAAAAAUUCAAGAAACCACUGUGGUACUCCGCAGAUGUGGCCAAAAUAGUUAAAAACAAAAAGUUAGCAUUUAGGAAUUAUAAAAAAAACCCAGAGUGAGGAAGACAAAAUGAUCUAUAAGAUUAGGCAGAAAGAGGCUAAGCAAGUUAUAAGAGCUUCCAAAUCACACACAGAAGAGAAAAUAGCACAGUCAGUAAAAAAGGGGGAUAAAACAUUUUUUAGAUACAUAAAUGAGAAAAGAAAAGUAAAACAAGGAUUAGUUAGAUUAAAAACAAAAGAAGGAAGGUAUGUAGAAGAGGAUAAAGGUCUAGCUGACUGCCUCAAUGAAUAUUUUUGUUCUGUAUUUACAGAUGAAAAUGAAGGAAAGGGACCUCAGUUGAGAAAAAGGACAAAUGAGUCAUUUAUUACACGUGAGUUAACAGAGGAAGAGGUUCUAUUUCAACUGUCAAAAGUAAAGACAAAUAAGUCAAUGGGACCUGAUGGAAUACACCCAAAGCUAUUAAAAGAGCUUAGUGGUGUACUAGCAAAACCAUUAAUAGAUUUAUUUAUCCAAUCAUUGUUAACAGGAGUAGUCCCAGAAGAUUGGAAGUUAGCGAAUGUUGUGCCCAUUUACAAGAAAGGUAAUAGGGAGGAGUCGGGCAACUAUAGGCCAGUAAGCCUUACUUCAGUAGUGGGGAAAGUGAUGGAAACCAUGUUAAAGGAUAGGAUUGAUGAACAUCUAAAAACACAUGGAUUUCAAGAUCAGAGACAACAUGGAUUUACUUCAGGGAGAUCAUGCCAAACUAAUCUUAUUGAUUUUUUUGAUUGGGUAACUAAAAUUAUAGAUCAGGGUGGUGCAGUAGACAUUGCUUACCUAGAUUUCAGUAAGGCUUUUGACACUGUUGCACAUAGAAGGCUUAUCAAUAAACUGCAAUCUUUAAGUUUGGAUUCAAAUAUUGUUGAAUGGGUAAGGCAGUGGCUGAGUGAAAGGCAACAGAGGGUUGUAGUUAAUGGAAUAUAUUCGAAGCUUGGACUUGUCACCAGUGGGGUACCUCAGGGAUCUGUACUUGGACCCAUUCUCUUUAAUAUUUUUAUUAGUGAUAUUGCAGAAGGUCUUGAUGGUAAGGUUUGUCUUUUUGCUGAUGAUACUAAGAUAUGUAACAGGGUUGAUGUUCCAGGAGGGAUAAGCCAAAUGGCAAAUGAUUUAGGUAAACUAGAAAAAUGGUCAGAAUUGUGGCAACUGACAUUUAAUGUGGAUAAAUGCAAGAUAAUGCAUCUUGGAUGUAAAAACCCAAGGGCAGAGUACAGAAUAUUUGAUAGAGUCCUAACCUCAACAUAUGAGGAAAGGGAUUUAGGGGUGAUUAUUUCUGAUGACUUAAAGGUAGGCAGACAAUGUAAUAGAGCAGCAGGAAAUGCUAGCAGAAUGCUUGGUUGUAUAGGGAGAGGUAUUAGCAGUAGAAAGAGGGAAGUGCUCAUGCCAUUGUACACUGGUGAGACCUCACUUGGAGUAUUGUACACAGUACUGGAGACCGUAUCUUCAGAAGGAUAUUGAUACCUUAGAGAGGGUUCAGAGAAGGGCUACUAAACUGGUUCAUGGAUUGCGGGAUAAAACUUACCAGGAAAGGUUAAAGGAUCUUAACAUGUAUAGCUUGGAGGAAAGACGAGACAGGGGGGAUAUGAUAGAAACAUUUAAAUAUAUAAAGGGAAUCAACACAGUAAAGGAGGAGACUAUAUUUAAAAGAAGAAAAACUACCACAACAAGAGGACAUAGUCUUAAAUUAGAGGGACAAAGGUUUAAAAAUAAUAUCAGGAAGUAUUAUUUUACUGAGAGGGUAGUGGAUGCAUGGAAUAGCCUUCCAGCUGAAGUGGUAGAGGUUAACACAGUAAAGGAGUUUAAGCAUGUGUGGGAUAGGCAUAAGGCUAUCCUAACUAUAAGAUAAGACAAGGGACUAAUGAAAGUAUUUAGAAAAUUGGGCAGACUAGAUGGGCCGAAUGGUUCUUAUCUGCCGUCACAUUCUAUGUUUCUAUGUUUCUAAAUUAUAUACAAGCCCCAUAAAUGCGAUGUGGCAGCAUAGUGUGCAGAUAUAGAGGUGGAAAAGAUAACUUAAAAUUGAAAACUAAAAACUAUUGCACCAACGUGAAAGAAAGUGCUCAUAGGGCUUAAAAGUAAAUGAAAGAGUGGAUUUAUUUGUGUAUGUAUAUAUAUAUAUAUAUAUAUAUAUAUAUAUAUAUAUAUAUAUAUAUACACACAGUAUCUCACAAAAGUGAGUACACACAUUUUUGUAAAUAUUUUUUUAUAUCUUUUCAUGUGACAACGCCGAAGAAAUGACACUCUGCUACAAUGUAAAGUAGUAAGUGUACAGCCUGUAUAAUAGUGUAAAUUUACUGCUCCUUCAAAAUAACUCAACAAUUCCAGUGACCAGUAUGAGAGAGUGUGAGAGCGAUAACCCCAAAUUUAACACACCUGCUCCCCAUUCAAACCUGAGACCUUGUAACACUAACAAGUCACAUGACACCAGGGAGGGAAAAUUGCUAAUUGGGCCCAAUUUGGACCUUUCCACUGUGUGUUCAGUUAUCUUGAGGGGACAGCAAAUAUACACUAUUAUACAGGCUGUACACUUACUACUUUACAUUGUAGCAGUGUUGUCACAUGAAAAGAUAUAAUAAAAUAUUUACAAAAAUGUGAGGAGUGUACUCACUUUUGCGAGAUACUGUAUAUAUAUAUUUAUUUAAAAACACCUCACCUUGGCAAAAAACAAUGGGGGUUUAGUUACAUUAUAUGAUCAUAUAUUGCAUAAGCCUGCCACAAUGUACCCCAUUCUUGGCAUGUCCUACUCUUGCAGCCUAAUGCCUGCCCAUAUGAGAUCAAUAUAUAUAUUACUAAUACACACAUUAACAUCCAUGCAAAAUAAUGUAUGUAUUACUGUAAGAUUCACAUCAAUUACAGCUAAAACAGCAUAUAUAAAAAUAGGAGACCACCACACAGAAGUUAAUCUCUAUUCGGUUUGCCUAAUUUAAGCAAAACGCACGUUAAUGUGUGCUGGUCUCCUAUGUUAUCCUAUGGGGACAAUAUGCUACUUUAGCGAUUCUCUUGAUAUAAUAAUUGAAUUAGACUCCACACAAUUGUAUUUAUCUCUCUCUUUUUAAUCCUCUAUUGAAUGUUAGGUUGCUCUACCCUUCUAAUUAGACCUAAUUAAAUCUUUAUUUUCCAAUCUUAUAGUUAGACAUUUGUGAGUUCCCUGCUUAGAAGAAAUUCCUUUCUAAUUAAACUGAUUUAUCACAUUGUUGCCUACUUAUUAAAUACUUUGAGAGCAUACAGAUCUAUUCACACUCUGACACUCCUUUCUGCUAUCAGCCUAUUUACCUCUAUAUAUUCUAGGCAAUGUUUAUCCCCUUCUCUAAUGUAUUAACAUUAUAACCAGAUAUGUUUCUGUAGGCAAUCUGUUAUUUUGGGUGGAUGAAUUAUUAAGGUUUUAUUAUUUUUUUUAUUUUCAGAUGUUGAAUUAAAAGUUAUGUUUCAUUACAGUUAGAGCUGGAGAUAUCUCUAUUUCUCCAUUUUGUCUUGUACUUAUUUUAGGGGUUACCCCACAGCAGCUUUCUAGCCUGUCACACUCUCCCUGCUUAAGUUCCUUAUUUAAGUAAAUAAACAAAGUUUAUUUUAUGUAUAUAACAUUAUGUGUACCUACUUUUUUAUUAGAUAUAAAAAUAAUAUUUCAUUUACCAGAUAGUCUUACUCUUAGCUUCUUUUUUUUUUUUUUUGCACUGUUAGUCAAAAUACUUUGCAUGUUCUCUUUGACUUUAACUGAUUCUUUGAAAAACAGGUUUACCUUUUCAUUUUUCUAAGUAUUAAUGUGUCACAUUGCUUAAAGUAUUUAUGUUCCCUAUUGGGCAUCCCAUUGGGAGAAAUGCAAGCAUUUUAACCUUGCAUGUUUAGAAUAUCAUCUUUGACGUGCUUCUUUGACAUUGGUGGGUUACACCCUGCCCCCUAAACAAGGGUAAUCACAUCAUGACUCAUUGAUGAAUGUAGUGUUUCCCUUUUGCAUAUACAUAAAUAUAAUACUGCUAAACCUUUGCCAUUUAUAUUUUUGUUUGCUUUACCAUUAUUGUCACAGCAUAAUAGGUCAGGCCAUUUGGCAAGUAUUUUCAUGCUUUUUUCAAGCUGUGCCAUGUCGCAAUAUAUGCUCACAUCCUGAAGGUUCAUUAGAUACUAUCAGUGUAAUUCACUAAAGUUCAAAUGGGUCAAAACCAUGCAGCUGCAUACAGGUAAAUUUAUAUUCGGACUAUUCGGAAUUCAUCAAUGUCCAUAAUUUGAAAUUUAGGCCUCAAACAGGCCUGAAUUUGGUCCAGAUUUCAGACGAACCGAACAAUGUUGAAUGGCUGAUAUUCAGGCCAAACACGGCAAAUACAGACAUGGAGAAUUGAGCUCUGGAUUUAGAAACAAGCCGAACAAUUUGGCAACUGGCAACACUUGCAGCCAGUAGGCAAAGACUUGAAAAAACCCUCGGCAGUAUGAGGGUUAAUUUUUGUGGUGGCUGGUGUGACCGAGCUCCAGUACUCCGAUCCAGUACCUCAAGCAAGUCUGCUUCCUCAUAGGUAUUAGGGAACCUGGAGCACUUCUGACCUAGUCGCCGAGGCUUGACUUGCCUUUUCCACCCUGGACCAUGCUACUGUGUUUAUAGCCAGGGACACCUUUUUCAUCAACAGAUUAUAUACCUUUCCCCAAAUACCAGAUGGCACUUCUGCCAUCUAGUAUUUUUAAUAUACAUAGCACACCUGCCACCUUUAAUAUACAUAGCACACAUAUUUAAGCCCCCCAACAGCCUCAUUUACAUUCAAUAGGGGGCAUAGAGCACUAUAGUACAAGGAAGGGUGGGGCCAGACAAAAGCAAGGGCUACAAACCAAAUAGGAGAUUGAGGAGGAAAAAGGUGGAGGAGAAAGGCACAGACAAUCAAUACAUUCAACAUACCCUGCACCAAUACUGGGCACAGGGUGACCAAAACACAAGAGGAAUCUGGGGACCCACAUAUAGUGUCUGUGUUUUGUCAUCCCCAGUGAUGGUGAGUGUCGUCACAGCUGGCCAAUGCUUGUUUGCCAGCUGCCACAUGGAAAUAGUACAAAAAUAGAAUACAAAUAAUAAUAGAAAACUAAAUUCCUAUAGUCAAUAACACCCCCAUAUUACUAUAAUGUAAGCAAUAUACCUUCAUUUGCACCACCUUUAAUGUGAAAGAUGGGGGCAUAUCUGCCAAACAUUUAAAACUAAUCAAUUGAAAAGCAACCAGUGGGACAUGUGAAAUAGUGGGGGGCAACAUAGUACACAUCGUGCCCCCACCCAUGGACAUUAGGUGGUGGAUUCUUUAAAUUUUAAGGGGGAUGGAUCUAGUUAGGCAAGUGGGGGCACUAAAAGGUAUAAUAAAAGGGAAUAGGACUUAUUAUCUCCUCCACUGACCCCCAUCAAUGCUAAUAUAUAUAUAUAUAUAUAUAUAUAUAUAUACCUAGGCUGCAGAUCUGCCUUGUUACCAACCUGCUUCAUACCAACCUUACCUACGCUACAGUCCUGCCUUAUUACCAACCUGCUUUAUACCAACUUUACCUACGCUACAGACCUGCCUUAUUACCAACUUGCCUUACCUACGCUACAGACCUGCCUUAUUAGGAACCUUACCUACGCUUCAGACCUGCCUUGUUACCAACCUGCUUUAUACCAACCUUACCUACGCUACAGACCUGCCUUAUUACCAACCUUACCUACACUACAGACCUGCCUUGUUACCAACCUGAUUUAUACCAACCUUACCUACGCUACAGACCUGCCUUAUUACCAACCUUACCUACGCUACAGACCUGCCUUAUUACCAACCUAACCUAUGCUACAGACCUGCCUUGUUACCAACCUGCUUUAUACCAACCUAACCUACGCUACAGAUUUGCCUUGUUACCAACUUGCCUUAUACCAACCUUACCUAUGCUACAGACCUGCCUUGUUACCAACCUAACCUAUGCUACAGACCUGCUUUGUUACCAACCUGCUUUGUUACCAACCUGCUUUAUUUUACCAGCCUGGUACAAACCUACCUAAUCUGCAUAACCUGACACCUGAAGGCUAUAUGGAGUUUCUUUCCUGAUUCUACGAAUAAUGAGAGACUAUCCAGCCAUAAGUCAAGUAACUCUUCUACAGAUUACAAUAUGACUGCAUGUGAUCCUAAAUCUAUAUCUAGAUUCCUUUAUUACAAAGUGUAAUUACCUGCAUUAUCAGUACUCCUCCCAAACCAGGGGGCUGAUUGCCUAAAUGUCUAUUUUACUUGCAUUUCUGAAACAUUUCCAUUCUGUUCUGUUUUACUUGUCUCUCUAAAAAAUCUAUACUUUUAUCUAUAGGUUUUCUUCUCUAUCUAAAUAUCUUGUCAUUAACCUGUCUGGGGCAUAUUGCCUAAAUCUUUUUCUGGUCUCCCCUUUUACUUACCUUCCUCUUUAUAGUUCUUCCUCCCACUUUGGCUUGCUAGGUAUUAUUUACCUCCCGCUUGUUAGGUAUACUAAUUGUGUAUAACCAUGUCUAAAGCUCCCAAUAAAGAACCAAACAUUAACCCUGUCAAGUCUCUUACCGGACAUGCUCAAGACCGUGACAGUAGGCUAAGCAUUAAAAACACAGCUUUUUCAGAGGCAAUGUUUACAUUGCUGGUUAAGUCCACCUCUAGUGGCUGUCACUCAGACAGCAAAUGAAGACUUUCUGGAUAAGAUCCUGCAAUCAUUGCAGGACCUACAGUCAGUAUAGUCACGCUCUGCAUGGAGAUGCUCAGCAUACCUGAUAGAGAUGCAUUGAUUCAGUACAUCUCUAUGAGGAGAUGAUGAUUGGCACAGUACGUCAAUUUGCAGCACAUUCACACUAGCCUCCUGCUUCUCAAUGUGGAAAUAUUGGCUUGACUGAGCCAAGGAGCCAGGGCAGCACCGCAGUGGCUUAACAGUAAUUAAACCAUUUUUUCUUCUUUUUUUUUCAUGCACAUGGUGGGUUGUGUGGUGGGCCACCCAAAUAGUUUGCUGAACAUAAAGUGUGAGGAACACACUUUUUUGGUGUUCUUAAUUAGAUAUAGUUUCUUUAAAAUAAACUAGUAGCUUCAAUGGAUCUAUUCCUUGCUGGAAAUUCCAUUAAAAUUCCAUUACUUAUAACAAUAUGCCAGCUGCCAUGCCCCAGUACUGAUGGUAGGGUUGUAUAUUUUGACAGGACUAUUUAGGUCUCAUUUGCAAUAAACAGGCAUCUCAGCAACAUUUAAAACAUAUUAUUUGUGUUUUGUUUCUUGUUUGUGUUGCCCAUUGUUCCUGUACAGAACUAUAGUUUGUCAUUAUCUGCUUGAAGGAUUAGUUUACUGAUAUUUAUAUAGGAAGCAAACGCAUAGUGAUGUUCACGUCAGGAAUAACACAUGUAUAUGCUUCUGCAUGCUGAAUCAUCUACAGAAAUAAAGUAACCAUUCAAAUGUGCUUACAAAAGCUUUCUCUCCUUGCUCUACACAAAAACCUUUCCUAUCGCAAGUGGGAUUCACGGAUUUGUUACGUAAUCCAACACUAAUAAAGGGGUUCAUUUGUGCUGUUAUCACCACUAACAGCAACAGUUAAAUGUGUGAUCUUGUUUAUGAUGUCCAGGAUUAAUGUUUACCUUCUUGGCAGAUACUGAGUGCCCUACAAAGGACUUAACCACCAGUAUUGUGCCUGUGCUAUCGGUUUACCAUUAGUGCUCUAUAGCUUAGAACAAAGCCUUUGUGACCAAGUCACAAAAAAUGUAAUCAAGUUAGUGUGGACUGAAGUGAGAAUUUAAAUUAUCUUCCUGUGUCUUUAAAUUAAAUUAGCAUGCACGGUACCGCUGAAAAAACUUUAUAAAUCACUUACUGCACGCCUACUUGUUAUCAAUCUUUUAUUUUUCUGUAGCAAUGGUAUUAGUAUUGCUUUUUUUUAAGAGAAUCUGUCAUUAGUCAUAUUAUGUUUUAGCAUAGAGUAUCUCAAUUUAAUAUAACUUAAUGUGAAAGAUAUCUUAUAUAUUCUGUCAGCAAAGGCAUCAUACAUAUUAAAUACAGAGUCUUUCCUUCACUAAGCUUCUUUGAAAACAGUUGAGAAAAAGGAAUAUUCUAUUUACCAUAACAAAUGACGUUUAUUGUAGUAGUGUUUUUUUUUAAUCAAGAUAAAAGAGGUACUCUCUUAAGGAGCAAAGUGCUAAAUGUUGAGAGACUUGCCUUGAUAAAUCCCCCCAAAAGAGUCUAUAAGUGCAGUCUCUCAAGUUUUUGUCAAACCAUAUUCAAUUGGGUGGACAUUAAAGGGAAACAAUAGUGCAAGGAAUACACCCAUUCCUUCACUAAAUAUAGUAAAAUCUUACCUUUAAUCCAGUCUGCUGCUGGCUCUGCCCCUGAUCUGUCUUCUUGACUGACAUCAUUCCAAUAGCAAAGCAUUAGAAUGGCUGUGUAACACCUGAAGCUGCUGCAGGCUCAUGGGGGUGCCUAGCGGCAGCCACGAAGAUCCCGGUCCCACGCUGCUCUCACUAAGGCUCUGCACUACCUGUGAGGUUUCCGGAUUUCCAUGGCAACCUAGUGCUACCUACAGGCAUCCUGUGGAAUUACAGGACCCUGUAGGUGGUUAAAUUUUAUACUUUCCUUUCUGUGAUGCAAAUUUUUUGUUGGAUGCCUGGGUCUACCCUGCACAGGUCACACCCCUUUGUGUGUCCUGGUGCAGACUGAUGAUGGUGUCCAAUAGUAUUCUUCCAUGCCUUAUAUAAGUUCCCCUCUUUCUGGGAAUCAUUGCCCUGUCAUGAUUCUUGUUAGCCCGAGAGUGUCCAAUGCAGUCAAAUAGAAGCCCCUGCUCACUUACCUCCAGGCAAGCACCACAUCAUGUAGAAUUACUACACUUCUUCCAUAACUCUAAAAUGACAGGUCGUCCGGGCAGGGGCGUACCUAGAGCAUUUGGCACCCGGGGUGGAUCCUGGGGUUGGCACCCCCUCACCCCCCUCUACUCCCCCCUCCAAAAAAAACCUGUAACAUUUUUUAAAUGUUUUCCUUUUUUUUAAUGUAUUGAACUAAUUUGGAAACUUUGCAAAACCGCUGUCAGCCCCCUUCUACUAAACCCUUGUGUGCCCCACCCCCUCCUACAAAACCACUGUCCCACCCGUCUACAAAUCUUGUACUGCCCCCGUCUACAAAACCCCUGCAACCUCCAUCUACAAAUCCCCUUAUAAAGACUCCUGUCCCAAUACAAAACCCCGGCCCCCUUCUACAAAAUCCCUGCAGCCCCACACACACAUUUACAGGCAGACAGUCACACACACACACACAGUUACAGGCAGACAGUCACACAUACAGUCAGAGACAGUCAUGCACACAGUUACAGGCAGACAAUCACAUAUACAUUCACACACACACACACACGCUCACAGGAAAAUAGUCACAUACACACAGUAAAAGGCAGCAGCAGACAGUCACAUGCACACAGUCACAGACAGUCACACAUGGUUACAGGCAACAUCAAACAGUCACAGGCAGACAGUCACACAUACAUAGUCACAUGCAGACAGCCACACAGUCACACACACAGUUAUAGGCAGACAGUUACACAUACAGUCAGUUACAGGUAGUCACACAGAGUCACAGCCAGGCAGUCACACGCACAGUUAUUGGCAGACAGUCUCACACACACACACACACACACACACACAGUCACAGGCAGAGAGUCACAUACACAUACACAGUCACAGUCACACACACAGUUACAGGCAACAUCACACAAUCACAGGCAGACACACACACACCGUUACAGGCAGACAGACACACACACACACAGAGUUACAGGCAUGCAGUCACACACACACACACACAGUUACAAGCAGACAGUCACACACACACACACAGUUGCAGCCAUGCAGUCACACACACACACAUGCAUAGUUACAGGUAUACAGUCACACACACAGAUACACACACACAGUUACAGGCAGACAGACAGACACACACACACACACACAGUUACAGGCAUGCAGUCACACACAAACACACACACACAGUUACAGGCAUGCAGUCACAUACACAUACAGUUACAGCCAUGCACACACACACACAAACACAGUUACAGGCAUGCAGACACACACACACACACAAACACACACACAUACACAGUUACAGGCAUGCAGACACACACAGAGAGAGACACACACACACAUACACAGUUACAGGCAGACAGACACACACACAGAGUUACAGGCAUGCAGUCACACACACACACACACAUACACAGUUACAGGCAUGCAGACACACACACAGACACACACACACACAUGUUUGUGUGAAUGUUUACAUGGUGUGUUCAAUAAAAACAUGGCAACAUUUCAUUCUUUGUGUGUUAUUAGUUUAAGCAGACUGUGAUUGUCUAUUGUUGUGACUUAGAUGAUGAUCAGAUCACAGUUUAUGACCAAUUUGUGCAGAAAUCCAUAUCAUUCCAAAGGGUUCACAUACUUUUUCUUGUAACUGUACACAGUUACAGGCAUGCAGACACACACACAAACAAACACAGUUACAGGCAUGCAGGCACACACACAACCACAGUUACAAGCAUGCAGACACACACAGGCAAACACAGUUACAGGAAGACAGUUUUACAGACACAGUCACACACACACACUAUUACUUACAGACAGGAGCUGGAGGAGGAGUGGAUUCACUGGAGUCCUCCUGAAACCUGUUAGGUGGAGUCAGAGAGGCAGGGAUUCCUUCUUGCUGCACCGCCAUGUGCAGCAGUAACAGCAGCGGGUAAGGGCAGUAUUAAGCACCGCCGCCGCUGUCAAUUUGGAUCCGCCCCGAUUCUGCUUAGCGCCGCCCCCACUUUCCUUCUGUGCGGCCAGUUCAGCUGCUCUUUGCGUGUGUGAGCUGUUCUGGCCGCACGGCACCCUAACUACCAUGCGGAGGUACUGUGCUGCCAUACAGCUCACACAGCCCCCACACCAGGGUCAUGGCACCCCCCACCCAGUGGCACCCGGGGCAGACCGCCCCUCUGCCCCCCCUUUAGUAUGCCACUGUGUCCAUGUGUAAAAACAAUCACUUCUGCCAUAUUGAUACAAUUUUGGUGUUCUUCUAUGAAGUGUGAUAUAUCUGAUUACAUUAUAGCCUGCACCAUAUGUUCACAAACUAAGGUGUCCCAUUAGUUAUCUAUAGGUCUCCUGCAUCUGUUGCCUAUUCUGGAUAGACCAUGGUUACACAUGUCCAUGGAUUUUGUGGUUGACCUACCUCCCUCAAAAGAGAACAUUGCUACCUUAAUAACCAUAAUAGACGGAUUUUCUAAAAUGUUCCUCUCCCCAAAUUGCCUUCAUCCUUUAGAUGAAGUUUUUGCCAGAGAAGUUAUCCGACUGCAUGGUAAUCCUAUUCAAAUAGUUUCUAAUUGUGGUAGUCAGCUCAUAUCAAGGUCUGGCGUAACUUUUGUUCUGGGAUGGACAUUCGGCUGGUCUUCUCUUCCACUUACCAUGCACAGUCUAAUGGUGCUGCCGUCCUAAACAAUCCAUGAAACAGUUCUUGCAUUGUUUUGUCUCUCAGAGUAAAGAAAAUUUGGACCAAUCUGCUCCCUCAGUGGCAUAGCUAGAGCUUUUGGUGCCCGGGGCUGUCCAUGAGUUUGCCGCCCCUAUCUCAACCCAAAUACAAAAUAUUUUCCAUCACAAAAGAUUGGUGGUCCUAUGCCAUAAGACCGAACUUUAGCGACAUGACAGUAGAUGCUGGCCGCUGCAGAUUCACACUGUUUUGACUGUGGAUGACGUCAUGCAAAGGGCAGAUGUGUGGAUGAUGCACGUUUUAGAGUCAAAGGCCGGAUACGGCCAAUGGGAUUCACAAGAGGGAUAUUUUAACUUUCAUUUCUUCUACUCAUUGCCCUGUCAUGGUUUCACUUUGCUGGUUAUCCGAGAGUGUGUUCCUGAUCGUGUUUCUUUGGUACUUGACUUUGGCUUCAUUCUGACAUCCCUGAAUUCUGGUAUCCCUGAUUGGCUAUUCCUUGCAACUGUGUUUCGUUCUCUGUUCCUGACCUUGGCUAGUAUUUCGACUAUUCUCUGGUACGUUAAGUCUGGCCAUCCUAAGGUCCGGUUAGACGUUAUCCUUUUUACCAAAUGUGAUACUAAUACUGCGUGUUGGAUCAAUUGUAACCCUGACACGGUCUAGGGGAGGGAGGGGGACUGUGAGGGUGCAGGGAGAAAGGGGGUCUGUGAAGGAGGGGGAGGGGACUGUGAGGGUGCAGGGAGAAAAGGGGUCUGUGAAGGAGGGGGAGGGGACUGUGAGGGUGCAGGGAGAGAGGGGGAAAUCUGUGCAGGGAGAGAAGGGGAGGGAGAGAGUGGAUCUGUGAAUUUAGAGGGGUCUGUGCUGGGAGGGAGAAAUUGGAUCUGUGAAGGUAGGGGGGACUGUGCUGGGAGGGAGAGAGGGGAUAUGUGAAGGUAGGGGGGACUGUGCAUGCUAGGAGAAGGGGGACUGUGCAGAGAGGGAGAGGGUCUGUGAAGAAAGGGGACUAAGCAGGGAGGGAGAGGGUCUAUGAAGGGAGGGGGACUGUGUAGGGAGGAAGGUAGGGGGUCUGAGCAGGGAGAGACAGUCUGUGAAGGAAGGGGGGAAUGAGCAGGGAAGGGAUUGGGUCUGAGCAGGGAGAGAGAGUCUGUGAAUGGAGGGGGUCUGAGCAGGGAGGAAGAGAGGGGAUAUGUGAAGGUAGGGGGGCUGAGCAUUGAGGAAGAGGGUCUGUGAAGGGAUGGGGUUGUCAGAAGGGAGGGAGGGUGUCAGAAGGGAGGGAGAGGGGCUGAGCAGGGUGGAAGAGGGUCUGUAAUGGGAGGGGGCUGUCGGGAGGGGGGGGGGCUGUGCAGGGGAGAGCAUAUCUGGUGUAUCUGUCAGGCAUCUUUCCAUCUUCUUUCUCCCAGCACUCACAGGACAGUAGGCACAGGAAGUGACCUCACUUCCCAUUCCUCUUUCCCCGCCUCCUCCCCUCAUACUGAGCACCGCACGAUGGAGACCUUGCAAGUAGAGCAGACUUGCUGACGAAUUUUGAUGAAUUUCCAUGGAACCUCAUGCUACCUACAGGCAUCCUGUGGAAUUACAGGACCCUGUAGGUGUUAAACGUUAUAAUUACCUUUCGGUGAUAUAAUUUUUUUGUUGGACGCGUGGAUCUGCUCUUCACCGGUCACACCCCUUUGUGUGGCCUGGUACAGAGUGAUGAUGGUGUCCAAUGGUAUUCUUCUUUGCCUUAUAUAAUUUCCCCUCUUUCUGGGAAUCAUUGCCCUGUCGUGGUUCUUGUUAGCCCGAGAGUGCAUUAUAUUGUUAUUUCGUAUUUCCAGUUGCUGACCUGGUUUCAUAUUUUUGACUAUUCUGACUCUCUGUAUCCCUUUAACCUUGACUUGUUUUCUUAUUAUUGUGUACCUCUGUAUCGCUUGAGCUUGGCAUUCCUUCUGACUAUGUUUUUUUGGGCAGAUGUUGAGCUCGGACACUAAGGUUCUGUAUACGUACUCUGUCCUUCCUCCCAUUUUGGCUACUAUCCUUCUCCCUGUGUAUAGGGGUUACCCUAAACCUGACAUGCUGAUCUUGUCAAGGAGACAGAUCAGGAGCAGAGCCAGCGCAAGCCAAGCACAGCCCUGGCCAAUCAUAAUCUUCUCACAGAGAUGCAUUGCAUCAAUGCAUCUCAAUGAGGAAUGUUCAGUGUCUCCAUUCAGAGGGUGGAGACACUGAAUCGACAUGCUGCACACUCUAGCAGCCAUCUGAGGAGUGGCCAGUUGAGAUAUCCCUAGGCUGUAAUGUAAUCUCUGCCUUUUCUCUGAAAAAAACAGUGUUUACUGCAAAAAGCCUGCAGGGACCAGAACAAAUACAACAAACUUCAGUUGUUCUGGAGACUAUAGUGUCCCUUUAAACACUUAAUAGAAGUUAGACAUCCCUUUCUGCUUUUUAUAUAGAUAUAUAGCAUUAGGUCCCAAGCUUAAAAAACAGUAUCCCAUUGCUAAGGGAGACUGCAGAAUUGUGGACUAAGAACUUUAAAAGUGGUUCAACUUUGUGCUCAUUUGCUUACUUAGGACAGCAUUCUGAGAAAAUUGUGGAAGCACGAUUUUUUGAGCUGCUCUUUGCAAGAAAGGUUUUCUCUUAAAGCUUGCUUGGAAUAUAUAUGUGAUGCAGAGCAGUAACUAUUCCUUUACAAUCCUAUUUGUAUAAAGAAGCACUUUUUUUAUUUGGUAUGUUUAACGGAUUGGAUAGCAUUGUACUAAAUGCAUAAUAUAUAUAUGUAAUGUAUACGAAAUUUAAUUCAGGCUGUUAGAAGUAUUUUUAAUUUACCAGUUCAGUUUAGGCUUUUUUUAAAUUUUAUUAAGCUGCUUGUUUGUUUUUUUAGAACAUUUAAAUUUCCUAUAUUUCUUUUGAAAUACUUAUUUUCUGUGAAAAAAAAACAAAACAAAAACCACUUGAUGUUUUUACUAAUAAAGAGCAGUAAGAUAGCUGAUUAUGGAAAAAGUUCAGUUUUGUAAAAAAAUAUAUACAAUGAUCAGCAAGCUCAAAGUGUUUCCUGGAUCUUCAAAUUCCCCAGAUCUCAAGUUAAUUAAGCAUCUGUGGAAUGUGCUCGAACAACAAAUCCAAUCCAUGGAGGCCCCAUCUUUAAACUUGCAGGACUUAAAGGAUCUGCUGCUUAAGUCUUGGUGCCCAGAGGCGGGCUGGGCCGGGGGGCAGGGAGGCAAUUGCCCCCCAGGCCGCCCUAAAUCCUUUUAAAAUUGUUCGCUGCAGUGCCGGUCCUAAUGCUGCAGCCGUCUGCGCACUCUGUAAAGAGCCUCAGGUGUCUGCAGCUGCUUCUCUCCUCCCCUCCCGUCUCCUGUAGCGUGGCCGAGCGUCUCUCCUGUCUGUGGUGCCCGGCCGGAGUGAUAGGAAGGUGCUCCGCGCAGAGUUUCUGUUUCCUGUACCCGGCCGUACUGACAGGAAGUGCACACUGAGUGUGCACCUUCCUAUCACUCCGGCCGGGCCCCGCGGACCGGAGACGAGCUCGGACACGCUACAGGGAAGGGGAGGUGAGGGGGGAGUAACAGAAAGAGGGGGCAGUAACAGAAAGAGGGGGGAAUAACAGAAGGAGGGGGGAGGUGAGAAGAACACAUGGGGGAAUGAGAAGAACACAGGGAGGAUGGAGGGGGGGAUGAGAAGAGCACAGGGAGGGUGGGUGAGUGUGAGAAGAGACCGCUGGGGGGGGGUGUGGGGGGAGAGGAGAGACCACUAAAGGGCAGGGGAGAGUUCUAGGGGACAGAAGGGACAGCUCUAUAGGACAGGGGCAAGACAGGGAGCUCUUUCACACUACGCACACACACACACACAAUGCAUCCCUAUACAUACACAGAAACACACAAUGCAUCCCUACACACACAGAAACACAACAUGCUUCCCUUACACACAGAGAAACACACAAUGCAUCCAUUACACACACACAAUGCAACCCUUACACACAAAGACAAUGCAUCCUUUGCACACAUACACAGAAACACACAAUGCAAACCCUUACACACAUUCAAACACACACACUGCUUUUCUUACAUACACACAGAAACACAAUGCAUCUCUUACACACACUCAAUGCACACACAUACAGACACACACCUUGCAUCCCUUAUGCAUAUAAACACAGAUUCACACAAUGCAUCCCUUAUACACAACCAGAAACACAAAAUACACACUGCUUCCACUACAAACAAACACACUGCAUCACCUACACAAACUGCUAUCCCUAUACACUACAUACCAUAAGCACACAUAUUAGAUCAUCUACAAUAACACAUAACACAUCCCCUACACACUCCACACCCUGUGAACGAACUCAUGGGUGGGUGGAACGUAUAAGUGGACUUAUGAGUGGGCCUUGUGGGCAUACUCACCGUCAGGCCCUGGGGCUCAGACCUUGAGCUGUGUAAGGGGCCCCCAAAAACUGGAGCUGCUUCCAAUUCUCCCAGAACAUUGAAUAUUGUGACCACAGUUGCAAACAGCCUCUAGAGAUCCUGUUCUACACCAGACCAGUGGAGCCAAACUGCAGCCCAUCAUCAUCCUCAUCUGGUUGUAAGUAGGCAAUCUAGUAUAUUAUUAGUGACACUAAUCUAUAAUUUACCUCACAUUAAAGGGACACUAUAGUCCCCAGAACCACUUCAGCUUAAUGAAGUGGUUCUGGUGUCUAUAGCUGGUCCCUGCAGGCUUUUUAAUGUAAACACACACUGUGUGCAGCACUGGCGUUAGUUUAUAUGGCAGAUCAUAUGGGUGGGGCAUAUGAUCUGCCAUAUGCCGCCCCCCCAUGUUGUCAGAGCGCAGGCUGAGAAUCUCUGAGCCUGUGCUCCGACUCACUAACUGAGCGCCAGAACCACGAGGGAGAGGAUAUAAUCUGACUUCACCUACUGCUGGUGCGCACCAGUGGACCACCAGCGAAUCGUUUAAAUUGAAUAUGCUGGUGUCCCCAACUUGUUAGCUGUGUUGGCCGCCAGGCACCUCUGUUGUCAUGGCACCCUGCGUGACCGCACAGCUUGCACACCCCAAUGGCUCGCCCUGCUGACACACACUGAUGUUACUUUUUAGAAAUCCCUCAAUAUUAAUACAGACAGAGUAAACAACAAUAAACUAUGGAAACAGAGCAAAAGUUGGUCCAAACUCUUGUAAAUUAGACUUUUGAUUUGGUAAAUUCAUAUAUACAAUAUACGCCUACAGAAAAAUUGUCAAUGUAAAUCUGUAGGUAAAUGUUUUGCUUUCUUAAAUGGAAUCUAUCUGGAGAAUAUUCAUUCUCCUCUUAGAAUGUUUGUUUUUUGUUUUACUUAUUUAUUUUAUUUUUGGCACUGGUGUGGCUCUUUAAUGUCUGCUUUAUAGCUUCCUCUCAAAGUGCCUUUACUGAUCUUAAUUGUUUAAACAGCUAUCUCAAAACCAUCAAAUAAACAUGUGAUAAAACACAAUACAAAUCACACAAAAUUUGCAAAUGAUUCCCCUUAAUAUUUAUAAAAGAUAAAAUACCAGUUAGUAAUCAGUUAACUCACAAUUUUAAUAAAGUUAAAGGGAGCAAUAUAAAGUACAAGUAAAGAGCCCGUGGCUUGACUUGAAAAACCUAAAGCCGAGCUUCAAGAAGGGGAAUACCACUUAAAUAAGUACAAAUUUAGAAAAAACAAAUCCCUUAAAUUCAAAUCCCCUGUGUUCUGACGGAGCUUUAAUCCAGGAUUCUCACAAUUUGACUUUUUUUGAAAAAAAAUAUAUUAAGGGGUUAACAUUAAUUUAAAUUAACAGAAAAAAAUAAUGGUUCAUGAUUGUUGUAUUUUAUCUUUUAGGUAAAUAUUCCUGUGGAAGAUCAAGUGCAGUGAUGAUAUCAUGGCAAAGUAUACUUUAUUCUGUUGUGACUGGGAAGGUGGCAAUUUAUCCAAUACAAAAACAUUAAAAAGCAAUCCAAAGAAAAAAAAAACAGUAAAUGUUUCAACUAUGUAUUUUAUUACAAUGUGUAGGCAAAUUGAGUUAUUGAAUUCAGAGCAGGAUUAACCAUAAACCGACGUAAGGUGGCUGCCUAGUGGGAGGGCCUGGAAUUGUGAAUUGGCUUGGUCCCACUUACCCAUAGACAUGUGAAGAAUGAAGAUGGGGCCCCACACUGCUAACCUGCCUAAGGUCCAAUCAGCUCUUAAACUAUUUAUAGACCAUUUAUAGAAUUCAGUAGAUCCUUUACAGUCUAAUAGAAUUAGAAUACAGUGAUUGCUUUUAGGAACUGGUCACAAUAAUUGAAAUCCAAACAUUUCCUAAACAAAAUAUCAUAAAAUAACUUAACUGGUUGAGCAUAUCACAGACCAAUUGCCAUAACAUGUUUAAAUCACCACAAAGCAGAGCAUCAGCUAGUGUUUUUUGUACAUAGGCUUUCUAUCAUAGUCUCUACAGAAUAGAAACACAAAUCAUUGUUAUCCCAAGAUGAUCAUGAUUAUUGUGUAAGAAAAUGCAUGCACUCACACAGUAGAGAGGUAUUAACUAUAUCUUACUAGUAAUUGUGUCCUGGGCUACAUAUGCAAGUGAUUUGUACUGAGAAAAUGUUUCCGUGCUCAGAGUUCUCUUAUAUUUUAAGCAACCCACAUAGGAACAGCUAUUAUGGUUUUAUCCAAUCUUUUAGUUUCUGUUUUAGCUUAUUUGGCUAAUUCCAAAGUCUACUUAAGUUAAAAGGAUGAUCCAGAUAUUGACCAUGUCAAUCAACAGUCUCAAUUUUGGCAGGACUAGGGAGCUGUCCCCAAAAAGAGUAGCACAAGAGCAUAAUUAGAUGCACUUGAGUUUUGGAUUUUAGAACCUUGCAUAGUACACUGGUACAGAACUCUCUGUAAGUCCUGCCCUCAGUAGGCUGGCCUGCUUUAUUGGUGGCCAGCAGGCUGAACUGCCGGUAAUUUGGAUGGACCUGCCACCUUGGGUGAAUACCAUUAGGUCACUAGCUCAUCCCUUUACCCCCUUCUCACCUGUAUCCCACUCCAAAGAUGCAGGGUAUGCAUAGACCCCUUGCUUAAAGUACCUAGUGAGAUAUACAUUAUACCUCACUGAAAUCAUUUAUCUCGGUGUCUAGUCUUUAUCACAUCUAAAACUCGCAUUGUGUUUUGAUUUGUAGCAUCUGCGUUUGAAAAUCUGCAACAUGUUUUCCUGUAGCAGAAUGGAAACUAAGGCCCAAAAAAUGUUUGUUAUCAAUUGUAUACGUUCCCUAUUGUAUGUUUGAAAACUGAUCAUAGAAGAACUAUGAUGGUGACUUAGCUGCAAACUGUUUUUACCAGUUUAACUGGCUUUUGCAAUAACUCUUACAUAUACUCAACAUUGACAUUUGAGAAAAUUGUAUGUUAAACUCCAGUUUCAAAAUUUAGCCUUGAGUAUAUUAACGUGGCUAAACAUCACAUGGAGAGCUAUGUCAGAUAUUCGAAUGAGUCAUGUUUGAUGCAAAAUGCUUAUCUCUAUAUGUACUUUAUCUAAAAGUUUGCAAAGAAUACAACUAUCACUAUGAAUAGCAAAUAAUUGUAUCAAUACAUUUUUUUUUCACAGGUAGACCUUGAUGCAUUAUUUGCACCUCAUUGUGCUAUUUAUUUCCUUUAUAUAUUAUUUUCACUGGAAGGAGACCAUGGUGUCAUUGCAAUGACCUGCUCUUGCAUAUUUCUUUGCUUGCUUUUGAUAAUUUGCAGAUCAAAUCAAACCCAAACACAUUUUCAUUUCGGCAGCCAUUUCCCAUCUCAUCCGAAUGUGCUAAAGUUUUAAGGACUAAUGAUGAGUGUGCAAUAAAAAACAUAUUUCACUAUAUUUUAAGAUUGUGUACAGGACCGGACUGGGGAUUCCAAAGCAGCCCUGGAAAAAAAAUGAGAGAUAUGUGUAUAGCAACUGCCCCCCAUACACACACUGCCCCCCAUACACACACACUGCCCCCCAUACACAGAUUCCUUAUAAAGGCUUCUCCCAUGCAAGGGAGGGAUUUACAAUAAUUGGGAGAGUAGCCAAUAGUACAGUAGUUACCUCCCAUACAUCUCCUCCCUUCAGUGUGACACAUAAUCCACUUAUCUCUGUAAUAGUUUUACCCGGUUUCUGGAUGUACCCUAAAACUGUGGGGUACAAUUAUCUAAGUGGCACCCUCUGGUAGCCCUGAUCUGGGUGACUAACAUAUUCAAAAUUCACCCAGUUUGGGCCAGGGGUUCGGGAGUUAUGGGGGAAAACCAAUUUGAGGUGGUAGCCGAAAAGGGCUCCAUGUGUUUUGGCCCUACGGUCGGUCUCCAUUUGGGAGAUAAAACAUAUAUAAAUCUUUGCCAUCCACUAAUAAAACGGUGUUCGUAUGAAUCCCCUUGUUCGUUACGUUGACUUCACCUAACGAGGGGCUGGUUGGCCCCUCCGUUCGGGAGUUACAGAGCUCUGGAGGACUCAGCAGUGUUCGGGUAAUCGAGUGUUCGAUUUGAGUUCCAGACACUCGAGGACCAAACACCGCUGAGGUUUUGUGCGUAAGAUGGCCGCCGCCACGUGUUCGUAUGCCACCCAGCUACAGCAAUAAAGUACCGACUGAUUUGCGGUUACAAAAGUGUGAAAGCCUAAUAAGGUACACACUUCUCUCUGGGGUGGUCUAUUGGUUCGGUAGUUUUCAUUCGUAUGAGAUACAGAUGAAAACUACCGAACAAACAUACGAAUAAUACAUACAAUGUUAAUCAUACAGGGAACUAAAACAAACAAAUUGCCUUUUUAACCUAACCCUUGAGGACAGUCCAGUGCCAUCCGCUACAGAUAUGUUGAAAAAACAUUCAGUUUUAUGAAUAUACACCCCUCAGACAUGCUUAGUCUGCUAUAGUUAGAGUUCUAACAUCAUCUAUUGGCUUUUGCAUUCGUCAGUCAGUUCCUGUACAUCCAGAAAAAUUAACCUGUCUUUUGUUCAGCCUACUGAGGCUGUCAUUGCUUACCAGCAUCAGGGAGUGCAGUUAGAUUUGAUUGACUUCUCAAUCUAUGUAUCUAUAGGAUUAUGGUGUUGAACAAGGAAUACAUAAUACAAAAUCUGCUAAACUGCAUCAUAAUCACCCUAAUUUGGUAUCUUUAAAUAUAGAAAUAUCACAUACGGGCACCAAUUCAGGGAAUUAUCUACUAAACAGUUAAAGGAUCAAAAUUUAAAAAGUCCUUUUCUUAUUUUCAGUUAUUUAGUAUAUAAAUCCCUUAUUUGUUAUCCUUAUUUGGGAUUGCAAUAUUGAAGGACACCAAAUAAGGGAGCUAUCUACUAAACACAUACACAGAGAUUCACACACAAUCACACACAUAAUCACAGAUUUCAACAAACACAAUCACAGACCCACACACAUACAAUCACAGACACACAAUCACAUAUACAUUACAUACAUACAUACACACAUUUAAUAAUUAAGAGGUCCCCCCAAUCUCCCUACCUUGCUCUAGAAGGGCUGGAGUGAGUCCCUGGUGGUCAGUGGUUGCUUCUGGGAUCUCUGUGCUCUUCCUGCACAGGUCCCUCGCACACCCUGUAAUGACGCAGAGGUGCGAUGACAUCAUAUGCCGGCUGCCGGCUCACUGCAGGGUGAAGACCGUCAGACACAGUGAGAUGCACACAGUCCCACACACAUAGUCGAUCACACACAGUCACAGACAGUCUCACACACACACAUACACACAAUCACAGGCAGACAGUCACACACACACACACACUGUCAAAGACAGUCACAAUCACAGUUACACACAGCACACUCUCUCACUUACAGUCAGCUUGGGCUGAAGGAGGAGUGGAUUCAGUCCCUGGUGUGUGGUAGUUGGGGAAGCAGGGACUCUUUCCUGCUUCCCCUCUGUGUGCAGAAUUAAGAGGCUACCUUUAGCUCAGCCCCGACAUCCAUCUUGGCCCUGCCCCAUGGCCGUUCUUGCCCUGCCACCAACUCUCCGUGCAGGUCUCGUACUCCUGCUCCCAGCCCCUGCGUGUGUGAGCUGUGUUGGCUGCAAGGCGCCACUGGUGCUAUGGCAACCCAUACAGCCGCACAGCUCACAGAACCCCAAGCCUGGCCAGUCAUGGUGUCACCCCCCUACCCCAUGGCUCCCGGGGUGGACCACCCCCCCUGCUCCCUCCUUAGUACGCCACUGAGUCCCGGGACAUGUUCCUCAUUUCAAGACAGCCAUCCCAGUACCUAGGUGGCUAGAAAUAUUUAUUUACUUUAUUUCUGUGUCAGAGUGUCAUUGUGUGUAUCUGUGUGUGUAUAUCACUGUAUGUUUCCAUGCUUGUAUGUGUCAUUGUGCAUGUGCCUUUGAGUGCAGACCACCCAACUGACCUGACUGAACCCACAAGGUAGGAGUGCAUCAUUAAAUUCUAAGGUGCUCAGGAAGCACUUCAGUAGCAGAUCAUUAGUGUAGAGGACACAUUUGUGUUCCACUCUUCUUGAAUGCCAGUGGCUUGUCUAAGUGCUGUGCUUCACAAGGGAACAUGAAAAAGACACACACUGGGCCUAAACUAUGGUGGCAGCCGCCACGACUAUGUACCAAUAACCAUAUUCCAUCAUAUCCUUAAAUUUAAAUUCUUUCUCAUCUACUUUUUCCUUUAUUUGUUUUCAACACCUCAAUGCUUCCCCACACACAAUCUGUCUUAUCUAACCCUAGAUUCUCUCUUGUAGCCUGGGCCCCAUACAGCAUUUCAACAGCUACUCCCAGCACCAAACCCUGCAGGAACAGCCUUAAGCAGAGGUAGCAUUUCUGGAUGAUCAUUGGUGGCUGUCAUCCUUGCUGCCCUGUUGUGUAUUUGUACCCCACCUCAUCUAUACUGUAAUCUCGUUUGAGCAGGGUCCUCAUCUACCUAUUGUUCCUGUGUCACUGUGUAAUUGUCUCAUGUGUUGUAAAUUUUCUCCCCUUUCAUAAUAUUGUAAAGCGCUGCAGAAUUAGUUGGCACUAUAUAAAUACCAAUAAUAAUAAUAAUAAUAACCAAUGAGAGGGGAAGGACAAGUAGCCGGUCUAUUCAUUAACCAUGCCUCUUCAUGCUGUCACACAAUCAGCAAGCGGAAUGAGCAGGCAGUGCACAUACCUGUAUUGUUGGGUAUCUUUCCAUGGAGUUUGACACCAGAGGAGAGAGAAGAAGGAAAUGGCUCCAGUAUUCAACACCAUUGGACAGAUUAAUCAGACACCCCAAAACCAUGAAAUGCCCAGCUGCCCUUUAUAGCUACUCCUGACAUCUAUCCAUCAGGGAAAAAGGAUAUUGCAGACUGUAAAAAUUACACAGACACAUAAGGCACAGUUUUUUCUCAACACAUAUAUAUCUCUUACAGGUGUAUCUUACAGGUGUAAAUUUGCAAAUUAACUCUUCCCCAAGAAAAAAUAUCAUCAGCCUACAGUUUUCCCCCAUCAAAACAUUUAUUUACAUUUAUCUGGUGGGGCUCUAUCCAAAGAGUCCCUAUGGACAAGCUUCAACUGGCUGGGAACUUUGUGAUUGUAUCUGUGACACAAAUACUGCAGUCUAUGGCCGUUUACUGGUCACGGGUCAUUUUGGAAACUACCCCGUACUUUGGUUUAAAAAAAAAAAAUGUGUUUAAAACCAUUGCUAAUAUAAUCUGCAAAAAUGCAAUAUGAAGUUUGAAACACAAUGUAUAACGGUAGGAUGAGUUUUUGAGUUUCUAUGCCCAAGAAUGACUUCACAAGGUCUAAUGUGAGAUAUGCAGGUGACACAUAACAGACAUUUUUCCAUUUGCACUCUCAGGAGUUUUAUCAUGUUUAGUCUCACCACAAUCAUAUUGGUAUCUAGCUCUCAGAGAAACUUCAACAUCCGUACCAGAACCAACAACGUACUAAUGUAACCCACAAGGUCAAAACUGCUGUUCAUGGCUGGUUUCUGGUCUCGUGCUUUUAAGCCACAGCUUUGCUUUGGUUUUAAAAAAGUUGUGUUUAAAACACCAUUGAUUGCUAGGGUAUUUGUUGAAAUGCUGCAUAAAUUCUGAAACAUGAUGCCUGUCUAUGCUAAUUUGCAUGUCAAGCUGGGAACGCAGGGAUAGCUGUGGAAACAAGAUUUCUCGAGUUUUUGUGUCAAAGGAGGUGUUUUCAAGAUUCAUCUUGGGAUAACUUUGUUUCAAAUGUUGGCGACUCUGCAUACCUGAAGUUAAGUGGGAAGAGUUAAAGGGACACUAUAGUCACCAGAACAAAUACAGCUUGAUGUAGUUGUUCUGGUGAGUAUAGUCAGUCCCUGCAGGUUUUAAAGGACCACUCUAGGCACCCAGACUACUUCAGCUUAAUGAAGUGGUCUGGGUGCCAGGUCUAGCUAGGGUUAACCCAUUUUUUUUUUAAACAUAGCAGUUUCAGAGAAACUGCUAUGUUUAUGAAUGGGUUAAGCUUUCCCCCAAAGCCUCUAGCGGCUGUCUCAUUGACAGCCACUAGAGGCGCUUGCGUGAUCCUCACUGUGAAAAUCACAGUGAGAGCACGCAAGCGUCCAUAGGAAAGCAUUGUAAAUGCUUUCCUAUGUGACCGGCUGAAUGCGCGCGCAGAUCUUGCCGCGCAUGCGCAUUCAGCCGAAUGGGCGGAGAGGAGGAGGAGAGGAGGAGGAGAGCUCCCCGCCGAGCGCUGGAAAAAGGUAAGUUUUUACCCCUUUCCCCCUUCCAGAGCCGGGCAGGAGGGGGACCCUGACGGUGGGGGCACCCUCAGGGCAAUAUAGUGCCAGGAAAACGAGUAUGUUUUCCUGGCACUAUAGUGGUCCUUUAACCCCUUAAGGACCAAACUUCUGAAAUAAAAAGGAAUCAUGACAUGUCACACAUGUCAUGUGUCCUUAAGGGGUUAAAUGUAAACACUGGCAGCUGGAAAUAAGAUUGCAUUUCAUAUUUUUUAAGGGGGGCAAGUAGGGGUCACUGACCUUUCAUGUGUAUUUUUAACACUAUAGCGUCAGAAAUACAUGUUUGUGUUCCUGACCCUAUAGUGUUCCUUGAAAUUCUAGUGGUGAUCUUGAAACUUAGUAAGUGUAGUAAUCCACAUGAAACUUCAGAACUAAAAUAUUUUGAUAUUUUAUGGCAGACGAGGGCAAUAUAAAGGAAAAAGCUGGCCAGAAAAUAAGUCCCCAACUAUUACAUAACUACAGCUAACAGCUGGUAAGGCUACAUUGGAGCGUCAGUUCUGCAGCAGCUGAAGAUCUACCUUUUUAUUACCCCUGUUAUAGGACAGUCUACAUGGCCAUACAAAAAUGUGGCUCUUUAACACUUCAAACUAUAAUGCUCUUUGUAGUUCUGAUAGGGAAGUGUGGUGAGGGUCAAAACAAGAUAUAUAUUUGACACUAUAUUUGUAGCACUUACAAAUAUAUUCGCAUGUAUAUUUUUAUUUUUGAUUUAAAGUUAUUUAUUUAUGUUUUUUUUUUACUUCACUUAGAUCCAGCCUUGGCAUGGGUAAAAAUAAACAUUUCUCUUUUUAUCCCAAAAGUACACAGGAAUUUCUCUCAUUGCUCUCCUGCCUGCUAGUGUUUCAUAUUUGAGAUUCUAGAUAUCCACUGCUUGGAAAAAAAAAUGAAGUGUAUGAUUGAAAAUGAUCACAUUGGUUUACUGUAAUGUUAUUUAUAUUUAUAGUUCCUUGACUUUUGUUCUUUUUACAUAUAUUUUUAUAGAUCUUAUGAGCACAUGGUUCCAUCAACUAAAUCAAGCCUGGAUGACUUUGCCCUUGGCUUGGGCUGCACAAUGUCAGCGGUAAGUAUCGUAUUUUCCGACGUAUAAGACGACUGGGCGUAUAAGACGACCCCCAACUUUUCCAGUUAAAAUAUAAAGUUUGGGAUAUACUCGCCGUAUAAGACUAGCCUCUUCCAAUGCACACCAAAUAAAAAUUAGCCAUGAUGUACAGUGAGCAGACAGAGCUACACAGCAAGACAUUAAAUAAUGAUAAUCUGAAAUAGCAUUUAAAACGCAGGUAUGUGCCAGGCUGUUUGGGCAUAUAAUCCAUGCCUGCUGGUCUAGCACACAGGAGGCUAAUUGCAAUAUAUUCUUUUUACUCCCCCCCUCCAUUGUUUUUACCCCUCUCCAUUCUUUUUAAUCCCCCCCUCCAUUCUUUUUACUGCCCUCCUCCAUUCUUUUUACUUCUCCCCCCCCCCAAUCCUCCCUUCAUUCUUCUCACCUCCCCUUCCCUGUGCAGAGUGGGUGGCAGAGCUCCUCUUCGUCCUGUCAGUGUGUCAGUGUGCACUUCCUUUCAGUCCGGCCGGGAACAGGUAACUGAAUCUCCUGUACCGCGCGGUACCCGGAUGGACGGACAGGACGAAGAGGAGCUCAGCCACCCACUCUGCACAGGGAAGGGGAGGUGAGAAGAGAGGCAGUGCGGCAGCCAUUAGAGGGGCCAGCGAUGGGGGCGCAGGGCACCCCCGGCAGCCAUAUAGACCCUAUACCCAGCGUAUAAGACGACCCCUGAUUUUGGAGAAGAUUUUCCAGAGUUAAAAAGUCAUCUUAUACGCCAGAAAAUACAGUACAUACUGGCAACAUCCUUGUAACGACAAUACCCUACAUUUCAUGCGUUAUACCUACAGGUAAUUUUAUGAAAAUAAUCUGUAGGUAUAAAGCAUGACUGAUUUCUAAACAUUUGUUGUAGUUUAAAGACACAUUACUAUUAACAUUAUUGAUGAGCUCAGGUAUGAAUUCGGACACUUUAAGAAUACUAAGCUUCUACAAAGAGAUUAGAAUGGAAAAGAGGGGCAGAGGGAUUUGGGCUCCAAAAAGACACUGUGCCGCCUAAAUAGGGACAGUUGGGAUGUCAGCAUUCGUAUAUUAACUGAGUAUGUAUGACUAUAUUUUCAUGAAGACCUGCUUGUGUGCUUACCAAAAGACCUGAGUUAUAAUCUAAGAAAAGCUAAUCUACUUUCAUAAAUCUUCCCUCUCCAUGGUCCAUUUUUUUGGACAGUUCGUUUUAACAUGCACACAUUCUGACCCUGGUUGGUGAGAGAGUUUGAAUAGUAACCCCUGUUAAGGAAUAUUCCAAGGCAUAGGCGGGAGGGAGGAGCUAGGCUUCCCCUUGCAGAUACACUCCAAGUACUGCCUGCAAGGGUUAAAAAUCAUUAUGUCUGUCUCCAGACAUAAUUUUUGCUCAGGGUUAACAUUCAGCAGCCCAGAACAGAAUCUAUAUUUUAUUGUAUGUUUAGUGUUUCAAGUUGAACAUACACAUAGAAAAUCCUAUUACCCUGAUAACUUCUAAAAGCAGAAGUGGUCAUGGGGUUGGAUUAACCCUUUCAAGGGACACUCCAUUGUCCAGAUACAAGCUCAAUAAAAAUCACUGUUUAGAAGAUAUACUCAAAAUGAAAACAUGUAUGUAUUUAAUUGUGCAUUUUUUUUCUUUGGGGUCAUAUCCAAAAACAGGUUGCAAAACCUGCAGUUCUCUUGGCUGCAGCAUUUGCAAGUCCUCCCAUCCUAACCCGGCCCCAGCUUUCUGUAGCUGUCCAAUCAAAGAUUUCCUAAUGCAGCUCACUUACAAAUCUUUGCAAGCCGUGUGCUCUAGGCAAUUGCUGCCUCUUGAGUUUAGCUCCACUGAACUAACCGAACCAGGAAGUAACUGGACUUGUUGUCUGCUUGAAGGCCAGGGGGAUGUAACCAGAUUGAUUUGUAAAGGUGAUAAUUUCUAUUGAAAUGUGCAUUUUAAAAAAAAUAAAAUUGUACACACUCUUCACACAUUAAGUUUUUCAACAAGCUAAAGUGCUUUAGGGGACUGGAGUGUCCUUUUAAGUGCAUAUGAUAACUUUUUGCUUCACUAUUAUGCUGUUGUUUUCUCCCUGUUCAAAUCUCUUUUCUCUAGUUUUGCUUAAAAAAAAUAAUAUAUAUAUAUAUAUAUAUAUAUAUAUAUGUAUAUAUAUAUAUGCUUUGCUGCUUUCUGCACCAUAACCUGCCUCCUUUGCUACGCUUCCACUUUUCACAGGCCACGUAGCAGAACGGACUAUACCUAAAGGAAAAUUGUUAUUCUGUAACUUCCCAGCCUGGCCUGAACAAUACACAGGUAUUCCAUCUGGAGAUAUUAACAAGAAACCAUCUAGGUUUUAAUGAGCACAUGUUUAGUGCAUUAGAAACAAUGCUACUCAUUCCUAAUUUUUAAGGGUUCAAUAUAUUUUUCAUAUAAACAAUGUGCUAUGCUGCCUUCCACAAGAUCCUAAAUGCUUCUGGUUCUGGAUUAACUAUCUCUGCUAAGUUUCAUUGUCCAAAGUAAUGGCUAAUUUGUAUUUUUUUUUUUUUUCAUUUAUCUGGUUUUUUUUUUAAGUUUUUUAACGUUUUUAAACAAAACGCAAAAGAUAAACUUAAAAUAAUAGUUAAACAGACACUUGCUGACAUGAAAGCUAUUUAAAUUGUAUUAGUUGAUUGAGGAGACAAAUUACGAGAUACUAUUUCACAUAGAGAGUCCAUGAAAUGGAUCUUGUCUGAUUUCCAUGAGCAAAUACAGGGCAGAAAUAAUAAUGUGAUAUGUAAUGUUCUUGCAGGCCAGAGGGAUGCUUCCUGUAAAUAGCAUUAUUUGCAUGUAAAGAAGGGUAAGAGAUAACUUAAAGGGACACUAUUGUCUCCAGACAACUUUAGCUUAAAGGGACACUCCAGGCACCCAGACAACUUCUGCCCAUUGGAGUGGUCUGGGUGCCAACUCCCACUACUCUUAACCCUGCAAGUGUAAUUAUUGCAGUUUUUUAUAAACUGCAAUAAUUACCUUGCAGGGUUAACUCUAGUAGACAGCCACUAGAGGGCACUUCCUGUGCUAGAGCAUCGCUGGACGUCCUCACGCUGUGUGAGGACUUCCAGCGUCGCUCAUUUCCCCAUAGGAAAGCAUUGAAAUGCAUUUUCAAUGCUUUUCUAUGGGGAGGACUAAUUCGCUUUAGGUCUCCCCGGCCGGUUGGCAGGAUCAGAGGGAGGAGCGGCACGGAGAAAGAAACAGCGACGUGGGACAUCGUCGCUGUCUCAGGUAAGUUACUGAAGGGGUUUUCACCCCUUCAGCAACUGGGGAUUGGGGGGUGGGGUGGAAGGGAGAGGGGGCCUGCAGUGCCUUUAAUGAAGCAGUUUGGGUGUACAGAUCAUGCACCUGCAGUCGCACUGCUGAAUUCUCUGCCACUUAGGAGUUAAAUCACUUUUGUUUCUGUUCAUGUAGCCCUUGCCACACCUCCUUGGCUAGGAAUGACACAGUCAACAUGAAAAAAAAUUGUUUAAUUUUUAAUCAGAAGUUACCUUACUUUAGAAGUUGCUAUGUCCUGCUGUGUAAAUUUAACUUUAAUGACAUACAGAAGGCUCCAGGUAGAUCUAUCAGGCUAUUAACAGUGCAGGAAAUAAGAUAUAAGAAGAUCUAAAUCAAACAGACUGUACAGUACAAGAAGUUUCAAUAUUAGAGCUUACUUUGCAAGAAGAGUUUAGGAAGGGUGUGUAAGGUGUGGCUACAUAAACAGAAACAAUUUAUUUAACUCCUAAAUGAAGAGAAUUGAGUUGCAAGACUGAAGGGUCAUGAUCAAUACACCAAAACUGCUUCAUUAAACUACAGUUGUUUUGGUGACCUUAAUGUCCCUUUAGCUCCAGGAAUAGAGAUAAUCAAAUAGUUUUUUUUUCCAAAAUGAGGGUAAUUUAUUACAUGACCACCAAAUGUGAUACAUUGAUCCUGUUUGGAGGAAGGCAAGUUGAAGUCAAGGUGGAGUUCUUAUGAGACAAUUUAGAGGGAACCAUAUCCCAGUUGUAAAUGGUUUUCCUGUGCAAGUUGAUAUGGGAUGGGACAUACAGCAAAAAAUCUACUUUGAGUCCCUUUUCUUUUUUCUUUAGGUACCAUGAAUCAACAGAUUUUCUUCACUUUCUUCGAUAUGAUCUUGCAUAUGUCCAAUACGUUAAAAUACUGUCUUCUAGCCCUAGCAAUAGCUUUGUUCCUGAUUGCACUUUUGAUUUUAGCCUGGAAGCUGCAUCAGUAUUAUUCUUACAAAACAUCUAUUACCACAAAAGGUAAGUCACUUGAUAUUGUCAAAAAUGUACUCACUGGUCCUUUUACAUGAAUUGAGCAUUUUUUUAUCUUUUACAAAAAGGAUCAAUGUUUUUGAUCAAGCUAUAACGAAUAAUAAAAUCCUUAUUAGACAUUGAGCACAGUUACAGACAGAUAGAUAGAUAGAUAGAUAGAUAGAUAGAUAGAUAGAUCUGUAUUAUGUUGUCCAAUGAGCUUGGGGAUUCCCUGGCCCACUUUAUAUUUAUUAGAAUACUGUUGGUUGUAAGGAAGCAGGAGCACGGUGGUUGUCUUGUGUUCAGGCACCGAGACAGGGUGUACAAAAAGGAAGGGAAAGGGAUGAUAUUAAAUUAGGAACCCUACUCUAGAGAAAGACACAAUUUUUAUAGAUGAAAAGCCACAGCAUUGUACAAUUCAUCUAUGCCAAAUAUUUUGUGGAACUCUCCUAUUUUAUUGCAAAGGGCACCAAUCAAGCAUUCCUUCUUGAGUUGGAUGUUUAAUUUUUUUAAUUCCCACUUUGUUCUAAAUGAGCAGGGUAGUUAACUAUUCGGAAGGCACACUUUAGUGAAUAACCAUCUAGAUUCUUUACUAGCUAAUAAAUAUUCACAUGAAUUCACAUGAGGAUUUAAUAUUUUGGAUCAAUUUAGCUAAAUGUUUAAAAUAGGUGAACUGGAAUUUAUUUCACGAUUCAACUAUCAUAGACUGUCCCAUGAUGUUAACCCUCUAUAAUUUUGGACAGGUUAAAUACUCCUUAAAAUACCCACUAUAAUACCCUGGAUAUAUGAAGAACUUGGUCAGAAUUGAACUUGGUCAGAACUUUCCAGAAAUGUUAUUACUGCUCUUGAUAUCAGUUUUAAAGUUAUGCUUACAAAUAGUAAAAAUCUUAUUUUAUUUCAAAUAAUUAUUGAGGUCAUGGGUAGUUAAAACAGUUUAAUUUUAAAUGCCUUUAAAAUUGCUAUUUUUUAAUAUGUUCAAUUGUGUAACUUCACAGAAAAAUACUUGAAAGAGGGAUACAAUGAAACAAAAAAAAGUUCUAGUGUCUUGGUGAAAACACUUGCUCCAACUUUUAUAGAGCAAGUACGAAAAGAGCAAGAUUCGAAGGUGAGCACAAUUUUUGCCACUAUAUGGUAAUGUAAAUAGGUACUGUACAAUACGCUAUAAUAGUUUAAUAUUUUCACUUAUGUUGCUAUUCUGAACUUCUUGGAAAAUUAGUGUCAUGAAGAUCCGUAUUUAGUUUGAUAUCAAUGUUUAUAUAUAAAAGUACAAGACAUACUUGCCCCAGUCUGCAGAUGAUUGAUGGGAGUUAGCUUUCCAGACAGCAGAUGAUUGUGGUAUGCAGAAUGCAUACAGACACACUCACACUUGAUCCAUGGAAAAGCUGACCAAUGCAGACACGCUCUUCCUGGAAUUCCAUUGGCUGACAAAAUAUCUAGAGCCCAACAAGAGGUAUGGCACUAGCUGGAGGAACUGAGCCAACCCCUGUGAACAUGGUUUGACAGACCUGAGUGCAUUAUUAUAUUUUCUACCCAAGUCUCUAACUGAAUUGACUGCUACUUAUCCCUAUUCACAGCUGUAUUCUGAACCAUUAUAUCAAACAAGAGAUACAUUUACCAAUGUGGAAGGGCAGAUCCAGAAUACUAUCUCGGGAGGGACACUGUAAGAUUCUUUUUUUGCAGUAGAGUAAAUUGAAAACAAAAAAAUAUGCACUCAACAAUGCAUAAUACUGUAUGCUUUAUUACUGUUGACCUCUGUCAUGUAAUAUAUGUUGAAUAUUAAAUAUAUAUUAAGGGUUCCAAAGUAUUAAAGUGUGUUUGUAGAGUAUCCCUGUGUAUGUGAUUGUAGGGGUGUCAGUGUAUGUGAGUGCAGACGUGUGCAUGGCUGACAUCCUAUCGCUCCAAAAUGUUAAACCUGCAGGGCACAAUAACUUUCAGGGCGCAAUAAUCACUGCGGUUUAUUGUAGUGGUUAUGGUGAAAGGAGGAUAUGGGCCCCUUAUUUAUUUUAUUUUUUUUAUAAACUUUCCGAACUUCGUCUGCUACCUGCCAGCAGCUCUCUGACUUGCCUCCCUGCACACUCAAAUGUAUCACCUGGUGCUUCAAAUGGGUAAGCUGCCCUCACUGUGAAUGCUGUAAUGCAUCGCUCCCAAUAAUUGGAAGAGAAAAAUCAGUAUGCAGUGGGUGGGCCAUGAGCGGACAUCACCAGUAAAUCUGCCGCAUCACUAACACCAAUAAUGGAUGACCCACCCAGGAAAGGGGUACAAUGAUGAACCUGUCUGAAAAAGUUGUAAAGGCCCAACUGACAGGCUGCCUGUCUGGUCCUCCACCUUCAGAACUAUGUGUGGAGUACCGCUGAAGCACUCCUUGUAUGGUCUUAAUGCCAAAUGAACAGUGGGUGCAUAUCUAAUAAUGCGCUCACACUAUGCUGCUGUCCAGAGACUGUUUCAUGGUGUCCACCGAUGCAGUGCACCAGAGAAUUGAAAUGGGAUGGUGGGACAGAACACCAAAAUCAGGACUGUUGGAAGUGGGACUGUUGGGAGGCUAAUUAUGGCACAGUUCACAUUCUGCACUGCCAGACAAUGUUGUGUGUGGGGAGUUUUGAGGAUACUGCAGGAGGAUGCAACCAGUCAGCUGUUGGUCAGCUUGUCAACUUGGAGGGGAGCACUGCCUCCAGCAUGCCCCCUCUCUCUUCAUGCAGAGUGUUUGGGAACCCAGGCAGGAGUAUAAGCUGGCUCUUGAGAGAGAUCUCUGAUCUUCCCACUGACCAUACUGCCCCUCACAUGCCUGCCACUCUGAGGACAAUAAUGUAAAGUCUUGAGGGCCCUGAAUCCUCGUGGCCUUGUGGAAAACCCGUCCAAUUAGGUGAAGUAAAUUAUUUAGUACUAUUUAAAUGGAAGAUUCCCUGAUUGUCCAUUAAGAAUGUAGGUGUAGUGCCUGGAAAAGCAGUACAGUGUCUUGCAAAGGACAAACCAGAUUUUCUACGGAACAUGCCUCAGGGUGUUGUCUUAUUUUUAAUUAGCCAAUAAUAUGAAGAAUGUAGAAAAACAUGAUUUCAAAACAUCUAGUAAACCUCCUCCAUUGCAUUUUGUUCGAAUGUGUUCAAAAUAUAAAGCAAUGCAUUGUGCUGGAGGGAAUAGACAAAUCUUGGGUUUAAGUAUAAAUCUUUAUGAAAAAUGUGAAAAAAUAACAUAUUAAAAAGAAUGGCAGCUGUAUAAGUAUAAAAUAAACUGAACAGGGAGGACAGUGGUAAAUAAAGCAUUAUAUUAAUCCUCCACCUGCUCAAAAAAAGCAGAGACUUCACUUAAAAAAAACAUUUGGUAGUGCUAUUUAAGCCAAAUAAAGAUUUAGAAAACUGUCAGGUAAUGGUACUUAUUCUAAUUGUGAGGAGUGAAUAAUAAAAAGAUGGAUGUUUCUAAUAACCAUAUAAGGAUUGGGGUCACACAGAGCCCUCUUCUAUUACUGAAUAGUCAUUAGCCAGACACAAGUACCUCUAUCAAUUAAGCGUGCUGAAAAUGUUAACAAUGAUUUGGCUACAGGUCUAGCACAUCUUAAAUACAAGAUCAAUGUCAUCAGAACUGACUUUCAUUAUGUGGAGAUAAUAAAUAUAUUACCUCUGUGUCACCUCCUUGCUCAGUCUAGUUUGCACUUCCCCUAAUUCCAAGGGAGAGGUAUGUACCCUCCCAACAUCCAACAAUGUGGUUCCUAAUUCUAUCCCUUUUAUGACCUAUUAUACCUUCAUAUUAGUUCCACUCAUUAUCUAUACAAUUAAUUUUGUCCUUAGAAAUGCUGCCUUCCUUUACACCUGCUACUUUCAAAUACUAUAGUAUGGAUAUAGGUACUAUAUUUUUAUAUAUAGGGGGAUUUAUACAGAACAGUUGUGCACAUUUAAAAAUGAAGGGGUUAAUGACGUGUGUGUGUGUGUGUGUGUGUGUGUGUGUGUGUAUAUAUAUAUAUAUGUAUGUAUAUAUAUAUAUAUAUGUGUGUGUGUAUGUAGACCAUCUAGACUAUUUUUUUUUAAUAUUUGUAGUUUAUUACAUUUUUUUCAAAAAAUCAGAGAUACUGAAAGCAAAACAAGGAGGUGUACAGGGGGUAAAAGCAUAUGAUGAGAUCAGGGCUGCCCCCGAGUCUGCCCAUGGGGCCCAUUCUGAGUCUGCCCACAAGGAUGCCCUGUCUGUGUGGUGUGUAAAAUGGAUACAGAGUGCACAUUUGUAUAAUGGAUGUAGUUUUGUGUGUUUUAGAUAAAGUGUGUGUUUGUGUAGUGAAUGCAGAGGUUGUUUGUGUUGUAGUUUUAUUUUGUGUAUGGUGAAUGCAGUGUGUUUGUGUUGUGGUUUUAGUGUGUGUAUGGUGAAUGUAGUGUGUUUGUGUUGUGGUUUUAGUGUGUGUAUGGUGAAUGCAGUGUGUUUGUGUUGUGGUCUUAGUGUGUGUAUGGUGAAUGCAGUUUGUGUGUUGUAGUUUUAGUGUGUGUGUGUAUAGUGUAUGCAGUGUGUGUUUGUGUUGUAGUUUUAGUACAAAUAUGGUAAAUGCAAUGUGUGUUGUGGUUUCAGUGUGUAUAUGGUGAAUGCAGUGUGUGUUGUAGUUUUAGUGUGUGUAUGCUGAAUGCAGUGUGUAUGUUGUAGUUUUAGUGUGUGUAUAGUGUAUGCAGUGUGUGUUUGUGUUGUGGUUUUAGUGUGUGUAUGGUGAACGCAGUGUGUUUGUGUUGUGGUUUUAGUGUGUAUAUGGUGAAUGCAGUGUGUUUGUGUUGUGGUUUUAGUAUGUAUGGUGAAUGCAGUGUGUGUUGUAGUUUUAGUGUGUGUAUAGUGUAUGCAGUGUGUGUUUGUGCUGUGGUUUUAGUGUGUAAAUGUGUAAAAUAGGGCUGCAUGGGGGGGGAGAGAUUGCAUCCCUGGUGGUCUGGUGGAGGGAACCAGCCGCUGCACAACGUAGACGGGGGCCAGCCAGCACCAUCUUAACUCUCUAGCAGCUCCUGUGCCUGUAACUCUCGCGAGCUGUGCCUGUGUGCCGCGCAGAACGUUGCCAUGGUAACUCGUGACAACGCUCUGCUGGCUGCGGAGCUCAUGAGAGUUACAGGCACAGGAGCUGCUGGAGAGUUAAAAUGGUGCUGGCUGGCCCCCGUCUACGUUGUGCAGCGGCUGGUUCCCUCCACCAGACCACAAGGGAUGCAAUCUCUCCCCCCCAUGCAGCCCUAUUUUACACAUUUACACACUAAAACCACAGCACAAACACACACUGCAUACACUAUACACACACUAAAACUACAACACACACUGCAUUCACCAUACAUACUAAAACCACAACACAAACACACUGCAUUCACCAUAUACACACUAAAACCACAACAUAAACACACUGCGUUCACCAUACACACACUAAAACCACAACACAAACACACACUGCAUACACUAUACACACACUAAAACUACAACAUACACACUGCAUUCCGCAUACUGGCUGACCCCCGUCUACAUUGUACAGGUAGCCCGAGGUGAACAUAUAGAUAUCGAUAAUGAACAGUUGUCAUGCCCUGAUGGCGGCCCUGGAUGAGAUCAAUCCAUGACUUUUAGGUAGUAUUGACAACAAUACAACAAUAUAUUCAGUCAGUAAUCAACAAGUAUACAUUCGACGUACUGAGAGAACCUCGUUGUUCUGAAGCCUUUGUGGAGACCGAGGUGAUAGAAUCUACUUGGUUGAAUUCUUUGUUGGUUAAUGUGGAUCAAUAAUCCUUAAUUGUUGACUCCUAUGACUGUUUGUUUCUGUUGUGGUUGGUGUCACGAAUGCACCCUACUUUAAGAAUGUGACAUAAUUGUGGUGGUGACAGGGUUAAAGUUCACUAUUUGUCUGCACUAGACCGGAAAUAAUCCAAAAUCCCCCUUAACCACCCACACUUAAACAGAAUAAUAUAACUAUUACUAUUUUAACGCUGCCACCACCAAGACAAUUUAUAAAUGGAGUGCCUUGGUCCCCCAGGUACAUCAAUAAUAAAAACCCACCAAAUAUUACUUAGCACAAUAUCUAUGUAAUUGCAAAACACUAAUUAGUCUCUUCAUGCAGAACUUAAUAAAUGAAUGUUUAUUGUGAACAAAAAAUAGUCAGAGUGCAUCCAAAAAUAUAUGAUAAACAAAUUAUUUACACCAACAACAGAUAAAACCAAAAAGGCUAAAAUAACAGAAGUCCUAAUUAUUCACUUGGAUUUUCAAAGUAAAACUUCUGCACAGGGGGUCUCUGGCAAGGAAGGAUGAUGGUGACUCACUCAAAAUUAGAUCAAGUAAGUACACCCACACCCCUCCAUAUCAUUGGAUAUAUACCCUGUGGAUUAUCAAGUCUUGCCCAGGGUUGGAGUUAAGGCAUACCUAUAGAAAUAAUAAGUGACCACCUCCUUUGUCCCAGACCAACAUCAAUCCAAAUGGAAACAUUUGGUUCUAUCGUCUCUUAUGUAUCUGCCAAAGAAAUCAUAAUUGCAUCUGUGAAUUUGUUAUUAUUUUCCUAUUCCAUAGACACGUUGCACGCCCCACCCGCAUUUCAAUAGAAUGGACAUCACAAUUCCUGUCGCACUGUUUAAGUUGUGCAACUCAUGUUUAGGUUUAAUUAAAAGAUUGGGCUUGUCUCAUUCCAAAUAUAAUACAAAUGAGACUUAUUUAUUAGGUAAGUAUUAAUGUUACUCUUGGAGAUGAUACUGGAACACAAGGAUCUUAAUGAAACUAAUACCAUUACCAUAUCAAAGGAUUAAACUAUCAAUUGAGAGUUUCAGGCCAUAUGGUCAAAGUCAGUUAGUUUACAUUGAAACUAGACAAACAGGUGGCUCAAGUGUAAAAAGUCUCACCUUGCAGGGUCUUUGAUAGAUCAAAAGGACAAUCCUUUUCACACCUUGCAGAAGCCCCUUUGAUCAAUGGAGCAAUUUCUCUCUGCCAUUUGUCCUAUACCCAGGGGUCAAAUUAUUCAUGCACUACACAAGUUAUAUUAAAUAGCAAUAUUCCGUAGUGUAAUAAUAAAUUCUGCACCCUUGCCGUGACAGUUGGAAAUGCAGUAGAUUGGAUCACUAGAUUGUCAUAGGUGGGGGAGGAGACUCGGGGGUGGGAGGGGAGAGAGAGAGACACAGAUUUAUAGUCAUGGUCUUUAAGACUUUUUAGUUUUAUUUUGUUGUAUGAGGUGGAAGCUGUAUACAAUUUAGCCAUGUGACAGGCAGUAGGCAUGCCACAUUAGAUGUGUCUGGUUUCGUAUUGUGGCGGUAUACCCUCUUGAGGGUGGGUUACUACCGCCUGUGGUCACCCCUUCCUUGUUGUGCCCAGCCCUAGAGUGAUUAUAGCUGCUAGCCAGUGAUUAUAGUCGCUUGCAGAAGGGCAAUUGUUGCAUCACUUAAACACUAGUCGAGACCUAGUAAAGGGUGAAGAAGAACUGUUUAUUGCAAGCAAGAUACACAGUAUUUAUGCACCCCUAACAGGGGGUCUCCAAUUAUAGCAAUACAAAACAUAGACUUGCCCUGGCGUCGCUGAAUCUGGGAUAUAAUGGUAUCUCCCAGACACAGGAAGCAAAACACACAGGCACUCCAAAAUUACACACCAUACAGUAAGGCACCCCCACAUGCAAUACAUCCCCAAAUAGCUCCUGGUCCUAGCUAUGAUCCUUGCAAAUUGGGGAGUUAUCGGGUGUACAGAGCCCGAGAAAUCGUCGUACAAAGUCUGGGCUUGAGGCUCUGUACAUAUCCAAACAUAGCUCCACAGAAUCACUUGGUUUUGGCUGGUGAUUCAAAUUUCCUGUAUAAACAACGUGGCGGCCAAUCAGGAAAAAGGGUGCAAACCAAUUUGCACCAAUUGGUGCUCAGGGAUGGGGGGUGUUUCACCAGCCAAUCGGUAGAAAUGGUGUGAAACCAGUUUGAAUGGUAGCCCUUCUCAUAUUGACUGGCAUGGACUUCCAGGCGGUGUUAGAUUCCUUGGGGCUCGGGUCUCUCUCCGGUAGAUAUCUCCACAUGGGUAGUACCGAAGAGAGCGCUCUUGUGCGGUUAGCUUGUCACACGUAUAUUAGCCUAUUCUGCCCAUUGGAUGUGGCUAUUGGAAUCAUGUUAGGUCGGGCUGACUAAAAGUAUAAUCACCAAAUUCAUAACGGUGGUGGGGUCAACUUGGGAUUAGUGAUGACUUCUUGGCAUUAAUAUUCUGAUGUCAAGGUUAUGCGUGUGUGGUCAUCUCAAAUUGCUGACAUAGGGGAGUACCCUGUGACAGCCUCCCCUGAGACAACACUAGCUGCUGCUCUAUGACUGUGGGUAAAAUUUAUUUUCAAUAUAUACUGGCAUAUCCGAGAUGUUGUGUCGCCUGCUAUAUGGGACGUGAGUGCACAAACAUUCUAUCUUCCUACAAACCGGGGGGAACACCACAAUGUCACCCCUUGAUCCAAUAGGUUUCCAAUUUAAUGCUAGAAGAUUUAUGGUUGCUAGUAUAAUUAGAAUUGCGAUUUCUUUUUUUUUUGGACUCUGUGCACCAUAUGGCUGGAAACAAUAGUAAUAAGCCUAUGGAGGAUGUAAGUGGAAGGUCAGUUAUUUGUAGAGCAUUGUUUGUACAAUUAUCCACAGGGGAUGUAUGUCUCCACCCUUGUCUGUCGCCCUUUUGUGAACCCCUAUUGGUCAUUAUGGAUUAUUCAGGUCAAUAUUUUAGCUAGGCUAUAGGCUAUAAGUUUAGCGUAUAAUUUGGUGUCACAAUUUAAUAAGGAAAUCGGUCUGAAGUUGGGGCAGUGAUUUAGAGGUUUACCUGGUUUAGGUAGAGUGGAGAUGUGUUCCUGCAGCAUUUUAUCAGGCAUGUUACCGUGGUAGUAACAUUUAAUGAAUAGGUCUGUCAAGUGGGGUGUGAGAACAUCCUUGAACAUUUGGUAGUACAGGUUCAUGAACCCAUCUGGGCCAGGUGAUUUGUGUUUUGGCAAUUGCUGGAUAGUCUGUGCUAUUUCAGGGAGUGUAAACGGUUGGGAUAGGGAUUCUGUUUCUUCGGUCAUUAAAGGACCACUAUAGGCACCCAGACCACUUCAGCUUAAUGAAGUGGUCUGGGUGCCAGGUCCAGCUAGGUUUAACCCUUUUUGCAGUAAACAUAGCAGUUUCAGUGAAACUGCUAUGUUUACCUAUGGGUUAAUCCAGCCUCUAGUGGCUGUCUCAUUGAUUUUCACAGUGAGAAGACGCCAGCGUCCCUCAGGGCACUAUAGUGCCAGGAAAACUAGUAUGUUUUCCUGGCUCUAUAGUGGUCCUUUAAGUUUGGUAGAUUUCUUUCGUCCAGAAAUGAGUUCAUUUCAUUUUGGGUAGGCAUGUGUGUGUCUCUGUUUUUGCUAAGAUUAUAUAACUCCCAAUAGUAAUUUGCAAAUCCAUUCACAAUAUCUUAAGGGUUCUAUAUUUUGUGAUUAUUUUUGGAGUGUAGAAAGGCUAUUUUUGAUCAAGAGGUUCAGACUUGAAGUUGUGAGGCUAGAAUCUUACCAGCCCUGAGUUUGACUUUAGUCAGGAAAUAUGUAGUUUAGGCUAGUUCCAUGUCUCUCAGGCAAGUUUGAGUGCUUUAGUUCAGUGAGUCGAGUAAUUAGUUCAGUGUAUUCUUUCAUGCGCUGUUUUUUAUUAUAGCUAGAAUGUUGGAUGAACAGGCCCCUAAUGACUGGCUUGUGAGCUUGCCAUAAUGUUUCUGUCUAUGUCUCCUGUCUUAUUGAGGGUGAAGUAUGUAUCAAUUUCUGGCUUCAUUUCUGUUACUAAAGUGUGGCCAUAGAGAAGUGAGUCAUUAAGGCUCCACGUGCCUCUCCCUGUAUUCUGGUACUGUUCUGUCAGUGUGAGCGUGAUGGGUGCAUGGUCGGACCACGAGAAUAGACCUAUGUGGAUUGAGCACAUUUUUGUUGCUUGUGUGGUAGGAACAAUGAAACGGUCUAUCCUGGAAUAAGUAUUAUGGACCAAGGAGUGAUUAGUGUAGUCAUUUUCAGAAGGUGCAUAAUUCUCCAAAUGUAUAAGUAUCUGUGUUGGAGAAGUAUGCCUUGUAGGACCUUGGUAGACUAUAGUCUCUUUGUUGUUGUGGUUUGUUUAGCUGUGGAUGAAGACAUUGUGUCUAGAUCUAUGUCUAAAAGAAAAUUGAAGAUUAUAUUAGCUUUAGUGUACUAUGACAGGAGGCGAAUAUUUGCAUAUCUUUCUUUACUAAAAACUCCAGCAGCAUAGAAACAUAACAACCAAUCAGAGAAAAGUUAUGAUGCCCAUAAAAGGCCCUGUCUAUGACAUCACUUCCUCUUUCUUUGAAAGGAAACAACAAAAUCAACUACAAACUUAAACAUAAUAAACGUCAACAGUUCAAUAACAUCAUGAAUAUCCAACUUCAGACAUUCUGUGCUGUAGAGGUAUAGAAGGUGGAUCUUCAUUCACACUGCAAGAAAAAGAGAAAGGUGAAAGGUCUCUGGUGUGAUAAUUUGUCCGCAUGCAACUCACUGUAAGAGUCUGACAUAACCAAGGAUGUUGAGAAAUUACUGUAUUGUAUAUAUUAAUUCUAUACUUAUGUAUUUAAUAAAUCUAUAUAUCUACAACAUAGUCCAAGAUACAUGACCAAUUCUUUAUCCUAUACAACCUAUUCAAUAUACACGUCUAAGUCUUAAACAUACAAACCAGAUGUAGUUCAUGUCUUCCUGAACAUUAGAGGCGUAUUCUGGUCACUCGAAUAAGAUCUAGGGGGAUCCUAUAGGGUGGGAAAUAUUCGCCUCCUGUCAUUACUAAAAUUAAGGUUAUUAGUACACUAAAGCUAAUAUAAUCUUCAAUUUUACCACAUGACAGGAGGCUUCAUAUUUGCAUUUUUAAAGCUUCGAAUUGAUUAAUGUGAAGGAAGCGUGAGCUGUUUGUCUAAAGUAAAACGCUCUGAAUGUACUCUCUCGCGUCCAAUACGAGCAGCGCAUAAUGUCGGCUAGGGAGGCGCCGGCCAAUAGUGCUUGUGAGGCCGCCGCCCCUCUGACCGAGUGUGCUCCGAAGCAAGGAUCAACGCCCGCUAGCGAGAGUAGCCAGCGGAUCCAUCUAGCCGGUGUUGUCGUGGACACCGGUCCGUGAGGUCUUACGUAAGAAAUCAGUAGUUGGCCCGUCGAAUAAGAUCGAAGGGGGUUAGUGAUUUCAGUAUAGCUCAUUAAUGUUCUGACCAUGCAUAGUUUGGGGUCUGACCCAAAGUAUGGGUAUGACACUGAAGCUGAAUCUGACUUCGUUCGUCUCAAUAUGGAAAAGGUAACUCCUUCCGGUCUGAGAGAGAAACCAUCCACAUUGAACGCUCUAAUAUCUGCCACCCGUCGAAACGAGACAAGGCAUAACAAGAGGGCCAGUUUGGCUGAAAGUUGUUUCAGUGACAGGUAGGGGGUUGUCCGGCCAUUCCCUAAGGAAUUCCAGUACCACGUCCACCUGCCAGAGUUGUGAAUACUUGGGUGCUGGGGGUCUCGUUAAUUUGGCACCCCGAAGUAGUCAACAAACCAGUGGGUCUUGACCUACUGGUCUGCCUUGUAUCGGGACGUGUGCUGCCGAUAUGGCGGAUCUGAUCACAUUGAGGGAUCUAUAUGAUGUUCCCAACGAGAACAGAUGUGAUAGAUAGUUAAGGAUGAGUGGGACAGGGGCAGUAACGUGAUCGAAAUCCCUUUCAACACACCAAUCACUCCAGGCCGACCAGGCGGAAAUGUAGCAUUUCCUGGUGCCGGGAGCCCAAGAGUCCCAUAGGAGGUCUUUAGAUGAUUGCGAUAGGCCGUGGACUGACCAGGAACCCCUGAAAUCAUCCAGGCCACUAGCUCCAGCUGACCUUCUAGGACGAGGGUGUGUGCUUCCCCUCGAGGUCCCGUCAGGAGUAGCUGGAAGGUAGGAAGCAGAAGGGGGUUUUCGUGAGACAUCUCCAGGAGAUCUGGGAACCAUGGUUGGCUCUGCCAGAGGGGUGUUAUGAGCAGGAGCGAUACCUUGUGGGUACAUGUGUAUCAAAGUACCCGUGGAAUCAUGGAGAACGGUGGGAAAGCGUAUGCCCCUUAAGUGGGCCAGUUCUGUAGAAGUGCGUCACCUGCUUCACCUUUCGGAUCCGGAAGCCAACUGUAAUUCCUCAGAAGUUGAUGGUUGGUCCUGGAGGCGAAUAGAUCUAUUGUCAAUGGGUCUUUCCACCAUCGCAAUUCUUGGAAUAUCUCUGUGUUGAGUUUACAAUCGCUGUUGUCUCGCCAGUGGCGUGAGAACCAGUCCGCCGUCAGGUUGGAGAUUCCCGGUAGAUAUUCCGCCUGUAGCGUGAUGUUCCGUGUUAGGCAGAAUUUGUAAAUGUCUUUCGUGGCUUCUGUCAGGGCUUGAGACUUGGCUCCGCCUAGGCGGUUGAUGUACUGCACUGCCGACACGUUGUCCAUGCGGAGCAGGAUGCAGCAGUUUGACUUGUCCUUGGCCAGAUGGCAAAGGACCCCGCGAUCAGUUCCAGGCAGUUGAUGUGUAGGUUGGUCUCCUCCCCCUGCCUUGGACCUCCUGUGGAGGCGUUUGUACAGUGGGCGCCCCAUCCCCACAGGCUGGCGUCUGACUCCACAAUGAAGUCUGGAGAAGAGCCAAAAAUUGCCUUGCCAUUCCAGGCUUGAAUGUGUAGUAACCACCAUCGAAGUUCCGUUCUCACUUCCGUCGACAGAGGGAUCCAGUGGUCGUACGAGUGUCCAGUGUGUAGAUAUUCCGCCUUCAGUCGUUGCAUGGCCCUGUAGUGUAACGGGCCUGGGAAUAUCGCUUGUAUGGAAGAGGAGAGGAGUCCCACAAUCUGGGCUAACAUCCUGAGCGGUAUGGUAUCCAUCUUCAGCACCCAUCUGAUUUCUUUCCGUAUCGAGGCUAUCUUCGCCAGGGGUAGUCGUAGCACGCAGUCCUUCGAGUCGAUGUCGAAGCCGAGAAAUAGGACCGACUGGGAGGGAGAGAGAGAUGAUUUUUGUCUGUUCACCAUGAAACCCAAAGAUUCCAGCAAGUGAACGACAAAUUUCGUCUGCAAUCGCAGCCUGGUAGCGGAUUCGCAAAAGAUUAGCAAAUCGUCCAGGUAUACGAAACAUUGUAUGCCUAAGGUUCGGAUGUGAGCCAUCACUGGUCUCAGCAGCUUCGUAUAGCACCACGGAGCCGAACUGAGGCUGAAUGGCAGGUAUGUGAACUGGCAUAUUUGUCCUCUCCAUCGGAAGCUCAAUUGUACGUCCACUGGUACUGACAAGUACGCGUCUUUGAGGUCCAGAUGCGUAAACCAGUCGUUCUUGAUGAGAAGGUAUUGCAGGAGAUGGAUCCCUUCCAUCUUGAAGUGUCUGUAUAUUACGUAUGAAUUAAAUUGUCGGAGAUUGAUAACUGGCCUGUAGUUGCCUGUAUUCUUCUUGACCAGGAAGAUGCUGCUUAAGAAUCCUCCCCCUUCUGGUGUGUACUGUACUGCGCCUUUUAUGAAGAGUGUGUGGAUUUUGCUUUUGGUCCGAUUUCCUUAGCACCUAGGUCCAGGAGUUUACUAUCUAUGCGGAUCAACGCCGACUUGCGUCUUUCGGUGCAUAAUGCGGAGUUGACGUUGCCCAGAAGGCAUACUGCUCGUUGGGCCCAUUCACGUAUGAUGUUCGGGUCGAGUAGGGAGCCCUGGCUGAGUGCUAAAUCCGCAAAAUAGAGUAUCUUAGCGAUGGGGCCAAGUAAAUCCAGCACUUUGUCCUGUGCUGCCUUCAUGCCUUUUUCUACGCCCUUUCGAGGGUCUCGUCCUGAGCGUGACAUGAAGACCACUACUGUGUUGUCAAAUUCGGGCGUGAGGGCCACUUUAUCGGGAAUUAGUGGUCUGGGGCAUUCGGCCCUGAGGCAUGCCCGCACCUCUUUUUCUAGAGGCUUGCGCAGCCAGUAGUGUAUGAAACGUGUCAGGUGGUCUGGUAGGGUAUAUUCGGGGGACCAUGGAUGCCGGAUGGUACGUGGAUCGAAGAGCAUGCACGAAAUGAAAACUUUCGAAACCAUGGUUAUUGGAGAAAUAAACAAAGUUAAAGAAUUAAAUACAUUUCAACUCAACAUGUCCUUACAAGAGAAAAAUGUACUAAAAAAGAUGCAAAAAAAAUGAAAAUCUGAUUAUAAAACCGGCUGACAAAGGGAGAGGAGUAGUGGUCUUCUCAAAAAUCAAAUAUACACAAGAAUCUGAAAGAAUACUCUCAGACAGUAGCACUUUUCAAAAGUUAAGCUCCAAUCCCACAAACAGAGUUAAAGAACAAUUUGAGAAAUACAUACAAAAGGGCUGGAUAAGGGAAUACUAACAGAGAAGGAAGGAAGAUACUGGUCUAUUACACAUUCAAGAUCCCAAUGUUUUAUUAUCUUCCCAAAGUACACAAAAAUGCGUUAAUCCACCAGGUGGACCAAUUAUAUCAGGGAUCGAUUCUAUUUCCUCCAGAGUCUCCAAAUAUACUGACACUCUAUUACAACCUAUAGUACUGAGAAAUCCGGCCCAUCUCAAAGACCCUAUACAUAUAUUACAAAUCCUGGAGACGACUCAAUGGGAAGAGAAUAACCAUUUAGUCACCAGUGAUGUUACAUCUUUGUAUAGUAUUAUCCCACAUGAAGUUGGCCUCACAGCUGUGAAACAUUUUCUAAUUAAAACAAAUUUUAACAGAUGGAUUUUAAAUUAGAAAGCAUCCACCUCAUUUUAACCAAUCAUUUUUUUUUGGCUUCAGGAUGCUUUUUACCUCCAGAUCCAUGGUACAACGAUGGGCACCAAAUUCGCAUUGAGUUAUGCCAACUUGUUUAUGGCAUAUUGGGAAGAAAAUUUCAUAUUUUCUGAACAACCCUGGGUGUUGAAUUUGGUGUCCUAUCGCCAUUACAUAUUUUUGAUUUGGAACGGCUCUAAUUACCUUUUGGAUAUGCUCUUGUCUUUUUUAAACGAUAACAAAUGGGGUAUUAUCCUUACUAAAACACAUAGCCAAACAGACAUUAUUUUUUUAGAUCUUCAUAUUUUUAUACAAGAUGAACAUAUAAAAAACAGAAUUUUUUUUAAACCAGUGGAUGCCAACGGACAUAUUGAAAAGACUAGUUGUCAUCACAAACCUGGCUCAAUAAUGCACCCAAAGGCCAAUUUUUAAGAAUAAGAUAUAAUUGUUCGAAUAAACAAGAUUACAUAAGUCAAGCAAAGAAAAUAAAAGACCAAUUUCAGGGAAAAGGUUAUGAAGAAACCAAAUUAACAGCAGCAAUGGAAGAUGUGAGAAACAUCCCAAGAGAACAACUAUAGGACUACAAACAAAGAAAUAAUAGGAGAAUGAAUACAAAUGAGGCAUCUUUUAUAUGCACUUUCAAUGGUAAUAAUAAUAAUAAAGCAAACAGGGCUAUUCAAAAAAUAGCAUAUUUUACAAGGAGAUCCAGUUCUUAAAUAUAUUUUACCUAAACAACCAAAAAAUAUUAUAGACUAACUGCUAACCUCAAGAGAGGUUUAGUCCAUAAUGGUGAUGGCCCACAAAUAUGUUUUCCAUCUAUUGUAUGUAUUUUUGAAUAAUAAGAGAUUAUGUGCAGGCCAGUCACUUGUGCGUAGGUAGAGGGUAAAUGUGUAUGGGCAUAAACUUUCACCACUGAUAAACCACCCAACCACUUAUUUCCAAAAAUAAACAACCACAGGCUUGUUUUUGGAGUAAAUAGGCCACAGUUUUAUUAAACUAUACAUAUAUAAAUCUUUAAACUUCAACUUUAUAACAUAAAACAGUCUAUUUACAUAACUUACUUAGUAAAUAAAUAUCCAUCACUGAGUACCACCUUACCAACCAAAACACAUAACUUAGGGCAGCUGCCCUCCCCCCUCAUUCCAACCAGCACAAGGCCUUUUCUUGGGCCUUCCAUGCUCAUAAUGCUAACCACUAGCCGAUUAUUGGCUCAGUGGGCACGUCUAUUAUCCAUAACUGUACCUGAGGUUAGGGGAGGGACAGCCUACCCAUCCACUUUCCACAGACUGCUAGUCCAACCCAUGGUUGACAAGGGCCAUAUACCACCACAUGACCCGCUGGUUUACCCCCUAAAUCAGUGGGGCCACCCCUACAACAAAGCCAUAGCCUCCUCCAAUUCAUCCUGCAAGGCUAAAUUAAAAAUCCAUUCCUACCUCCAUAAGGUGGACCCUAUUUCACCUAAAGUAUAACGCUGUGUUCUGCUCAAAGAUGCAGUGACGCACUGUGACCCCCCCCCCAUUCCUUUCACAAACUUAGAAAUCCACCUAUUCAGUUUGAUCCUGCUCUGUUCAAGAGCCCUGGGGGUCCCUUGCCAAAUCAAAUAAAUAUUUUCCUACCUCCUAUCUCCUCUAAAGUAUAACGCUGUGUUCUCCUCAAAGAUACGGUGACUCACUAAGAGCCCCCCCAUUCCUUUCACAAACUUAGAAAUCUGCCUAUUCAGUUUGAUCCUUCUCUGUUCAAGAGCCCUGGGGUCCCUUGCCCCUCUCCAACAGUUCCAGGAUAACAUCUCAAACCACACAAUACAUGCCCUCAGCCAAAUCCUUUUAGAUAAUUUCCCCCAGAUCCCACACCGGAAUAGUGCCAAGAUCGUUUUCCCACAAAAGGAUCAAUAUUACAUCAGGAAUGCCGAGUAGGUGAGCCAACCGGACCAUUUCAGGGAACAGGUGCUCCCACCGCAUCCCCCAGGAACGAACAAACAAACCUCUGCCAGCGCUGGCGAGAGACCCAGUUGUAGUCCCCUAGGACAAAUUUUAGCUUGCUGUUAAGCCCAGUAAAUGUAGGAAUAGCAAAUGAUCCAUACUUGCCUUCCGGCACCUAUUGUCAGGGUCCCGCGGGCGGCUGCGAGGGGAGGUUGCAGUCCGCUCGCGGCACUCACCCUCCAGCCGUCCGCGGUCCCCCUUCAGCCGUGUGCUCGGCGGACGGCACCCCCUCUCCCACGGGUGCCGUCCGCCUCUUCCUCUGUGUCUCCCAGCGGCAGCAUGCAUGACGCUGCACGCUGGGAGACCGCCCACUUUAACCAACGCCGGGGUCAGUCACCUGACCCGGCGUUAAAGACACAGUGUCUCAAUCACAGUGGGAGGUUUAGAUAUCUCCCACGUGUGAUUGUUAAUUCUGAUUGGAAAUUAUCCAAUCAGAAUUAACCUUUGGAUUUAUAUACUUACCUUUCCUGUUCCUCUUCGCCCUGUUGUGGUCUUUGCUUGUUAGUAUUGAUUCCCGCAAGUGCCCAUUCAAGAAAGUCUGUCUUGGACUUGCGCAGCAAAAAAUGCACUGCUCCCACUUCUCUAGAAACAUCCCCAAAUAACAAUCCACUGCGGACCGUCUUGGAGGGGCUCACAAGCUUGCCCACCCGCAUGGUCACGAAAAAGGCGAAAGAGAAUGCUACCCAAAAAAGAGCCACUCCGAACGGGGAAGCACACACCUGAAGAUGGCCCUGAAACCCUCCGGUUCGUCGGCGUCAGUAAAAAGAUGGUGCUCGGCAUUGGACACCUCAGACGCCUGCCAGUAUGACGACCAUUGAAACUCUCCAAGAAGUAGGACCAGAGCGGCAGGUCCUCACGCAAGGGGCUAGUAAUCUGCACAUAAUAAUGAGGGUGCUCCACCCCAGCAGUCACCGCUGCCAAGCGACGAGUAAACACACUUCCCACAUAACUACAAAAUAAAAACUAUAAAUUGACACUAUAUAUAUAUAUAUAUAUAUAUAUAUAUAUGUGUGUAUAUGUAUAUAUAUAUAUAUAUAUAUAUAUAUUAAAACAUAGUCAGCAUUAGAGCAUAUCAAUAAAGUUUAAUACGCAUAAGUUAACAUUUAUAAUAUUAAUAGGAAAUUUUAUUAACAUAGUGUAUCUAAACAUUUUUAGAGGUCCAUAAGGGCGAUGCCAGUGGACUAGAUUUUAUGGGGAUCGAAAGCAUUCAAAUUCAUUGAAGAGGAGAUAUUGAUAGCUUCCUCAGCAAAUCAGAGAUGAGGUGGAUUUUUACCACUGAUACUCUAUUACCACACGGCUUAAAUGCCGAUUUUGAAAUAAAGUCAUUUAUAUGAAAUAUUUUUUUAUCAAUUUAUGCUUUUAUUAAUUAUGCCUGAUGAUUUUUUAUAUUUUAUUUUUACACAAGUUUUAUUAAUUUAUUGAUUUUAUAAUAUCAAUUAGGAUGCUUUUGUAUUGUCUUUUUUAACCUUUAUUCAAAUGCUCGAAUGCUGACUAUGUUUUAAUACAUACAUAUAUAUAUAUAUAUAUAUAUAUAUAUAUAUAUAUAUAUUGUUUCAAUUGAUUGUUUUUAUAUUGUAGUUAUUAUGUGUCUAUAAAUUGUAGUACCAUACAUAAUGAACUCCAAAAAAAUGUUGCUGGAGUGCCUUAAAAGUAAGGAUGCUAGUUUUUAGGAUGUUAUAUUUAUAAUGGACUCCAAAAAAUUGUGCUAGUUUGCCCCAGGAGCAAGAGUUUCGAACAAGAAGUUUAUAGCUCCGAAAUCGAUAUCCGUGUAAUGAUGUCAUUGCGUAAUAACUUCAGGGCGUUGUUACGCGAAGGAAUGGAAGUGCCCAGAUGCAGCCCAAUGACGUAAGCACAACCACGGACCAAAACUACGAACGGAUGUUGAGGAAAGGCGCCAAAUCUAAAGGUUUAAUAGAGAAGAUUAUGAGGAGGAUGAUAGCAACCCACUUUAGAGAAAGGCGUUAGCUGAAAUGCGUUGAGUGGACAGUGGACUUUUAUGUUACAUGUGAGGUUGUUUUUAUCUUUAUUAUUAUCCAAUAAAUAUUUGUUUUCCUCACCUAUUUCCUGCAUCCUGGAGUAUUUAUGGUGUAAGAUCAUCUGUACGGAGAUUGGCAAAAGGAGUAUCUUGACCCACUACAACUAUCCACUGUAUCCUCUAUUUUAUGCUACUUGUCUGAGCCAGCUUCGUUAAGUGGCUCAGAACCAUGUAAGUUGGACCAGCAAAGUAUAUGUAGGUUUUAACUGCGUUAACUCUAUUACCCUAUGGUCUUUUUAUAUUUGCAUUUUUAGAUUCCACAUCCAACGAUUAUUUGUAGUAUUUAUGCGAUAUUGUGUGCUCUCACUUUUGUAUUUUUAUAAGAUUUUGAAUAUACCUGUCACAAAAUCUUUUAGGCCUUAAGAGUUGACGUCUUCUGAUAUUCCAUGGAGAUGGACAUUGUUCCUUCUGUCCCUAUCCUCGUGGUCUGCAAUUUUUACAAAUAUAGAGUUCAGUUUGGCAUCCAUUUCUCAUAUGUGGCAGCAGGGAUCAUUUCUUCUGCUUUGUUCUCCAGUUGUGCUGUGCAUUCAUCCAGGGCCUGUAUGUCUGAUCUGACAUUUUUAGCCAGGUUUUGCUUAAUUUUUGUUGUUGAUCUUUGUACAAUGGUGUUGAGCAGCUUCACAAUCCACAUUAUGCCCAAAAUUACCAAGAUCCGCUUGGAAAAUUGAUGUAUUUCUUAAACUCUCUUUGGGAGCUGAGCACUCACAUGUCCAUCUCUGUGAGUGGUCAGGCCACACCCCCCCUUUCUCCCAUCUAGCCUAGUUUUUAACUCCUUCAUCCAAGGGUACCAACAGGGGAGGCAGAAGAGCAGGAUUAACUAUUAGUUGACCCUGGGUAGCCACCAAGAGCCUAGGGUUUAGACAGGGACCCUGGAACCAUAAAUUUGCUUGGCUUUAUUCACCAUUGUGAUGUGAAGAAUGGGUAGGCUCAUUCAGUAACCUGCUGGGUAAAUAGAGCCAAGCAAAUUCAUGGUUCUAGAGCCUAAUAGUAAAUCCUGCUCUGCUAAGAAACUUCUACCUCCCCCAUACACUGUACUUUUGGUACCGUUGGAUGGAGGAGUUAAAAGCUAGGCUAAAUGGUGUAUAUGUAAUCUGCCGAGUAAAUAGAGCCAAGCAAAUUCAUGGUUCUAGGGCCCCUGUCUAAACCCUAGGCUCUUGUUGGCUACUCAAAGCCGCCUAAUAGUUAAUCCUGCUCUGCUAGGAACCUUCUGUCUCCCCCAUACACUGUACUUUUGGUACCGUUGGAUGGAGGAGUUAAAAGCUAGGCUAGAUGGUGUAUAUAUAUAUAUAUAUAUAUAUAUAUAUAAAAAUAUAUAUAUAUAUAUAUAUAUAUAUAUAUAUUAACCUUCAUCAAUAAGCUGCUAUCACAAUGAUGUUUGGAGUGUCCUUUUAAGAGGUAGUAGUUUGUGGAAAGAGAAAAUAGAGACAGUUUUGAUAGCAGAGAAAUUGGGGAAUAUAAUUUCUCAAUUUCAAGUAAUUUCUGUAAAAGCUAUGGAAUUAUAAUUAGAGUUAGAAUUGUGAAAAGGCUCACAAGUAAGUAAUGUUUAUGAUUAUUAAACUAAACUACAUACAACUAAUGGUGUUGAUUUAUUACAGAUUCAACUAAUGCAGAAAGAAAUGGAGAGACUUGAAGUGCAUCUUACUCCCACUACACCUAGCACAGAAGGUCCAGAUGAUGUGAUCAGUGAAUCUGAUUCUCUUCAAGGAUCCAGAGGGCAGCUACGGUUCUCAAUUUGUUAUGAUAAGAAGAAGACAACAUUAUUCAUCAGAGUUUUUGAAGCCAUAGAGUUGCCAGAGAAUGGCAGAGAUCCAUUUGUGAAGAUUAAGGUGUUAUGCAAAGUAGACGAGACAAAAUCUUUAAUGCAUUCUGUUCUUUAUGAAUUGGAAACCAGGGUGGUGAAGAGAAACAGAAAUCCUGUGUUUGAAGAAGAAUUUUUUUGUUCUUUGAAGGAAUAUCAACUGUCAAAUAUAAGUGUCAAAUUUGAGGUAUGUGUUGAAUUUAUACUUAAAGUCAAUGCAUCUAUAACCAUAAUGUGUUCGAUUUUGACUUGCUUUUAUUAUGUGAAAACUCUAUGUCUGUCUGUAAACCAAAACUAGCAGCGGUUUAUUGGUGUUGUUGUAGAACCACAGCUGGGAGGAAGGGACAUAAGAUCAGCAAUCUCAGAUCUGUAACAUUUCAUUAAAUGUGAUUGUUCUUCAAAAUGUGUCCACCAGAGUAUCUAAAGUAUUUUCCUGCCCCCUCACACUGUAAAAAUUGGGGGUCUCACAUUCCACAAUCCCCAACCUUUUUUUUUGUUACGUACUGAAAUUCGUAUACAUAAAUACAGUGCCUUGCAAAAGUAUUCACCCCCUUGACUUUUUACCUAUUUUGUUACAUUACAGCCUUAAGUUCAAUGUUUUAUUAAUCUGAAUUUUAUGUGAUGGAUCAGAACACAAUAGUCUAAGUUGGUGAAGUGAAAUGAGAAAAAUAUAUGCAUAAAACUAUUUUUUAGAAAUAGAAAACAGAAAAUUGGCAUGUGCGUAUGUAUUCACCCCCUUUGUUAUGAAGCCCAUAAAAAGAUCUGGUGCAACCAAUUACCUUCAGAAGUCACAUAAUUAGUGAAAUGAUGUCCACCUGUGUGCAAUCUAGGUGUCAAAUGAUCUGUCAUUAUAUAUACACGCCUUUUUUGAAAGGCCCCAGAGGCUGCAACACCUAAGCAAGAGGCAACACUAGCCAAACAGUGCCAUGAAGACCAAGGAACUCUCCAAACAAGUAAGGGACAAUGUUGUUGAGAAGUACAAGUCAGGGUUAGAUUAUAAAAAAAUAUCCAAAUCUUUGAUCCCCAGGAGCACCAUCAAAUCUAUCAUAACCAAAUGGAAAGAACAUGGCACAACAGCAAACCUGCCAAGAGACGGGCAAGGAGGGCAUUAAUCAGAGAGGCAGCACAGAGACAUUUGUAACCCUGGAUGAGCUGCAGAGUUCCACAGCAGAGACUGGAGUAUCUGUACAUAGGAUGACAAUAAGCCAUACGCUCCAUAGAGUUGGGCUUUAUGGCAGAGUGGCCAGAAGAAAGCCAUUACUUUCAGCAAAAAACAAAAUGCCACAUUUUGAGUUUGUGAAAAGGCAUGUGGGAGACUCCCAAAAUGUAUGGAGGAAGAUGGUCUGGACUGAUGAGACUAAAAUUUAACAUCAAAGAAAACGCUAUGUCUGGCGCAAACCCAACAGAUCACAUCACCCAAAGAACACCAUCCCCCACAGUGAAACAUGGUGGUGGCAGCCAGGAUUGGGAAACUGGUCAGAGUUGAGGAAAAGAUGGAUGGUGCUAAACAGGGCCGCCAUCAGGGGGUGACAACCAUGACGGUUGUCACGGGCCCGGCGGUCCUGGGGGGCCCGGACUGCACAGGUAAUCCUCUGCAUGCCCGGGCCCCCAGCCCUUCAAUCUGCAUAUAUAUAUAGCGAGUACCGCUAUGUAUAUAUGCCUCUGCGGACCCAGGAUAUACUUACCUUCCCCUCCAGCACUCUCGCGAGCCACAGCAGUAAAGCGUUGCCGCGGGUUGUCAUGACAACGCUCCGCGGCACGCAAUGCAUGCUGGGCUCGCGUCCUGGCUGCAGGAGGGAGUCUGCUGGGCUCCUCCUUGCUGGCCCAACACGCAGAGCCACCGGACCACCAGGGAAUCCAUUGUCCCCCCUCCCUGACUACAGGUAAGAGGCAGGGAGGGGGGAAUACAUCUUUUUUUUUUUUUAAAUUACAAACAAUUCUACAUAAAAAAAAAACCAAAAUGCCUCCCAGCAGCAUUUGUCACACAUCCACCACACACAUACAUCAAACAGACAAACUGCAUCCACUACACAACCAUACACAUCAUCCACUACACAAUCAUACACAUCAUCCACUACACAACCACACACAUUAUCCACUACACAACCAUACACAUCAUCCACUACACAACCAUACACAUCAUCCACUACACAACCACACACAUCAUCCACUACACAACCACACACAUCAUCCACUACACAACCACACACAUCAUCCACUACACAACCACACAAAUAAUCCACUACACAACCAUACACAUCAUCCACUGCACAACCACACACAUUAUCCACUACACAACCAUACACAUCAUCCACUACACAACCACACACAUUAUCCACUACACAACCAUACACAUCAUCCACUACACAACCAUACACAUCAUCCACUACACAACCACACACAUUAUCCACUACACAACCAUACACAUCAUCCACUACACAACCAUACACAUCAUCCACUUCACAACCACACAAAUAAUCCACUACACAACCAUACACAUCACCCACUACACAACCAUACACAUCAUCCACUACACAACCAUACACAUCAUCCACUACACAACCAUACACAUCAUCCACUACACAACCAUACACAUCAUCCUCUACACAACCACACACAUCAUCCACUACACAACCACACACAUCAUCCUCUACACAACCAUACACAUCAUCCACUACACAACCACAAACAUCAUCCACUACACAACCAUACACAUCAUCCACUACACAACCACACACAUCAUCCACUACACAACCAUACACAUCAUCCUCUACAUGACCAUACACAUCAUCCACUACAUGACCAUACACAUCAUCCACUACACAACCACACACAUCAUCCACCACAUAAACACACCAUAAACCAGAUAAACACAUAAACUGCAUCCACUACACACAUCAUCCACUACACACACAGCAUCCACUACAAACACACACUCUGCAUUCACUAUACACACACUACAUACACUACACAUACACUCUGCAGUCACUAUAUACACACUACUUCCACUACACAAACACACACACUGCAUUUACUAUACACACAAACACUAUAUCCACUACACAAACACACACUCUGCAUUUACUAUACACACACACUAUAUCCACUACACAGACACACUGUAUUAACUAUACACACACUACAUCCACUACACAAACACACACUCUGCAUUAACUAUACACACACUACAUCCACUACACAAACACACACUCUGCAUUAACUAUACACACACACACUACAUCCACUACACAAAUACACAAUCUGCAUUCACUAUUCACAUACUACAUCCAGUACACAAACACACACUCUGCAUUAACUAUACACACACACACUACACCCUCUACACAAACACACACACUGCAUUCACUAUACACACUAUACAUCCACUAUACACAAAAUACAUCCACUAUACACACACACUCUGUCCACUACACAAAGUGGGGGCAUGUCAUGUGGGCAAGCUUGGGGCAGGUCAUGUGGAUUGACUUGGGGGGUGGCCCCGGGGGGCCCAGAUGGUGGGCUGUGUCAGGGGCCCCAAAAUUUCUGGUGGCAGCCCUGGUGCUAAAUACAGGGAUAUUCUUGAUUUGAGGCUAGGACGGAGGUUCACCUUCCAGCAGGACAAUGACCCCAAACACACUGCUAAAGCAACACUUGAGUGAUUUAAUGGGAAACAUGUACAUGUGUUGGAAUGGCCCAGUCACAGCCCAAACCUCAAUCCAAUAGAAAAUCUGUGGUCAGACUUAAAUUGCUGUUGACAAGCGCAAACCAUCUAACUUGAAGGAGCUGGAGCAGUUUUGCAAUGAGGAAUGGGCAAAAAUCCCAGUGGUAAGAUGUGGCAAGCUCAUAGAGACUUAUCCAAAGCGACUUGGUGCUGUGAUUGCCACAAAAGGUGGCUCUACAGAGUAUUGACUUUAGGGAGGUGAAUAAUUAUGCACAUUGACUUUUUCUGUUAUUUUGUUCUAUUUGUUGUUUGCUUCACAAUAAUAAUAAUUAAAAAAAAAUCUUCAAAGUUGUGGGCAUGUUCUGUAAAUUAAAUUAUGCAAAUUCUCAAACAAUCCAUGUUAAUUCCAGGUUGUGAGGCAACAAAACACAAAAAAUUCCAAGGGGGUGAAUACUUUUGCAAGGCACUGUACAUACAUUCAUGUACACACAUAAAUGAGCACAUCUACACAGAAACACACAUUAAUAUACGUACACAAACAGACACAUUUACACACACAGACUCACACAUACACACACACACACACAGACAUUGAUGUACACACAUGGAAUCAUAUAUGAAGACACACACAUAAUAUAUGCACACACAGACAUAUUCAUAUACACACAUAGUCUCAUAUACACACAGACAGACUGACACAUACACACAGACAUUCAUACAGACACUUACACCCAUACACACACUAAUGUUUUUUUUUUUAAAUACAGUUUUGUUUUUGUUUUUUUAACACUGACUUCCACCUAGCCUCUCUGUUCUUACCUGGGCAGGUAGACCCUUAGUGGAACCUCACUCCUGGUGUUCAGUAUGUCGCUGCAAGGAUCUCUCUCACUAGCAGCAGUACAGGGUGCACGAAGUAGCUGAGAAAUUAGUGUAGACUUACAGUGGUUCCCAACCCAGUACUGGUACAGGAUUUAUGGAUUACUCAGUUGUGUCUAAGGUAUUUUUUAGGAAAAAAAACCACUUUAGACACAACAGGUAAUCCAUAGAUCCUGGACCGGCAGGGGGCACUUGAGCCCUGGGUUGGGAACCCCUGGCGAAGAGAGUUCCCAGCAGCUCCCUUGGCACUCGCUCUGCAGAAAACCACAGCACAGCCUCAAAGCGGGCACCCACACGAGCCAGGUGAAAUUAGGAAGGUGCUUGUUCAGUCAGGAGGGGGUAUGCUAUGCACCUCCCUGCCGCCUAUCACUCCACAUGUACUGGCCCCUACUUUAGUACUCCACUAUUGUCCACUAUACAUUAUCUUUGUAUUUUCUGUCUUCAUUUUACGUCAGAUAACAUUUUAAUGUUAGCUUAUAUUUUUGCAAUGUAUAUUUGUAAUAACGUGUAUAUAAGGUACAAUGUAAAGAAUUUUAAGCAAUCAGGCAUACAUGAAAUACAUGAAACAUGAAAGAGCUGUGACAGACAUAAAAAUUCUUGUAACAGCUAAUAAUUAAGACCUUUCUCAGCGCAGUCAACAAGUUACAUCAGUUCUAAUGUCCACGGUCCUUACUGGAACCUGUUUUUUAUAUACAGUCAUUUCAAAAUGUAAGGAUAGAUGUAUUUAUAUUAAUUUUUAUCAUAAAAAUGUUUAUGAGAUCAUAAGAGAAUUGAAGAUUAUGCUAGUGUUAGUGUACUUAUAAUCUUUAUUUAGUAAUGACAGGAGACGAGUAUUUUGCAUUAAAUUUUCUUUACUAACUCCACAUAGCAGUAAAGAAAAGUGAAAACAAUAACCAAUCAAAAUGCAAUAGGAAGUAAGGUAUUCACAGUAAUGAGGCUCCUCCCCCUCUUUCGGAAGCAACAUCAUAAAUGGAUAAAAGUUCUAAAUUCAAACGUCCUGUAACACGCACCAACGGGUGACUCUCCAAUUAACGAAACCUCAUGGAAUGAAGGCUGAUCCAGAAGUGUCCAUCCUGAGAACGAACUGUAACAUCACGAAUUUACACUGAAAAGAGAACGUGAAAUAGGUUAGGCACCGGUCUUUAAACUGGUUGAAGUAAUGGUAAUAACCCAACACUAAAUUGCAGUAGAUGUCUCUCUAUAGACUAACAAUGGCUGACUACGAGCAACAAGUAAAAUGUAUAAGCGAACAUAAUCAGAACAUAUCUUUAAACCUAGGAGAAGCAAGUGAUCUAGAUAUAAAGAUGAACCAAACUGAAAGGUAAAUAUACUUAUGUGAAUCCUCUCUACCCUAGGGUGGUAAAAAAGGGUGGGAAAAUACUCGACUCCUGUCAUUACCAAAAUUAAGAUUAUAAAUACACUAACGCUAGCAUAAUCUUAAAUUUUACCACAUGACAGGAGGCUUCCUAUUUUGCAUUUUUAACGCUGAUGCAGAAGAGACAUGGCCACACCCGAACUCGGACUGAAGUAGAAUGUUCGAAAGGUAGAUUCUCGUGACCAGUCUGCGGAACGGAGGAUAUCCGAGAGUGAAGCACCCACCGAGAAGGCUGAAGAAGCCGCCGCCCAGUGAACAGAGUGGGCCCCGAAAUCUUUGUCUACUCCCGCCAGUGAUAGAAUCCAUCUUAUCCAUCUGGCGAGUGUGGUAGCCAAGACGGGAACGUGUGGUCUAACGUAAGACACCAACAGUUGUCCCGAAGUAGAGACCCGAAGCGGGGAUGUGAUCUCCACAUACCAACGCAGUGUAAAAACAACGUAUAGUUGUGGAUCGGUAGUGAAGAAAGGGUAGAAGACCGACGUAGAGUCUGAUUUCGUACGACGCGAUACUCGAAAGGUAACUCCCUCCGGAGAAACCGAAAAAGCGUCAAUGUCAAACGCCCGUACGUCAGAAACCAUAUGAAACAAAAUGAGGCAUAGCAGUAGGGUCAGUUUAGCUGAGAGCUAUCGGAGAGAGAGUCUGUCGUUAUUCGGCCAAUCUCUCAAAAACUGUAGGACAACUUCUACGUUCCAUAAACUUGAGUAUUUGGGUCCCGAUGGUCUCUGCAAUCGAAUGCCCCUCAGGAGGCGGCAUACCAGCAGAUCUUUCCCUAUGGAUAUCCCUAAAAUCGAUACGUGAGCCGCUGAAAUUGUGGAGCGCACAAUGUUGAGCGACCGGUAGGAGCGACCUGUGGAAAAGAAGUAAGACAGAAAGUUCAGGAUGGCAGUUAUAGGUGCAGUAAACGGAUUGAGGUUCCGUUCACUGAACCAAGAGGACCAGGAUUUCCAAGCUGAUAGGUAACAUCGUCUCCAGUUGCUGCUGUCCCGCCAGUCACGUGAAAACCAGUCUGCUGUCAGAUUCGCCUCUCCCGGGAGAUAUUCUGCUUUGAGGGAGAUGUUGCGGGGUAGGCAAAAGUCGAAGAUCUCCUUCAAUAUCUCUGAUAGGAGCCGGGAUCGAGCUCCGCCCAGGCGGUUGAUGUAGCGGACCACGGAGACAUUGUCCAUCCGGAGGAGAAUGCGGCAGUUCGAUCUGUCCCUCGCUAGACUGCGAAUAGCGAAUGAUCCCGCCAGGAGUUCUAGAAGGUUUAUGUGCAGGUCGAUGUCUCAAGAAGUCCAUGCACCUUCUGUCGAUCUGCCUUCGAUCGUCGCUCCCCAGCCCCAGUGGCUGGAGUCCGACUCCAGAACUACGUCGGGCGUGUUACCAAAGAUGGCCCGGCUGUUCCAAGCCUCCAUGCUAUCCAGCCACCAUCUGAGUUCCUCUUUGACCUCUUCCAUUACCGGGAUCGUUUGAUCGUAGGAAGGGUUCUGGCGAAGGAUGGAGGUUUAGGUGUUGCAUCGCCCUGUAGUGGAGGGGUCCUGGGAAGAUGGCCUGGAUGGAUGCGGAUAGUAGGCCUACUAUCCGAGCCAGGCUGCGGAGUGGAAUAGCAUGGCAGCGAAUGACCCUGCGUAGUUACUUCCUGAUGGCUGCAAAUUUUUAUGUCAGUAGCCGUAGUGUGCUGGACUUGGAGUCUAUCUCGAACCCCAAGAAUUGUACUGUCUGAGCCGUAGAUAUCGCCGACUUCAGGUAGGUCACCAUGAAGUCUAGUGACGUCAGGAAAUCCGUGGUAUAUCGUGUGUGUUGAAUCAGUCUGGACCUGUCAGAGCAAAACAGGUCGUCCAGGUAGAUAAUGCACCGAAUUCCUCGUACUAGUUAAUGUGCAACUACUGGCUUCAGCAGCUUGGUGAAACACCACGGGGCCGAGCUGAGGCCGAAGGGGAGGCAUUUUAAUUGCCAGGGUAGACCUUGCCACCGGAAUCUGAGAAAUUGGUGGCAGGUGAGGUGGACGGGUACUGACAAAUAUGCGUCCUUGAGGUCCAGUCUUGUGAACCAUCUCCGUCUUGGAGGAAGUCACUUAGAAGAUGGAUGCCUUCCAUCUUGAAGUGCCUGUACAUGGUGUUGAGCCUCCUUAGGUUUAUGACGGGCCUGAAGUCUCUGGUUUUCUUUUUUACCAGAAAUAUUGUGACGAGACCAAUCUCGCCACUGUGCAUUGGAGGAGCCUGGUUGCCCGCCUGCUGCCUUUAGACUAUGGCCCCAUGUUGAAAUGCUUGAUUUUCCCCUGCAAAGACACGAAAGCCGGGUCAUUUGGUGCUUGCCCUGUUUGAGCGGUGAUACCCCAGAUAUCUAUGCCAUGGAGCCCAUUCAUAUAAUGAAAUACUAUGGGAAAGACUUUGGUUCCAUGGCAAUUGAACUGUAUGUGUGUGAUCUGAGCGAAAUUCAGUAAUAAUGUGCGCUCAGAUCUUCUGAGCUAUCUGGGGAUAUGUUGAAUGUACCUGUUUUAUGCAAUGGCUGCACAGUUAUAUAUUUUAUUGUCUUUUGCUACCAUGUGUUCAAUCGAGUUUUGCCUCUGUCCUUGGAGAUAAUUGGAUUACUUCCUAAUUAUCUCCAGGACAGAACACUCUGUGGAACUGGUUUUGGGCAGAAAAGCCAUGGUUCAUUUGGUCACAAAGGACUACGAUCCAUCUUUUGAACCACUGGACCAAUUUGUAUGAUUUUGACGUAUGUUUGUAUUUGGAGUAUGCUGAUUCUGAAAAUGUAAUUUUAUGUGAAUUUGAUGCAUACUUUUAAAAUUAUGAAUAAUGUGGAAAAACUGUAUUUCUCUGCCUGUGAUAAUUACAUUACCCAUUGUGUAAGGUAAUUGUAUCAGAGGCAGAGGGGAGGAUUUUGUGUGGGAGUGUCUGAGUGUAUUGUACAUGUUUAUUGGUUGUUUUCCAAAACCCUGUGGGUGGUACUAAUGUGUAAGAACAAUAAACCCACAGUUCUGUCUGUUCCUGCUUGACCCUCAAAACAGAGCCUUGUCUCGUUCUUGGGGGGAUUUAUUGUAUGCUGUUUCAGUUCGACUGCUAGGAGUGUAAACCUAUUCAUAUGAUUUUUCCUAUUCGGCUGUUUACGGCAUUCAAAUGGUUUCCUGUUCGGUGGAUUGGUGUCUUUGGUAGCUGCCUGUAUAUCUGGAAGGAGAAUAUCUCCUAAACGGCUUUUAACCCCUUUUAUGCCUGGGGGUGCCAUUACAAUUGGUGGCUGCGGCGGGAUCAUUCCCACAGCCCAGAAGGACAGCUACAAGGAAACACCAUUCCCUGGAUUUACAAAUUGAGGGCAACGAAUCUCUGAGUACAGCGACCCUGACAGCAGCAGGAUGGAACCAGCAGUUUUAUACGAUGAUGGUGUCAUGGACGAUCAAGAUGCAGUCUUCAAAGGCAUCUGGUACCAGGCACAGCGAGGAGCAGCGACAGCAGACACGAGUGGCACUGCGGUUGCCCCUCCUGGGAGAGCAACUCCUGGAGGAGUGGAUAAAGGAACUGGAGCACUGGGUAUGGCAGGAGCUGUGGCCGGAAGAUGCCUACCAGGCACUCUGGUAGUAUGCAGCGCAGUAUAUACCCUGGACAGCCGAGCAUGACAAGCCAGAGGGAGAGGAGUUUGAUGGCCCUGGUUUGUUAUGGGAGUCUUUUUCGAGCCUGAUUUUGGGAGCUCUACACAAACCCGGUUCCAUGACAUUUUUGAGUAGAGGGAGAGUAUGUACGACUUGGAUGACCCUCACGAGGUGGAGCAAGACCUGUCCCACCUAGCGACCCGAGAGAUGGAGCUGGAACAGGACAACAUCUGUUCCACUCCAUUGAAAAGGCACGACAGAAAAGCAGAGCGGCAGAUCCAGUUCCAGAACCCUUCAGCUGGGAAGAUAUUGUAGAGAUUUACUGGGAGGAACCCAAGGCGGCAGGUGGACAUGGGACCGAGGUCUCUCCACCGGCCCUACAGGGAUGCUGGGCGGUCAGCCCAGAUCCCCAGCGGCAGAUUGAUUUGCAGGGAAUAGAGAGCCAUGUCUCCUUUCCCCAGCGGCAGUGUGAAGUGCAGGGAGUGGAGAGCAUCGUCUCCCCUCCCCAGCGGCAGUGUACCUUGCAGGGAGAGGAGAGCAGCGUCCUCCCUCCCCAGCGGCAGGGUGAGCUACAGGGAUGCUGGGUGGUUGGCUUAGAUCCCCAGCGGCAGUGUGAUUUGCAGGGAACAGAGAGAAGUGUCUCCUUUCCCCAGCGGCAGUGUGAAAUGCAGGGAGUGGAAAGCAGUAUCUCCCCUCCCCAGCGGCUGAAAGUGUGUAAGGGAGUGGAGCUUGUUACCCCCUCUCCCCAGCAGCAGCUUAGCCCACCAAGGGGAGACACUAAGUUCCCCACCAGUGCAGAUGGGACCAUGGUCUCUGCACCCAAGCUACAGGGAGUACGGACAGUCAGUCCUGCUCCCCAGCGGCAGAGUCUUCUACUGGGAGGGGAGAACCUCACCCCCCUCCCGAGUGGCAGCCUAGCCCACCAAGGGGAGAUGAUAAGCCCCACACCGGUGCAGAUGGGAGAGUAGUCUCUGUGCCCAAACCACAGGGGGUAGGGAUGGUCGGUCCUGUCCCCCAGCAACAGGGCUGUUUAGCCAAAGGGGAGACAGACGGUCUCCCCCCACAGCAGCAUGGUGCUUUGUCCAAAGGGGAGACGAUCAGUCUCCCCCUCCAGCAGCACAGCUAUGUAUCCAAAGGAGAGAAAGUUGGUCUCCCCCUCCAGCAACCAGGCUCCCACCAGGCUACUUUGUCUUAUAUUGUGUGCCAAUUCUCAUACCAUGCUGGCAUUGAACUGGUCAGCUCUUGUGAAGGCAUUAUCCGCCAAAUACAUGAUGCGGGAAAGUGGGCCGAUGGGGUCCAGUAGCUUGUCCUGAACUCCAUGGAAUCCUUUCUCCACACCAUUCUGGGGGUUGUGACCACCUUGAGGCAUGAAGGUGGUCAUGACCUGGUCAAACUCCGGUGUCUGAGCCACCUGGCCGGGUAGUGAAGGGCGAGGGUAUUUGGAGCGUUGGCGGUUGCGAACCGUCUUGUCCAGUGGUUAGCUGAGCCACAGGUGCAUAAAUUUAGAGAGAUGUUCAGGGGUGUCCAGUCCCCUGAGCAUGGGUGUCGAAUAUUUUUAGGGUCGGAAAGACGUUGGCCCGUGGGGUCCAGGAUGGUUUCUUUUCUUCUUGGGCUGGUACUAGAUCGUCCGUCAGUUGGAUGUCAUCCAGGAAAGUGCCCAGUAAGAAGCCAGUACGGAAUCCGGUAUCUGAGCCCCGGUCCUCUUCCUGUGAGUCAGAAUCCACGCCUUGUCACUUGUCAAGCACGGUCAUGGAGCGCGUAUGUUCUUCCUACCAUCUGAGGAGUAGUGGUGUCGGGGGGCAGGUGUAGGUGGGACCGGUUUGUGGCGUUUGGCUGGUGCGUUGCCUUUGCCAUUGUUGUCGUUCCCUUUUUCGCCCUUCCAGUGGCGUCUGCUAGGCCGGGUGUCAGAUUGUGCAUGCUAUUCUGAGGCCUCAGAAUCGUAGUCAUGGUGUUGGGCUUUUGUGGCUUUCUUAUUUUGAUCGGCUGAUGCCGUCAUUACCUUGGAGAGUGCUUUCUCCAUUGAGGCGGUGAUAGUCUCAUUAAUUAUAGUCUGGAAGUCUGCAAGGUUCUGGGAUGCUUCCAUAAUGUUUGGAGGGAAUGAGUUAAAUUGUGCAGUAGUACCAGCAGUACUAAACACCCCAGCAGGGUGUAUUAUGUAAUUCCAGUGUAUGUGGUAUCAGCAAUACCAGUUACCCCAGCAGGGUAUAUUGGGAUUUGUUACUGGGCCUCACCCAGGUAUAUAUAGGUGUGUCAGGUAUAGCAUGGCAUGUAAUUCAUCGCCGGAACCCACUUCCGGGUUCACGGCGCUCAGCCCCGCCCCUUUUUUCUGACGCGGUCCCUCCACGAUACUUAGGAGGACCGCGCCAGAUUCAAAGGGCUGGAUUAUUCGCACAGGUGCUGCAUGAAGAUCAGCUGCUCUACUUUUGAUCCUACCUGCUCCACUUCUAUACCUCGGCUUGUAAACGGAUUUCUACCUUCUCCACUUCUCGACCUUGGCUGGUAAACGUAUUUCUACCUUCUCCACUUCCCGACCUCGGCUUGUAAAAGGAUUUCUACCUUCUCCACUCCUGGACCUCGGCUUGUAACUCUGAAUUCUACCUUCUCCACUCCCAGACCUCGGCUUGUUAAAACGGACUUCCCCACUCUCCACUCCUAGUUCUCAGCUUGUUGAAACGGACUUCUAAUUUCUCCUUCAUUGGGUGAAUUAACCCUUCCAGUGCCAGAACUGCCUUUAAGUUAAGUAAUACUUUUACCAACCAAGUCAAUUCCUAUUAUUUUUAUUACACAAUAUCUAAAACUCACUAAAGUGUCACUUUGUCUAAUUAUUCCUCUUAUUCAUAAGGGAUUGCUACGAAGCCUAAUUUUACCUUCAUGGGUAUUUAAAGGUACAGUGACCAUUGUUUCAUACCAAUAUAAAAGGAGGUGAAACUUUUUGUUGUUGCAACCAGGAAAUUCUGCAGUUGAGUUCCAAUUAAAGAAAUAUUACAAAAUAAAUAUUACAAGGUGGCACAAAAUCACACCUGAAAGCAGCAAUAAUAUAGGGGCCUCACCCCAAAUGCACAGGGUUAGUAAACCCUAUAGUGCAGGCUACAGACUAGUCUACUGACCUGGUGACCCCUGCCUGAACGUUAGGAGGAUGUGUCCGGGUAACUGAUCGAUCGGGAGCCGGAAUAACGGAGAUCGUGGAGCUCCUAAGAUGGCGGCCGCAGAUCUCGCGAGACACGAGAUCCAAGAUGGCCGCUGGAGAGACAGGAAAAAAGUUCUCGUUGUGCUGGCUAGUGUGAGUGUGGCUGUGAAGCCACGAGGGAAAGGACGGGUGGAGGAGGGUGAGCGUUAAAAAGUGAGAAAAACGAUCCGUCGGUGAAAUUAUAGACCGACGGAUCGAUCAGGUACCGUCCUGGGUAAUGUUAUAAAAAAUAGAAAAGUUUGAGAAGAAUAGUAAAGCCCCGAAGAGAAGGGGCAGAUAGGGAAACAGGGAAGAGAGUCCAUGAGGAAAGAUAGUACUAAUAUGGGAAAGAAUCCCUAAGUGAAGUGCAAAAAGAAAAAUAAGAGCAAUAAACAAAUAUAAAAGAAAAAUCUCUGACCUGUCUGCCGAUGGAGCAGUAAAGAAAGAGGGAGAGGAGCCUCAUCACUGUGAAUACCAUACUUCCUAUUGCAUUUUGAUUGGUUAUUGUUUUCACUUUUCUUUACUGCUAUGUGGAGUUUAAUGCAAAAUAGGAAGCUUCCUGUCAUGUGGUAAAAUUAGCCAUUACAAGUAGCGAAACAAAUUAAAAUUAUCACAAAGAUGAUAAAAAGGGAAAAAAAGACAGUGUUGAUUAUAUAUGAUUGUGGUUAGUUCAUCUAUUACAUUUGAAAUAUGGUAAGUGCAUUAUUUUAUUAUUUUUUUUAAAAGAGUGAAAAUGCAAUUCUCUAUUUCACUGUUUAAGAGAGACUAUCAGUAUCAGACAAUUUAUGUUAAUAUUUUUGCAUUUAUAUAAUAGGUAAAGAAUUUUGACAAGUAUUCCAGACACACUCUUAUAGGAGAAGUAAGAAUGACCCUCAAAGACUUGAAGCCUUUAGAAACUAUGGAAUUCUGUGAAAAACUGCAAGAAAAAACAAAGGUACGAAGUAAAAGCAAUAUAGAGUGGUCUUCUGUUCCUUCAAGUCCCAGUGUAAAAGAACAAUGACUCUGUUUACCAUUGUUUAAACUUGGAACCUUCAGCAAAAAAGCAAACAUUAAAUAUCAGAUUACAUGAAUGUGUUUUUAUCACAUCUAGGACUUAUUUCCAUGCAUAUUUCAAUCAUUUACCAACCCUUCAGUAAAAUUUAAAAGAAUAUUCCAGGUAUAUUCUGGGCACCAACACUGUGAUUGCAUUAUACACUUUUAUUCACACUUUUAGUGUCCACAUUGCACUAUUGUGCUCUCAUUGCACUUAAGUACAUGGUCAAUGUGAUCAUGUUCUGCACCUUCAUGCACGUUUUGAUUGUUUGUUCACGUUUUGCACUUUAUAUGCAUUAUGUAUUUUUGUAAAUGAUUUAUGUGUUCACUUUUUUAUACUGCUCCUUUUAUGUGCUUACAUUGUUUGCACUUACCAUAUGUGCACUUUUUUCCACUUUAUGUAUGUGGUUUCUGUGCUUAUAGUUUACACUUUCUGAAAUGGCUUUGAGCUUACAUUAAGCAAUUUUGUAACAUGAUUAAGAUGCACUAUUAGAGGUAUUUAUCUGCACUGUAAUAUUAACUGAAUGGCAGUCGGUACACAUAAUUUUUACUUAGAUUGGGGGUUAUGAGUGCUGUGUUGGAUUUUUAUAUGGUGGCACUAUUAUAAUGUUGAUGUAUUUGAGACAUGAAAUUGGUAGCAAUAUAGAAAGAUUGUAUUCUUAAAUAUUAGGGAAUUGUGGUAUGAAGUAUUAACUGUAAAGCUUACACUGGAAGUACAUUUUUUAAAAUUGCAUUUGAAAUUACUGCUGCAUAUCUGUUCAGAGGUAGUGAUGUACCGAACGGUUCGCUGGCGAAUAGUUCCUGGCGAACAUAGCGUGUUUGCGUUCGCCACGGCGAGCGAACAUAUGCGCGGUUCGAUCUGCCCCCUAUUCGUCAUCAUUGAGUAAACUUUGACCCUGUACCUCACAGUCAGCAGACACAUUCCAGCAAAUUAGCAGCACACCCUCCCUAGCAGACCCUCCCACCUACUGGACAGCAUCCAUUUUAGAUUCAUUCUCAAGCUGCAUGCUUAGUGAGAGGAGGAAAAGUGUAGCUGCUGUUGAUUUGAUAGGGAAAUGGAUAGUUAGGUUAGUGUAUAUAGUGUCCACUACAGUCCUGAAGGACUCAUCUGAUCUCUGCUGUAAGAACAGCACCCCAAAAAGCCCUUUUUAGGGCUAGAACAUCAGUCUGCUUUUUUUUUUUCUGUGUAAUGUAAUUGCAGUUGCCUGCCUGCCAGCUUCUGUGUCAGGCUCACAGUGGAUACUGUGCCCAGUGCCACCACUCACUCACUGGUGUCACAAUAGCUUGCAUUUAAAAAAAAUAUAUAUUUUUUCACUAUAAUAGAUUGAAUAGCAGUUAGUUGUCUGCCAGCUUCUGUGUCAGGCUCACAGUGGAUACUGUGCCCACUUGCCCAGUGCCACCACUCACUCACUGGUGUCACAAUAGCUUGCAUUUAAAAAAAAAAUGUAUUUCAUUGUAAUAGAUUGAAUAGCAGUUGUCUGCAAGCGUCUGUGUGUCAGGCUCGCAGCGUAUACUGUGCCCACUUGCCCAGUGCCACCACUCACUCACUGGUGUCACAAUAGCGUGCAUUUAAAAACCCAAAAACUUUUUUCACUGUUAUAGAUUGAAUAGCAGUUAGUUGUCUCCAAGCGUCUGUGUGUCAGGCUACAGUGUACUCUGCCCACCUUUGCCAGUUCACUCACUCUUAUCUGGUGUCACAAUAGCGUGCAUUUAAAAACCCAAAAACUUUUUUCACUGUUAUAGAUUGAAUAGCAGUUAGUUGUCUCCAAGCGUCUGUGUGUCAGGCCUACAACGUGUACUCUGCCAACCUUUGCCAGUUCAAAGUACCACUCUUAUCUGGUGUCACAAUAGCGUGCAUUUAAAAACCCCAAAACUUUUUUCACUGUUAUAGAUUGCAUAGCAGUUAGUUGUCUCCAAGCGUCUGUGUGUCAGGCCUACAACGUGUACUCUGCCAAUUCACAGUGCCACUCAUAUCUGGUGUCACAAUAGCUUGCAUUUAAAAACAAAAAACUUUUUUCACUGUUAUAGAUUGAAUAGCAGUUAGUUGUCUUCAAGCGGGUGUGUCAGGCCUACAACGUGUUCUCUGCCAACCUUUGCCAGUUCACAGUGCCACUCAUAUCUGGUGUCACAAUAGCUUGCAUUUAAAAACAAAAAAACUUUUUUCACUGUUAUAGAUUGAAUAGCAAUUAGUUGUCUUCAAGCGGGUGUGUCAGGCCUACAGCGUGUACUCUGCCAGUUUACAGUGCCACUCAUAUCUGGUGUCACAAUAGCUUGCAUUUAAAAACAAAAAACUUUUUUCACUGUUAUAGAUUGAAUAGCAGUUAGUUGUCUUCAAGCGGGUGUGUCAGGCCUACAACGUGUACUCUGCCAACCUUUACCAGUUCAAAGUGCCACUCUUAUCUGGUAUCACAAUAGCGUGCAUUUAAAAACCCAAAAACUUUUUUCACUGUUAUAGAUUGAAUAGCAGUUAGUUGUCUCCAAGCAUCUGUGUGUCAGGCCUACAACGUGUAUUUUGUAUUAGCAGUUUUGCUAGUAAAUGUGUAGACUGUGGAAAAAAAACCUGUAGCGGACUACGGGUAACCCAACCGGUUACCUCCGCUAAUACCCUCCUUCAGCCACUCUGGAACCCUUUAAAAAAGCAGGCAUCCCUUUCCCCCAGUAACUGGAUGAGACACAGCUCUGUGAGUAAAACUGAAAAAUUAACUGCUGUUUAUUUUGUCACACAUGGUUUUUCAGGCACAGACCACUACAUGGGGUUCUCUAAAACAAUCCACCAGAGGUUUCAAUCCCAAGAAUCCGAUGGAGGAGGGACAAAGCAGCUAGGUUAAACUGGGCUAGCAAGCAAUAUAUUUCACUUAACUAUACUGUACAGUCUAUAGAGCUGCUGCCUCCCCCCCUCCCCUUCGUUGACCCACAGCUGCAUAUACAGACACACACACUGUGACAUCUAUACACAUAUAAAACUGUCACAAAAAUGGUGCUGCAAGCUUGUGGCCUGCGCCAAACAAAUCAGGCCAUCCAUUACAUAUCUCUCCCCAUAGAAAUAGACAGACCUGUGACCAGACCCACAAAGGGCUUGCAACAAGUCGGUUGGACCCCCUUGAAUCCACAGGUCAAGUCCUUGGGGUCCAAGUGGUGGGGAAGGGGGGAACAUGGCACUCAGGGACGGCGUUCUGUCAUGAAACCUAUUUAAAAUGGGAUUUUCUUUCAGUUGUCAAUCAAUUUAUUGAUAAAGGAGAGCAGAAGAGACCACCCACAGACAGUCCUUUUGCUCUUCACCCAAAGCAAACACUAUGGUUGCUUUGGUAACUCCCUAACUAACAUGGCUAGUGUUGCCUAGAGAGUACAGGAAUGGAUUGACAAAUGUCACUCUGUUCAGACACUGGCAUGCUGGCAAUGAAGUAAUUAGAAGUGUCCCAAGCAGAGCAAAUAAGUGAAGACUGCAGGAGGAAUGGAAGUAGGUGUUACAGAAGUAUUAAUAAAUAUUAAUUUAAAGCGACACUGUCAUGCUGAACUUACCUUUCCCGAUCACUUUUUCUUCUCUUCCUCUCUCUGGAACUGUUCUUCAUUUCUUCCUAUUUAAUCUAGUUUUCUUUAAAACAUAAGACAAAGUAGGUAGGAAGACAAUGUAAUAGAGCAGCUGGAAAUGCUAGCAGAAUGCUUGGUUGUAUAGGGAGAGUUAUUAGCAGUAGAAAGAGAGAAGUGCUCAUGCCAUUGUACAGAACACUGAUGAGACCUCACUUGGAGUAUUGUACGCAGUACUGGAGACAGUAUCUCCAGAAGGAUAUUGAUACAGUAGAGAGAGUUCAGAGAAGGGCUACUAAACUGGUUCAUGGAUUGCAGGAUAAAACUUACCAGGAAAGGCUAAAGGAACUUAACAUGUAUAGCUUGGAGGAAAGACGAGACAGGGGAGAUUUGAUAGAAAAUUAAAUACAUAAAGGGAAUCAACACAAUAAAGGAGGAAUAAAUGUAAAAAAAUAUUCUGUGAUAUAAGGCGCUUAAAAAGAUAAAGGUGCUCUUUAGUGCAGCAGCUUCCACACAAAAAUAGGAACUCUCUACUCCUAUUACAAUGUGAUAUAUAAAAAACACUAUUUGUUCAAACAGGUGUCAAAUUAGUGCAAGUGUGUAGUGCUAGAAAUAAGUUACUCACUCCCCAAAUUAUGGUGGAGAUGUAGAAAUAAUACAAAUCACUGUAAAGAAAAAAGGGAAGAAUAUAUAGUGCAACACUGUUGGAUUUAAAAGUGUAAAUAUAUAUUCCAGUUGGAAGCAUUCACGUGGUCUAGAGCCUAUUAUGGACUGGCUCUAAUCACUUGCGCCGUUGUGCACUUCUGGUGGCACACACCCUAUGGAUCCAUAUGGAAGGUACUUCUCAAAGGCAUGUGAACAGAGAAAAGGAAAAACAGGGAAACUCGCCCUUAAUCAAAUAUAUUACAAUACAAAUAUAUAGGUUGCUUCUCACCUUAAAAAGAGCCUGUCACUUGGCUCUAAGUGUACAGGUAUAUGAGUACAAUAAUAGGGUGACUCUGCCCUUCUUGUAGCAGGUUAAAUGAUCCACCAGUUGAUGUAUUAAAAGAAUUAUAUUCAUUCUAUCAAAAAUGAUAUAAUUUUUGAUAGAAUUUUUGUUCACAUGCCUUUGAGACGUACCUUCCAUAUGGAUCCAUAGGGUGUGUGCCACCAGAAGUGCACAACGGCGCAAGUGAUUAGAGCCAGUCCAUAAUAGGCUCUAGACCACUUGAGUGCUUCCAAUUGGAAUAUAUAUAUUUCCACUUUUAAAACCAACAGUGUUGCACUAUAUAUUCUUCCCUUUUUUUCUUUACAGUGAUUUGUAUUAAUUCUACAUCUCCACCAUAAUUUGGGGAGUAAGUAACUUAUUUCUAGCGCUACACACUUGAACUAAUUUGACACCUGUUUGUACAAAUAGUGUUUUUUAUAUAUCACAGUAAAGGAGGAGACUAUAUUUAAAAGAAGGAAAACUACCACAACAAGAGGAUAUAGUCUUAAAUUAGAGGGGCAAAGGUUUAAAAACUGCAUUUUGUCCAGUUCGAAAUUGCAUUUAAAUUAAACAAAUUCCAAUACGAUUCUUGUAGUGCCUGCAUGGGCACACUAUGUCCCCCUGUUAAUUAUUUAAAUAGGUGCCCCACCAUGGGCACUUUGUGGAGUGGAGGGUUUUUUUUUUUUCUCCAUCAGUUAGCAGCCACAGGCUCAUUGUUUAGUAGACAUACCACAUACUCAUGGCAUAGCGAGUAGGGGCAGCAGGGAGAUCUGAAACUCCCUUAUUUACUAAUACUAAGUAAUCUUUACUUUGUAUUAGUAAAGUUGUCUGAAAGACUUUGGUCUUUCAGCCUUAGACUAAAUAACUCCUUGAUACCGUGGGAAUUAGGGGGUUAUCUACUAAACGACUGCAAGAUGUAACCAUGGCACAAAUCAAGUUUGAAUUUCAUUUAUUCGAAUUAAAUUUCGAACUGGACAAAAUGCACAAAUUUAGUCCUAACAUGAAUGGACAAACUGUACGCAUUCUGUUAGGACGAAGUUCGGUAGUUUCACUGGUGAACAGCCAUUUAAAUAUUGAAUGAAGUAACUAGAGAUCAUGGAGGAGAGUGGGAAAAUGUAUUUGACCACAGGAAAUGGAGUGAACUUAAGCUCCUCCUUGGGUCAAAGAUAGUCAACUGUAGGAAAAAUAGAUAACUCAAAGUAAUCCCUACUUUAUCUUCUGUUUUAAAGAAAACUAGAUUAGAUAGGUUGAAAUGAAGAACAGAUCCUGAGAGAAGAAGAGAAGAGGAAGCAGUUGGGGAAAGGAAAGUUUGUCAUGACAGUUCCGCUUUAAGUCUACAAACGAUCAUAUAUAUAACUCAAAUAAAUAAAUAUAUAUAUAUAUAUAUUUGUGUACGGGAUUAUGGAAGGGGGCGUACACUUAAAGAGAGUUAUUUAUCAAAAUUACAGAGUCGGUUGAGGUGUGCCGAAACGGACGAGAGGUUAGGCCUGUAAAAAGAGGGCCCACCCGGAUAUAUUGAUAUGAAAAGAGGGUGUGGUGGGAGGGGAAUUUCCGGAAUCGACGAAGGCAGGUAAGCCAGGGGUUUGCUGGGUUUAUAUAGGCCUUAAAUCCCUCCCACAACUUCAGGCAUACGCCUUCUAUUUGUGUACGGGAUUAUGGAAGGGGGCGUACACUUAAAGAGAGUGUAAUUUUGAUAAAUAAGAGUCGGUUGAGGUGUGCCGAAACCGACGAGAGGUUAGGCCUGUAAAAAGAGGGCCAAGAAGUAUGUAAACAUGUUUAUUUAUUACAACAACAACAUUAUUUAGACAUAUUAUAGAAAGCCAGUCUGAUUUCUUUCUCUGGGUUUGGAAUGUACUGGUUGUAUGCUGAAGAUUUCCCGCGACCCAUUUUCUUUAUGAUAUGUGUUGGUACCUGACUACUUGAGGCUGCCGUGGCAGCCCAAUACUAGGGCCCGGUAACUCAUCAACGUUUUGGGAGUUUAGUAAACGGAAGAGUUCGGCUUUCCUGGCUGUAGCCAGAAAGGGAAUGUUUCUUCUAUUCAGUUCAGCUGUGAUUUUUGGAACAGUCCAGGAUCUGUAGCUGGAUGUCGUACUGGACUGUCUUGGCUGAGUGCCAGGCCUGGAGGGAGUGCUGGCAAGUGAUAGCUCAUCGUCUCGUACUGAAGCGUUAGACAUGCUAUGGGCGUGAAAGGAGACGUUUAUGUUAGAAAAACAAAAAUUAUUAUUUUUUUUAUUUUAUUUUUUUAUGUGUGCGUGAGUGUGAGUGUGUGUGUGCUGGCUGACUAGCUAGUGCCGCUCCGUGGCGAAGCAAUUACACUAGGUUGGUGACUGUUGAGGCCCUUCUAGGUGCCAAGCGGCUUGAGAGGCUCUAUCUAUGAGUUGGCGCGAGGGGAUUUCGUGGCCACCGAGCGUUGUGGCAGGGUGUUGGCCUCUCGGUGAGUAGUAAUCAUAAGAUAGAAUGGGGGUGACAGGUGAGGCCCUCUCUACAUCACGUGCGAGGCGGCUAACUAUGAUUUGGCCCGAGGGGCGUAGUACCUCCGAAUUGAGGUUGGGUGUUGGCCUCGCGGGACCACUAAUUUAAGGCAAGGGAGCCGGGAUGAGAUUAUCGCUAUUGGGCUCCUAAGACCUUAACAGCCAGCCACCUCAACUGUGAGGGACGAUACAUGCGGGAAUGAAAACAAAAUAAACCAAUGAAAAUAAAUGUAAAAUUGCUUGCUAUUCUUACCUGUAUGUGAACUUGAAACACGUACUUGAGACGCCCUAAAGAGUUACUUGUGAAGUUGUUUGGCAGGGCGGUUUUACCCAAGCUGAAGCCCCUAUUUGCGAAAGAUGGAAGAAGGAGUAAGGGAGUGAAAAGAAACGAGAAAUCGGUAGCAUAUUAUUAUUUCAUCAUUUUAACAGCGAAUAAAAUUGAGGUUUUGGUUGUGUGAAUGAAUAAUGCACUGUUGCUGUUUAAACGUGGUCAGCUCAAUAAUAGACAGUUGCUGGGAACAGAGUCACUGAAGGGGUUUAACUAUCUGUUCAUUGCAGAACCAGUGCUGAACGGAUGCAGAUGGAGACAGACAAAGGGGGCACGAACUUGAGUUAUCGCUGAAUUUAUGCGAACGAAAGUUGUUUGAAUGAGACUUACAGUUGAAUGCGAAAGAGUGAAUGGACUUACAGUUUAUGAAGGAAACUGCCGAAUGGAUUCCGUUCGUGUAAAAUACUCACGGAACUUGGCGUGCGAGUUCCUGAGAGUGAUUUUUUCAAACGUCGCGGGAAAAUGACGUCAGAGGUCUGCGUGGAGCAGAAAUGAAGGCUGAAUUUCCGGAAUCGACGAAGACAGGUAAGCCAAGAGUUUUCUGGGUUUAUAUAGGUCUUAAAUCCCUCCCACAACUUCAGGCAUACGCCUUCUAUAUAUAUAUAUAUAUAUACACACAUAUAUACACACACUGUAACAGAUCCAUACUUUAAAUAAGCAAACAUUUGUAUACUUGUUCUGUAGCAUUUCCUAAAUCUCCUUUUUUUUAUGCAUGUUUAUUAUAGGAUGUUAUUGGAGAAGUACUCAUUUCCCUCAAAUGCCUUCCCACAUCACAGAAAAUAGAAGUUGGGAUAUUGAAGUUCAAAACUGCUUCACAAAGCACCAUCCAAGACAGAGGUUUGUUCUUUCUGCAAAGACAAACUAGCUUAACACUCAUCUUCAAUAUAGUUAGCACAUCUGUAACUCUAUUGUCACUUCAUGUAUUCCAAGCAUAUAUUUUCAUGAUCUGUUAAUUAGAUUUACAUAACUCAUUACAAACAAAUUAAUGCUGCACUGUUAAUCAGCAUGGUACAUUUAGACUAAAUCAUCAGGUUUUGAAAAUACCAACAUUUUGAGAACUCAAUACAGAGUUACCUAGUUGUAAAUUAUAGGUAUCAAUUGUAUAAAUAUGAAAAUUCUAUUUUAAUAUCUUAUUUUUUUUCGAUUCUAGAUGUGUAUGCCAGAAUAGACGUCUUCAGCAACCAACAUAAGCAAAAGCACCAGAAAUCUAGUCUUCGUGCCAAAUCAAAAGUUACUGUAUUCAACGAGACUUUUCUAUUUAGUCUUCCAGAUCCAGUGAAAACACAAUGCUUGGUUCUUAUCUCACUUUAUGAAACAUUGACCAGUGGGAGGAAGCUUAUUGGACAGACAUCUCUGGGAAACCAGAAGGCCAAAUCAGAUGAUGGUCAUUGGGACCUUAUGAUGCAAUCGUUACGGCAACCAGUAGCUUUGUGGCAUCCACUAUACAUUUAAGAAAGUAGUUCUAUAUUUAUAGAUCAAUCACAAGGCAAUAAAAACACUGAAACUCUAUAACUAUAGGGCUAAGUUUUUUUGUUUUUGAUUUUUUAAGGGGCUAUGUAAAACAGUGUUUAUAGUGUGAAUAUAGAAUGUUCUAAUCUAUUCCUCUGGAGACUUGGAAAUAAAUGUAUAAAACGGGAUAAGCCAGCAGGUUACAAUCACAAUAUAUUUUCUGUGUAACUAGAACUACCAUAAUGCUUUUCCAACUCUGGCUUGGAGUAAGACAAAUAAAGUUAUUAUCAGACAUCAUGGGACAUUAUUGUAUGGCGCUAAGGACAAAAUAACUACUUCAAAGAAGAAACAUUAAUUUUGAAACAGUGCUCCCUGGUGAUAUCAAAGUAUAAUGACAACACUUUUAAAACUGUUCUUCUAUUAACCAAUGUUUACUCUACAUUUUAUCAGAACAUUCACAGGACAAUUUGUUUGUGUUAUAUUCACACUUGUAUUGUUGUCAGGUCUUCUUUAACCCCUUAAGGACCAAACUUCUGGAAUAAAAGGGAAUCAUGACAUGUCACACGUCAUGUGUCCUUAAGGGGUUAAUCCACUCUGUACUGUGAAGGGUCUAUCCCACUAUUGUGUGUUUUAGUAUUGACAUAAAUAUGUAAAUUUACUUUAUUUUAAAUGGCAAGCUGUUAGCAUUAAAAUAUUUAUGUCUGAAAACUCUAAAUAAGUGCCGGGAUUUAUGUGUUGUAAGCAGGUAAGAAAGUUAAUUGUUACAAUAUAUGCAAAAUACAAAUUUAGAGUAUGACCAGAAAUGUAAACACAAAUUUAAUCAGUGAGCUAUGUGGCGCUCCUUUGUGAUUCUGCACUAAUGCAAGUUCAACCCCUUAAUUUCAACCCUCCGUAUUCUGGGCUGGUAGAAGUCUACAGGACACCUCUGAUUGGUUUUGACAAACAAGAUUAAUUUUGAAAAAAUAAAGUUUUAAUUAAACUCCCCAUUCAUCAAGUUUCUCUGCUUAGUGCAAAGUGGCUCUACAAUGUGUCACUCAAAAGUUUUUUAGAAGUCUGUAAGUUACCCAUUAUAAUACUGGUGAAAGAGUGCAAUACAAAGGUAAGGGGAAAAGGGGGCAUGUUGAUGACUAUUUGAAGAUAGAUGUAUUCUGAAAAUAAUAGCUAGCAAUAAUUUUUUAACACAGAUAUUAUACUGGGAAAGUAUUUAUUGUAUCUGAAUGUAAGCCUCACACACAGAGCACAUUCUGCUUAUUUUGAGAAUCUGCAUUCAGAAACAUCUGAGAUGAUAAAUUGAGCAUUUUUAUUGUUCUAAAACUGUCAUGUUUGGUUUUAUUAUUGCCAUUUGUCCAUUGGUGAUCAUGAAGGAUUAUGAAAUGAAGGUUGUGCACAAUAUCUAAUAUUUUUAGAAAUAUACAGAAAAAGGAGGACUGCACUUUACCUAAAAUAGGGAUACCCUCUGUCAAUAAAUAUGUGAACAACUGAGCUGCAUACCACAGCCACCUUCAAAAAAUAUUGAACUUUUUUUUUAUAAUGAUAACAACCAAUCAAUAAAGAUUAAAAAUAUCAUUUAUUGAUCCUUGCAUAUAUAAAAGGCUAUUCUUUAUAGCAAUGUUUGCAAUUCCUGUUAAUAUUGUUUUAAAAAAAAUACAUUUAAAACUGAAAAAAACCUGGAAAAAAAAAUUUAGAAAUCAAUUUAAGAAAAAAUACUGAGACUUGCACUUCCUUGUAAUGCAAUCCACAACAUCUGGAGUAUUGAAAUAAAAUGAAUGAAGUUGUAUGAUGACACAGUGAUAC